AUGACACAACGGAAUUUGGUGUUAGUAAUCCAGUGGCAGCGUGAUAAAGCCUUGCUUGCGGAUGCCAUGAAAGGUACAUCUUAUAGACCAAUUAUAAGCAUUACAGGUAAGGUAAGUAGAAAUACAUUGCGCCCAAAAUGAUUAAAUGUUGCUCGAGUAAUAUCUGUUACCAAAAGUAUUCAGAUGAAAUAAGAGGAUAUUUAAAUUCUGUUAUGUAUUCUAAUGGUCAGGAUGAACUAUGCUUGGCGUCCCAUGACGUACUGAUCGAUUAUUUAACAUGAAAAGAAAUGUGAGCUAGGUUGCCACGUGUACCUGAAUAUCACACCCCUGUUAACCAGGAAGCGAGGGGUAAGUAAACACAAGAUACACUUGUCUACCUGCACAGAACAAAGUUUGUGGUAGAAAGGCAUACAAGGUCGGGAAUUACUGUGUCACAUUAGCGAUAUGUGGAUAACAAGAAACAUGCCCUGAAGUAACUCCGCAUUGCGAAAGUAGGCACAGUAUAAAAACAGUGAGGAUUAAUUGACCUAAUUAACGACAUAUAAAGAGUUACUGAUAUAACCAGUUUAGUGUCUACACUCAUCUAGAAUGACUAAACAGAAGGAAGUGAUAACUGUAGGGGAAACUGUAACUGAUUUUAUUUGUAUUUAUUUUUUAUCUUCAAUUUCAAACACCGCCUUAGAAAACUUACAAAGAACAAUGCAUUACACAACACUGGCUUAAAGAGACAUUACAGUCACCAUAACAACUUUAGCUUAAUGAAGCAGUUUUGGUGUCUAGAUCAUGCCCCUGUAGUCUCACUGCUCAAUUCUCUGCCAUUUAGGAGUUAAAUCACUUUAUGAGCCCAAGUCACACCUCCUUGCAUGUGACUUGCACAGUCUUCCUAGACACUUCCUGUGAAGAGUCAUUGAAUGUUUAUCCUUCCUUUUAUUGCAAAUUCUGUUUAAUUUAGAUUUUCUUAUCCCCUGCUCUGUUAAUACCCUGCAAGAGCCUCCUGUAUGUUAUUAAAGUUCAAUUUACAGAGCAAGAGAUAAAAUUGUUUAAGAUAAAUUACAUCUGAUUGUGCAGGCUGUGUCAAUCAGAGCCAGGGGAGGUGUGGAAAGGGCUGCAUAAACAGAAACAUAGUGAUUUAAUUCCUAAAUGGCAGAGAAUUGAGCAUUAAACCUGAGCAGCAUGAUCUAUACACUAAAACUGCUUCAUUAAAGGGACUCCCCAGGGCCGGGAAAACAGUUUGUUUUCCUGGCACUGCAGGACCUUGCACUGCCCCUCUCUCUCCCACCCCCAAUCCCAUGUUGCUGAAGGGGUUAAAAACACUUCAGUGCCUUACCAGAGUCCUUUAGCACUGGGGCAGGCUCCGCCUACUCUCCUCCCCCCACCUACGUCAGCCAGCGGGCGAGACCUAAUGCACAUGCAUGGUAAUUAGUCAAUGCUUUCCUAUGGAGAUUUCAGUGACGCUGGAGGUCCUCAAAUAGCGUGAGGAUGUCCAGCGUCGUUUAAAACACUUUUCGUGUUCUAAGAACACGAAGUGCCCCUCUAGUGGCUGUCUGAUUGUGAUAGACGGUAAUUAUUGCUGUUGAUAAAAACAUCAAUAAUUACACUUGCAGGGUUAAUGAUGGUGGGAGGUGGCAUCCAGAUCACUCUGGGAGCCUUGAGUGUCCCUUUAAGCUAAAGUUGUUUAGAUGAGUAUAAUGUUCCUUUAACCCCUUAAGGACACAUGAUGGAAAUAUUCUGUCAUGCUUGCCAUUUAUUCCAGAAGUUGUGUCCUUAAGGGGUUAAGGAAUUUACAGUGAUGCAUAGUUUUGCAAGAUUUUGUUAAUAGUCCUGGAACUGUAAAAGAAUACAGCAAAAUGGAAUACUGUUUAAAUAACAUUUACCAAAAUCUUGUCGUUCUUACUAUAUCAUGCUAUAGGGGUUGUACAAUGCGCUUUAACCCCUUAAGGACCAAACUUCUGGAAUAAAAGGGAAUCAUGACAUGUCACACAUGUCAUGUGUCCUUAAGGGGUUAAACAAUAUACUUGUGGAAUGUUUGGGUGACGAUUGCUGGAGGGUAAUGUAUUGGCUCAGUUGCUGUUAGGUAAUGGAAAUUUGGGUGGCAGUUGUUGGAGGGACAAAAUCUGUAAAUGACAGUGGCUAGAGGUAACAAAUGGCAAUUGCAGAUGGGCAGUGGAUUCCAUGGGUGACCGUAAAUGCUGGUGAGUAAUAGGGAUGUGCAUGGGCAAAAUAUUCGGUUCAGUUUGGAAAUUCGGUUACGUAAAAAUAAUUUGUCUGCUUCUGCAAUUCGGAUCAAUGGCAUUCGGUUCGGUUUGGCAGUUACUAGCCGUUUCAUGCAAUUCAGACAUUCGGAUGCUUACGAAGUUCGUAAGUGGUUGUGGUGUGAGUCCGGGCACUGGGGUGAGCCCUAUAGUGGUGUAAGUGGUUGUGGUGGCAAUCCUGGCACUGGGAGCACUACACAUGUGUAAGUGGCUGUCCUGGCACUGGGAGGCAGGAGCCUUUUAGAUGUGUAAGUUAUGGUGGCAAUCCUGGCCCUGGGAGCCCUACAGAUGUGUAAGUGGUUGUGGUGGCAAUCAUUGCAGUGGGAGCCCGUUGCCCACAUGGGGGAGGGGAAUGUCAUCCUUUACCUAAUUUUCCUUCCCUCUCUCUUGUUUUGCCACUUUUCCGAAAUCUGAAGCAAUUUGGUCUGGUUCGGCAUUUCGCACAUUUGUAAGCUUUACGAAUUGCAGACAUCUAGUGAGUAAUGUAGAUUUUGAGUGGCAGUUGAUGGUUGGGUAACAAAAAUAUGUAUGGCAGUAGCAAGUUGGUAAUGCAGACCACACGUGGUGAACUACAGGUAAGUAACAGAAUCAAUGGGUUGGAGGACAGUAUCCAAAUGAGCGUUUCAGAGCUGCCUGUCUGCAAGUAUAAGGGCAGAUUCAUGAAAAACAUAUUAGCUCCAACUAAUUUCUUUGUACAAUAUUUGAAUGUCCUUAGCAUGCACUAUGUAUAGCAGCAUGCUGGAAAUUCCUGGACCAACAUGAUAGGCCACAAAUUUGCUAUCAAAACCUACACAUUUCAUAUUUAUUUACAACUAGUACUCUUUUGAGUAGAGUUAACAUAGAUGGUUCCACAGUAUGCCAAACAUUUAUUUUGCUUCCAAAGAAAAAAUUCUAAAUGCCAUGGAACUGUGAUUGCACUCCACAGAAGCGUCACCUUACAACUCACACAAAAACAUCAACUGUCUGGACACUACCAUCAACAUAAGAACUUCAUCAAGACGUUACAAAAGAAAUUGACAGAUUUACCUUCCUGGAUGGUAACAACUUCCAUCCCAGGCACAGAGAAAAUGUGAUAAUCAACUGUCUUGCUAGUAAAUAUAAUUGCAUCUGUUUGGUUACAUAAGACCACAGGAACCCAUCAAAACCUCAGAAAGGAUUUCAUAAAUAUAAGCUGUAUAACACUAUUUCAGAUAUCCAAAUAGUGCUGCUCUCAUUCCCCAAAUAAAAACCACCUGGUGUACCAAUAGGCACAUUAAGGGAACAGGAUGUCCCUAACCAUCACCAGUCACCCCUAACAAAAUUCUAGCAGCACAGAACUGCCUGAAUAUGUUGUUUGAUCCCCUACAAGGGCUACAUGUCUGAAAUGAUAAAUGGAUGAUACAUUUCCUUGGAAAACAGUACUAGAUUAAUAAUCAUGUCAAGGCAUGUUUACAAAUGAGUAAAUAUCCAUUAAUAUGGUUUUUCAUACAGCUGAAGAGGCAAAGGUAGACUAGACAGAGGUAUUGUCAUGUAACUAGAAUGUGAAUGUAUUUUACUACAGUAGAUCAGAGAGAACUUCUGUUUAUCUAGGAGGAAUGGGGGCUCAACAUAGCCAUUGCUGCCCUGUGAGAAACCAUGGCCAGCUGCAAGGGCUAAAUAAGUGAGCACCCCUACUAUCCUUAAAUGUCUACAGUCAUACUGUAUGUAUCGGUUACUGUGUCUACCUUUGCGUUAUGUCUGCAUAUGGGUUACACGUGGUUCUCACUUAACGACUUACCUGUUUACCAACUGCUCAGACCUUCUCAGUUCUCUAGUAUGGUCUAUAUUAGAGGGAAUUCACAGAGCAUGGACCUGCUCUCUAGUGCAUGUGAGACUUGGUUGUCAUGCCAGUCUGAAGCAUAUUCGCUUAACGACCUAGCCGUGGUAACGGAACUUGAGGAGUGCCUGUAUUAUAUCGCAUGUAUGUUUGUAAGGAACACUCCAAGCACCGCAAUGCCCCCGCACUGUUCCAGUGUAAUUUAUCAAACCUUUAGAGUGAAUUGACCACGUACCUGGAUCCUUACACAACCCACUUUUGGGAUUCUCCUGCAGGAGAAUCCAGUUAGCGCCACUUUGACCAGUUGACCAAUGUCAUGCAAACCAUGCCCAUCAAUCAGUGCGGUCCUGGAUCGUCCGUACUUGGCUGCAUCUGUCUUUUCGAGCAGGAGAAGACCUAGAUUCAGCAUGGGCAUCUGAGGUACCCAGGAAAGUUGUCAAACGGUGCAAAAACAGUAUACAAAUUACACUGGGACAGAGCCAAUAUAUACAAUUCUGAUCUUGUGCACAUUCUUUAUCUCCUUAUCUCUGAUUAUUUCCCUAAUGUAGUUUCCCUUCCAUACCAUGAAAUUGUAAGACUGGUCCAGCAGAGGUCACCAUUAUACAAUGUACUGAGAGAUUCAGCAAUGCUGGCAAACCUUUCCAUCAGAUAAUUUUUUAUUUUCUGUUAAAGGUAUCACCAACAAACAAUGUUUUUUCUAAUAUUCUGUUAUCGAUCAAGUCUCUGUUUUGCUGCCUCAUAUUUUUCCCGUCAAUUUACUACAGGGCCCCAACCUCAUUAUUUAGCUGUAGGUUUAUUACAAUUGCCCAAAUGAGAUGCAAAGCCUACUGUACGCUUUCAAUGCAGUGGUGGUGUCGGAACCAUAUAUAAGCUGUCCCCAUGACACUAUCUCUCUAGCGGGGAUUGUAUUCUCUGAGCCUUCAGAGGAAAAUCGCAAACAGCAUGUUGUAUUAAUUUAUUUUCUGAAAUAUAAGAAGACAAAAAUAGGUUAAUAACGGGUUUCUAUUCUACAAAAAGCUAAAUGCAGUGAAGGUCAACUGAACUUCAAACUUUAGGCUAUGAUAGCUCAGUUGUGACUCAAAUAUUUGGAAUUUCUUUGUUUAACUCAAAUUCAGUGACUAAAUUAAUCCCUGCAUAUUUUACAGAGAACCAAAUAUUCUAGAUUUAUUUACUAAAUUGAGAUUGUUGAGAAAUGUUUUAGACUAUAAUUUGCAGAAUUUGUCAGUUCUUCUCAAUUUCUAGUUUAGUGAUACAACACAAGUGAAUUAUCUCACCUACAGGCCCCUUCUGUUGCAUGCCGUAUGUUACCAUCUGCUGCUAACAAUAAUCUGGAUAAUUCUGCUAAUUUGUUGUUUAUUGUUUCAAAGAGAAGACAUUAUAUUUUUCAGCAUGUUUGCCACCUGAAAAACAAUCUUUCAAUUUCCUUUUAACACAUUAUUACAGGAUUACUUGCAACCAGUGGAGGCUCCUUGAUGGCGUGAGUUGGGACCUCUCUUCUUCAUUUUUUUUUUUAAAUAAUAAAAAGUAAAGAAAAGAGAAGUCCGUGUAAAGUGUUCAUUUUCUCUUAGGGCAGUUUAAGAAUUUAAAAAGGAAACUCACGCUUUUAAGGUAAUUGGUAGGGUUAUUCACAUUUCAGUCCAAAAUAGCCAGACUCAUUGGGUUAGGGUGUGAGUACCAGAAGAAGCGGUUUAUUUUAGCCUAAUAUGUGCAACUCUUUGCCCAUUUUCCACAAUUUCCUUUUUGGUAAAUAAACCUGAUACAUCGCUUGUGCGUACAAACUGACAAUACAGGGAGUGCAGAAUUAUUAGGCAAAUGAGUAUUUUGACCACAUCAUCCUCUUUAUGCAUGUUGUCUUACUCCAAGCUGUAUAGGCUCGAAAGCCUACUACCAAUUAAGCAUAUUAGGUGAUGUGCAUCUCUGUAAUGAGAAGGGGUGUGGUCUAAUGACAUCAACACCCUAUAUCAGGUGUGCAUAAUUAUUAGGCAACUUCCUUUCCUUUGGCAAAAUGGGUCAAAAGAAGGACUUGACAGGCUCAGAAAAGUCAAAAAUAGUGAGAUAUCUUGCAGAGGGAUGCAGCACUCUUAAAAUUGCAAAGCUUCUGAAGCGUGAUCAUCGAACAAUCAAGCGUUUCAUUCAAAAUAGUCAACAGGGUCGCAAGAAGCGUGUGGAAAAACCAAGGCGCAAAAUAACUGCCCAUGAACUGAGAAAAGUCAAGCGUGCAGCUGCCACGAUGCCACUUGCCACCAGUUUGGCCAUAUUUCAGAGCUGCAACAUCACUGGAGUGCCCAAAAGCACAAGGUGUGCAAUACUCAGAGACAUGGCCAAGGUAAGAAAGGCUGAAAGACGACCACCACUGAACAAGACACACAAGCUGAAACGUCAAGACUGGGCCAAGAAAUAUCUCAAGACUGAUUUUUCUAAGGUUUUAUGGACUGAUGAAAUGAGAGUGAGUCUUGAUGGGCCAGAUGGAUGGGCCCGUGGCUGGAUUGGUAAAGGGCAGAGAGCUCCAGUCCGACUCAGACGCCAGCAAGGUGGAGGUGGAGUACUGGUUUGGGCUGGUAUCAUCAAAGAUGAGCUUGUGGGGCCUUUUCGGGUUGAGGAUGGAGUCAAGCUCAACUCCCAGUCCUACUGCCAGUUCCUGGAAGACACCUUCUUCAAGCAGUGGUACAGGAAGAAGUCUGCAUCCUUCAAGAAAAACAUGAUUUUCAUGCAGGACAAUGCUCCAUCACACGCGUCCAAGUACUCCACAGCGUGGCUGGCAAGAAAGGGUAUAAAAGAAGAAAAUCUAAUGACAUGGCCUCCUUGUUCACCUGAUCUGAACCCCAUUGAGAACCUGUGGUCCAUCAUCAAAUGUGAGAUUUACAAGGAGGGAAAACAGUACACCUCUCUGAACAGUGUCUGGGAGGCUGUGGUUGCUGCUGCACGCAAUGUUGAUGGUGAACAGAUCAAAACACUGACAGAAUCCAUGGAUGGCAGGCUUUUGAGUUUCCUUGCAAAGAAAGGUGGCUUUAUUGGUCACUGAUUUGUUUUUGUUUUGUUUUUGAAUGUCAGAAAUGUAUAUUUGUGAAUGUUGAGAUGUUAUAUUGGUUUCACUGGUAAUAAUAAAUAAUUGAAAUGGGUAUAUAUUUGUUUUUUGUUAAGUUGCCUAAUAAUUAUGCACAGUAAUAGUCACCUGCACACACAGAUAUCCCCCUAACAUAGCUAUAACUAAAAACAAACUAAAAACUACUUCCAAAAAUAUUCAGCUUUGAUAUUAAUGAGUUUUUUGGGUUCAUUGAGAACAUGGUUGUUGUUCAAUAAUAAAAUUAAUCCUCAAAAAUACAACUUGCCUAAUAAUUCUGCACUCCCUGUAUACAGGGAAGACAGAUCAGGCAUGAUUUAUUAUGUGCAAAUCAAUUCUACAUGUUGAUCGACAGUAUAUAAAGAAUGCUAUGUAUAAUGCAUGUUCUGCUCUAACUCUUUGAUCGAACAGGAAUCCAUAAGGAAUUGCCAGUCAGGAUUCAAGAUGUAUCAGGAACAACAAAUAAAGUAGUAAAAACUAUAACUUUAUUGUUACAAAAUAAAAAAUAUGUAAUAAAAGUAUCAGAUCUCUUAACGCGUUUCGCCCGGUCUGGGGCUUCUUCAGCAUACUGACACACACAAGAAGAAGAAGCCCCAGACCGGGCGAAACGCGUUAAGAGAUCUGAUACUUUUAUUACAUAUUUUUUAUUUUGUAACAAUAAAGUUAUAGUUUUUACUACUUUAUUUGUUGUUCCUGAUACAUCUUGAAUCCUGACUUAUAUCCUUUGGUGGGGAUCAUACCACCACAUGCUGUCUAUACCAGAGCAAGAUAUUUGCUCUGAAAUUUGUAAGUAGGAUACUUUUCCUUUAUUUGCACACUUUUUAAUAGAUAUACUACACUAUUGGAUUUUAUUUCUAUUUUUAUCUUUCCAUAUACCACUGUGGAGGAUUGGAUACCGCAUUAUACCAUCACUUGAUAUCCUGAGACGGGGAUUAUACCGUCUAGGCGCUAUACGGCAGAGCUCUGAGUAGCUCUGCAAAGUGUGAGUGAGUCUUUUAUAAGCUUUUACAUACUCUUAUUUCACUUGACAUAUUGCACUAUUAUUGUUCUGUACUUUUUUGUCUUGAAGGUUUUAUACAUUCCUAAUUAGAGGACUCUCUGUAUGUAUAUAUUUUAAUUAUUAUUUGCACUGUUUGGGCGCGGUUUACCACUUUUGUCUCUUCUGUUUUACUACUGUGAGCAGGUAUUGGGAAUUCCUGCUUGGUUCACUGCUGCCCACCUUUAGUUUAUUUAGUGAGCGCCUAACUCCUCUUUGUUGUUGAUUUAUGAAUACACUGGUGUGUUUAUAUAUAAUUUUAUUGUUUAAAAAAAGAGGUGUGUUUAUAUGUAGUGUUGAAGUUUGAAUGCAGGUGUGUAUUUGCGUGUAGUGUUGAAUGCUGAGAUGUAUGCACAAAUACACAUGCACUGUCACAAACACACACACACUGUGAUACACAUACACACACAGAAACACUUGCAGAUACACAGAUAUACACAAUCAUACAGAUGCAGCUAUACAGACACAUUUACACACACUGACACACACACAUACAGACACAACCUGGCACACAUGCAGACACACUGAUGCACACACGCACAUACACUGACAACAUACAGAUACACAGACACACACAAUGACAACAUACAGACACACAGAUACAUAACCUGACAAAUGCAGAUACACACAUUAGCUACAUACAGAUACAUGCACAGGUAUACACACUGGCACACACACACACAGAUACAUACAUACUGACAACAUACAGAUACACACUGACACACACACACAGACACUGUGACAGACAUACUGACACUGUGACAGACAUACAUACUGACACAUACACAGACAUACUGACUGGCACACCGACAUACAUACAGACACACAAACUGACACACACACAGACAUACAUACUGACACACACAAAGACAUACAUACUGACACACACACAGACAUACAUACUGACACACACACACACAUACAUACUGACACACACACAUACAUACUGACACACACACAGACAUACAUACUGACACACACAGACAUACAUACUGACACACACACAGACAUACAUACUGACACACACACAUACAUACAAACUGACACACACACAGACAGACACCCUUCAGUUUCCUACCUUUGAAAGAGGCUUCCUUCCCUGGGGUCCAGUGUGCUGGCUGGGGUAGUUGGGAGUUGGGGGUCUGGCUCUUCUUGCUCCCCCUCCUCACUGGAUCCUGGCUAGCAGCCUCCCGCGCGGCCCGAUAUCUUUGAGGUGGGAGGAAGUGAUUUGCGGACGUCACUUCCUCCCAUGCAGCCGUUAAGCAAGGACCCGGUCGCGCUGUUAAAGGGCCACAGCGCCGACCGGACCUCUGCUGUAACAUGCUCACUGGGUGGCCCUAAAGGUAUGGGCCACCCGGUGGGCCCCCUUAGUGUGCGGUCCCCAGUGCAGCCGCAAUACUAGCACCGCGGGCCCAUUAGGUAGGGAAAUAUUUAAAAAAAAAAAAAAAAAAUUAUUGCAGGCGACGGGGCCCACGAGGCAGCUGCUUUGGGCCCUCCAUGAGUAACUGGGCCCAGGGCAGCUGCCCCGUUUGCCCCUCCUUAAAGACGGCCCUGUAUAUCUUCAGUGAAAAAAAAAAAUGAAAUGAAAUAGUAGAUGGAAAGGGUCAGACUCUUUUACUAUCUACUAUUUUAAUUGUAGACCUGACAGCAGGUUCAUUGAGUUACUCACUAAAUUGAAAAUUGUUGGGAGUUCAAACCGAAUUUCAAAUUUAAGGUCAAAAUAGAAAACACAGCUAACUUGGAGCAUUUUUCCAGGUAAUAAUCUUGAAAAUUGUCCAUUUUAGUAAAUAAGCCUGUUUAAACUUCCCAAAGAGGAGGCCUGUCGUGGUCAGUAGGUAUUGGUUUUAUUUGUUCUGCGAUCUUAGCGUCGGCAGAUGGUUUUGCUUGCCAUGAUUUUUUUAAUUCUAAAUAUUGUUUCACUUAUGUCAGAACUGUUUUUAUAUCAAUGGAUUUGAUUUUAUAAAAGUGUUUAUUUCAGAAAUUGAAAGUGCUUCCUACACAUUGCACAUGUUUAGACCUCAAUACCUAUUUAACCCUUCUCAGAAAAAAAUGUUAUAUGUAAAAACUUUAACUAAACUCAGGAUUGUAGUGAAUUAAAUCCAUAUGGCAUAAAUGUAGCUUAAAUAAUCUGUGACUAUAGGUGAGAUGUGAAAUUUUUCCAGAUCAGCUAUUUAUGACAUGUCGCCACAAUUUGGAGAGAAUAACCUUGUGUUUUUUCAUAAUGCUGCUUAUUCACCUCCAGACUCAUUUACAGCAGAAGUAACAAACAUCACGUGAUCAGAUCCAGUAAUUUCUACCAGAGAGGAAUCUGAUACAUGAUACAUGCAGUAAAGUCUAAACAUUUUUUUCUUAAAGGAUCACUAUAGUGUCAGGAAAACAAAGCGGAUUUCCUGACACUAUAGUGCCCCUACCCUCAGGGUCCCCCUCCCGUGGUUAAAACCCCUUCAGCAGCUUACCAUAUUCAAGUGCCGGGCUCCCUCGGCACUAGUGACCUCCCCUCCCCGUCCGACGUCAGCUCCCCCAUCCGCCAUCACUGGAGUCGAAUGAGCAUGCGUGGCAAAUGCCGCGUGCACAUUCAAAGUGUCCAUAUGAAAGCAUUUCUCAAUGCUUUCCUAUGGACCCUGUGCACGCUGGAUGCAAAUUUCGCAACCAGCAUCUCAGAUGCGCCUCUAGCAGCUCUCAGGAAGACAGCCACUAGAGGUUGGAUUAACCCCUAAUGUAAACAUAGCAAUUUCUCUGAAACUGCUAUGUUUGCAUCUGAAGGGUUAAAACCUGAGGGACCUGACACCCAAACCACUUUAUUGAGCUGAAGUGGUCUGGGUGACUAUAGUGUUCCUUUAACACCACUAUACUAUUCAGCAUACCAGUUGCCUACAGACUUUUUUGUGAGAGAGUUCCUUUAAAAUAACAUAUUUUUAUGUUCUAUAAUUUUAAGAGUAAUUCAAUAGGUUUGUGCUCAAAUGUAUGUAAUUAUAACACAAUAGAUCAGCAAUGGUGAACCUAUGGCACGCGUGCCACAGUUGGCACGCCGAGCCCUCUCUUUGGGCACGCUGCCAUCGGUUGCUGGUAGGGUGCCUACGUGUCCCGGAUCGCCCGGGACCAGGGCCGGCACUUCCUAUAGGCGACUUAGGCAGGCGCCUAGGGCACACCGACCCAGGGGGACGCCAGAUUUGAGUGACCAGGUAGGAAGGAAGCGCACAGCGCUCCCUCCUGCCAGUAACUCUGAGUUGCAUGGCUGGGCGGCGCGGACUGCGGUUUCCUGUACCCGGCCAGACUGAAAGGAAGUGCUCACUGAGAGAGCACUUCCUUUCAGUCUGGCCGUGUACAGGAAACAGAAGCUCCUGUACCGCGUUCUGCGCCGCCCGGCCACGCUACACAGGGAGUGGGAGACCACUAAAGGAUGGGUGGGGGUGAGAGGUGAGAGUAGAAACCACUAAGGGGUGGGGGGAGAAUAGUGACCACUAAAGGGGGCGGGGGAGGAGGAAAGAACCACUAAGGGGGGGGGAGAGAAGAGAACCACUAAAGGGGGAGUGGGGUGGAGAGAAUCACUAAGGGGCAGGGGGCAGGGGAGAGCUCUAAGGACUGAGAGGUCUGCUCUAAGGGAGGGAAGGAGAGAGAGCACUAAGAGACAGAGGGGUAGGGGAGAACUAAGGGACAGGAGGGGAAGGGAGAGCACUAAGGUGUCUCUGUAUCUGUGAGUGUCUGUGUAUCUGUGAGUAUCAGUGUGUUUAAUUGCAGUGCUGGCACUUUGAGGGAAAAAAGUUGGUUUAUAUUGUGGUUUGGGCCCACGGGCUCAAAAAUGUUCUCCAAUAUUGCAAUAGAUGAAUAUUGGAGUUUGUUUAAGUAAUGACAUCUAGACACUAAAGGGGUGUAUACAGAGUCUGACAUCCACUUCUUCAGAAUAUGUUGCUUGGUCAUCCUAAGAUUCCAUUGAAAUCCAUUUCCUCAGUCUGAAAGUGCACUUUUCCCAUUGUACAGCUCUGGGUAAUAUGUUACAGUGCUCUGGGAUUCCAGGAAAACUAAAACGAAUUUGAUUGCUGGGUGGGUGGAUGUAAAUGACAAAGAAACCACUGAUUCUGAGAAAAAUAACCAUAUUACAUUUUCAGAAGAUAUACAGCCCUGGGGAUAUUCUAAUAUGACUGACUUUUCCUAGGAAUUCCAUUGGCAAGUUCUAACAUUUUUUUUUUUUUUUUUAAAUGGCAAAAAGCCUCAUGACAAAUGAGAAAUAUUACCUUAGUACUACAUUAACCCCUUCUCUUUCCAUACUCUGAAAUACACGAUUUUAACAAAUGCAAAUUAAAUGAAUUUACUGAAAACACAUUUAUUUUGCAGUCACUCCCCAGAUAGCAGAGCCAGUGCUUCAUUUUAUAGUGCUGCUAUAGUGCUGCAGCUGUAGAGGCUGGUGGGGAGAUCUAAAGUUCUCUCAGCCAUGUGCUGUGUGCUGCUUUCAGUUCAGGUCUGCACCUUUUCUGGGUGCAGUUUGCUGCUGAUGCUCCCUACCGGUCAGAGACUGCAAGAGAGCAUUCACACAGCUCUGUACCCAGAUGGAGGUGCAGACCAGCACUAAUUGCCCACCAGGGAACCCACUAUAGCAGCAGGGAGCCCAGUGGACUGCCAGUGAAAUUAAAAACAGCCACCUUUAAUGCCCAAAAAGUAAGCUAAACACGGACAUACAACGUCCCCACCCACAGUCAUCCUCCCCAACUCACCCUCUCAGCAGCGCCCACACACAGUCACCACUUUAACUCACCCCUCCCACAAAGUCAACUCUCCAGCUCACCCUCCCACACACAUAGUUAUCCCCCAAUUCACAUCCACACUCACCCCUUCGCAAUCAUACAAUCACCCCUCAUACACAUACAACACAACCUUGUCAUAAACACAACACACAUAUCAAAACCACAAGCAACACCUCAUACACACAACACACCACAAGCAUCUGCCCCACUCAUAUACUCCUAGACAUAGAAAUGCAUGUGCUCACAGGCACAGAGAUACAUAUUGACAGAUGCACACUCUCAGAUGCAUGCACUGGAACACAAUACCAGACACGCAUGCACACACAAAUACACUCAGUAAUAAAUACAAACAGCCAGAUACACCCUGUCUGACGCACAGUGACUGUAUGUCUGUAUCUGCUAAUGUGUCUGUCUCUGUGCGCCAGCAUGUUUGUGUGUGUAUGCAUGCAUCAGUAUAUACAUGAAUGUUUGUAUCUGUGUAUGUAUGUGUGUCUAAAGCAGCUACAUGGCUGCAAUGUGAGGCUGAUAUGGCAUGGCCAAUGUCAUGGCAAUGUGUCUGUAGCAGACCUCUAGUCCUAGCAGGGACUCUCCUCCGCUGGUUAUACCAAAUUACAGUCAGGAACAAGUAAAACAAUCCAAUGGAGCAGUCAGGCACAGUAAAGUAAUCCAAGAAUCUCCCACUUCCCCCACCAGCAACUGGAAGACACACAGCUCUGGGGGUAUAUCUGAUUUUUAUUUCCACAUACACAGCAUUUAUGCCAAUUCCCAUGCAAGGGGUUUCACAGACAGAAAAUGCAGGGGAUUCAAUCCCAAUAUCCCUUGUGGCUGAGAUAUGAUAGUCUGAGUAAACUUUUCAAAUUUAAUUAUUUCUCAGGCACAAAAUAUGCCAUACCCCAAAAGUCCCACAACCAUACCUAGGAACCCCACAAAAAGCACAUUCCCUGAUAGCCCCGACCAUGGGCGUUCACAGGAGAGGGUAGGGGGGGGCACUUGCUCCCCCCCCCCCCGGAUUUUUCAACUUGUGCCGGUGUGAUUGAGAAUAAACUGCAAUAUUGGAGCCAGCCAGGAAGCUUCUCUCUCAUGACUAAAUCCGCGGGGGAACAGCACAGAGUGCAGAGGCAGCCUACAGAUCAGGUAAGUGAGGGAUGGGGGGCAGCCUACAGGAAGGGACAACAAGGAGCAGAAAGAAUCAGAAGGAGCAGAAAUGGUCAACAAGGAGCACAAAGUUAAAGGAGCAGAAAGAAUCAGAAGAAGCACAAAGGUAAAGGAGGAGAGUGUGCAGAAAUGGUCAGCAAGGAGCAGGAAGGGACAGAAGAAGCACAAAGGUAAAGGAGCAGAAAGAAUCAGAAGGAGUGCAAUGGUAAAGUAUGAGAAGGAGCAGAAAGGAACAGAAAUGACCAGGAAGGGUCAGCAAGAAGCAGGAAGGAUCAGCAAGGAGCAUGGGCGUCCACAGGAAUUUUUUCACAGGGGGGAGUGGGCAUAAUUGUAAUGACAUUCAUGCUUGGUCCCUUUUUGACAGUGUCAUGAAAGGGAAGGGGCAUAGUCAUUAUCACAUAAAGCCAGGGUGAAUAGCGUUUUCACAACAGCGACACCCCUUCCCAGCAGCACUCUGUGCCUCCUGACACUCAGUAAAUAAAAGUGAACACAUUAACACUGAUAUUUUUUUUUACCUGGGGAGAUGAGAAGGUCCGAAGUUUCCCUGCCAGGCCCAGGUACGAAAGAUUUAUGAUGUGGUGUCCAGAAUAAAGUGGAGGGUUCACUUUACUUGCCUUCCUGCUCCAAUCUCCUUUUCUUCUCAUUCAUUUGACACAGUCUUCUUUUUCUUCUGCCACUGUCUUCUCUCCUCCUGCUCCUUUACCUUUCUGCUACUUUCUUCUUUUGCGCCCUUCUGCUCCUUUCUCUUUCUGAUCUCUUUCUGCUCCUUGCAGACCCUUUCUGCUCCUUCUCCUACUUUACCUUUAUGCUCCUUCUGAUUCUUUCUGCUCCUUUAUCUGUGUGCUCCUUCUGCCCCUUGCAGACCCUUCCUGCUCCUUGCUGCCCCUUCCUGCUCUUUGCAGACCUGUCCUGCUCCUUGCUGCCCCUUCCUGAUAAUUUAUGCUUCUUCUCCUACUUUACGUUUGUACUCCUUCUGCCCCUUCCAGCUCAUUGCUGACCCUUUCUGCUCCUUGCUGACCCAUUCUGCUCCUUCUACUUUACCUUUGUGCUGCUUUACCUUCCUGCUCCUUGCUGACCCUUCCUGCUCCUUGCAGAUCCUUCCUGCUCAUUUCUGUUGCUUCUCCUUUCUGCUCCUUCUCUUACUUUACCUUCCUGCUACUUGCUGACCCUUCCUGAUCUAUAGGAUGCCUACCCUCCAUCCCUCACUUACCUGAUCUGUAGGUGGACCCCCCCAUCUCUCACUUACCUGAUCUAUAUGCCGCAACCCCCAUCUCUCACUUACCUAAUCUACAUGCUGUCUCUCCCCUCCCCUGUCCCUCACUUCCCUGAUUUGUAGGCUGCCCCCCAUGCCUCACUUCCCGGAUCUGUAGGCUGCCCCCCAUGCCUCACUUCCCUGAUCUGUAGGCUGCCCCCAUACCUCACUUCCCUGAUCUGUAGGCUGCCCUCCCAUGCCUUAUUUCCCUGAUCUGUAGUCUGCCCUCCCAUGCCUCACUUCCCUGAUCUAGUGGCUGCCCCCCAGGCUUCACUUCCCUGAUCUAUUGGCUGCCCCCCAUGCCUCACUUACCUGAUCAAUUUGCUGCCCCCCUCAUGCCUCACUUCCCUGAUCUAUAGACUGCCCCCAUGUCUCACUUCCCUGAUCUAUAGGCUGCCACCAUGCCUUACUUCCCUGAUCUAUAGGCUGCCCCCUAUGCCUCACUUCCCUGAUCUGUAGGCUGCCCCCAUGACUCACUUACCUGAUCUAGGCUGCCCCCAUGCCUCACUUACCUAUAGGCUGCCUCCCCAUGCCUCACUUACCUGAUCUAUAGGCUGCCUCCACAUGCCUCACUUCCCUGAUCUAUAGGCUGCCCCACAUGCCUCACUUCCCUUAUUUAUAGGCUGCCCCCUAUGCCUCACUUUCUUGAUCUAUAGGCUGCCCCCCAUGCCUCACUUUCCUGAUCUAUAGGCUGCCCCCUAUGCCUCACUUUCUUGAUCUAUAGGCUGCCCCCCAUCCCUCACUUACCUGAUCUGUAGGCUGUCUCUGCUGGCUGCAUGUGCUGCUACCUUGCGGUUUCAGACAGCAGAGAAGCAGGGAUAAGAUGUAGCUUCCUAUUCCUGUCUCUCUCCAUACACAUACACCUACUGGACGGCGCCGGUAUUGCAGUACAUUUUCAAUCUCACGAAAAAUAGCAGAAUAAGCUGAAAAAUCCAGCUUAUUGCCCACCCCCCACCCUCCCCAUGGACGCCCAUGUAUACAUAUAUAUUUACAUAUGAAAACAGAAAGGGCUGCACUCAUCUGAAAAUGCAUACAUUGUAAGGGUGCUGCUGGGGUCAAUUAAUACAACAUACAAGAUCCAGUGUACUCACUCACUAAACACAAACUUCAAAGCUCACAGAAUGUAAUCGUUUUUUGAAAACACCUAGCCUAGGCAAAAAUAAUGGGGAUUUAGUUGCAGUAUAUGAUCAUACCUUGCGUAAGCCUGGCACAAUGCCAAUAUACCUGCAAACAUAGGCUGAGCUUUAACCCCUUAAGGACGGAGGCAAUUGUACAAGUUGUGACCAAAACAAAAGCUAGAAUUUGCGCUAUAUGUCUGUUCAACCUUUUAUAUGAAGUGCACCCACACUUAUUAUAUAUAGUUUUGUUCAGGAGAAACAUGGCAUUCAUUUCACAUCAAAUAUUUCUAUAGGAAACCCAUGUAGAGGUCGCAGGGUGUUUUGGAAAGUUACACAGUCAAAUAAAGAGCUUGCCCAUUUCAGUUUUAACACAUUUAGAAUUGCCAGAUUGAUUUAAUGGGCGUAUGUUGCUGUUGAGACCAUAUGCCAGCACAGGAAUGAGAAUUAGCCCCAUCAUGGCAUACUGUUUGCAGUGGUAGACAACCCAGGGUAUUCAAGAUGGGGUAUGUCAAGUCUUUUUAAGUAGCCACUUAGUCACAAAGUUAGUAUUCACAUUUGGUUUGUUUUUUUCCCACACAAAACUGCACUUUCACUAACAUUAUCACCAGGCCCGGACUGGCCAUCGGGGAAACCAGGCAAAUGCCCGGUGGGCCGCGAUGGCCACGGGCCAAGGCCAGGGAGAUCCAGCUGGUCAAUGCAGGCUAUCCGAGCGCUGGCCCCGCUGUGUUCCAUGAAGGGCCGGUGGGGAGAUCAAGGAUCUCCCUCACCGGCCCACAUGCUCUCAAACGCGGCUGCCGGUGGGGAGAGAGGGAGGGAGACAGCCAGCCUGGAGAGAGGACCCGACGGAGCGAUAACUUGCAGCUCCGCCGGGUUUCUCUCGCGAGAUCUGGACCGUUGCCAUGGCAACCGGCCGGGUCUCGCUAGAGUGAACUCUAGCCCCAAAGAGUUCACUUACCACGAGGACCACCAGGGAUGGCUGGCAGCAGCACAACCCCCCUCCUCUUCCAGGCUACAGGUAAGAAGGGAGGGGGGUAUAAUGUAUUUAUUUUUCUAACAAAAAAAAAAAAAAAGACAUUAAUACUGGCAUUUACCUGCCUCCCCCCAAUACUCAAUCCUUGCAAAUACACACAUCACCCUCACCCAGCACCCUAACACACACCCAGCACCCUAACACUCACACAGCACCCUAACACACACACAUCACCCUAACACACACACAUCACCCUAACACACACACAGCACCCUCACUCACACAUCACCCUCACUCACACAUCACCCUCAGUCACACAGAACCCUCACACAGCACCCUAACACACACACACCCUAACACACACACAGCAACCUAGCACACACACAGCACCCUAACACACACACAGCACCCUAACACACGCAAACAGUACCCUAACACACAUCACCCUCACACACACAGCACCCUCACUCACACAGAACCCUCACACAGCACCCUAACACACACACAGCACCCUCACUCACACAUCACCCUCACACACACACAUCACCCUAAUACACACAUCACCCUAACACAUACACAGCACCCUAACACACACACAGAACCCCAACACACAUCACCCUCACUCACACAGCACCCUCAAAUACACAGAACCCUCACACGGCACCCUAACACACUCAUACACACACACACAGCACCCUCCCACACACACUAUACUCCUCACAAAUGCACACUAUACCCCUCACACACACAGCAGCCCCCAAACACGCUGCACCACUCACACACACACACUCACUAGAUCUCCUGUACGCACUCCUGAGUCCUUCAAACACACACUAGAUCCCCUACACACAGACGCUGCACCACCAACACACACACUACAUUUCUGACAUACACACUCAGGAUCCCCUAUGAACACACUAGAUUCCAUUUAAGCAAACACAUAGUGUCUCCAUAAAUGGGAUACAGUGAGUAUUCCAAUUAUGGAAACCCUUGAGACAAGUUUCAAGCAAACACAACACAAGCAUGUUAUUAAAUUUGCUUGCGCUGUGCAGAUCAAAUACAGGGCCCUUUUCUCAUGCCCUGGAAGAGCAUUGAACCAACAUGCUCAUUUUGAGAUGGGGUGUGCUUGUCAUUGGGGAUGACAAAACACACCCUAUCUGGCUCCGCCCCCUUUUCAGUGGGCCGCUGUGAAUAAAAAAUGCCCUGGCCGAAUUUUUUCCCCAGUCCGGCCCUGAUUAUCACUAUAUCUUUUAGUACUCUAAACCACUCAUAUUUGGAAUUCAGCAUACAACAGUACCCCUCAUGUAAAGGUUUUAUGGUGUUUUGGAAAAUUACAGUGUCAGAUAAAGCACUUUCAAAAUUAAAUUCUCUGGUAUUUCUGCGUGGGUGUCAGGCAGGUCCCUUAAUAUAUAAUUAAUAAAAUAAUAUAAUUAUAUAUAAAUAAUAUAUAAAAUACAUUUUGAAUUAAAUUUAUAUCUAUCUAUAUAUCACAAUCAUAUGAAUCAGGUGGGCAGGAUUACCUUCAGGGACUGCUUCAGUUGUCAGGCAAUCCCCCUGUUCGUGAUCACUGCAGAGGGUAAAGACGUAAAUGCUCUCCUUUUGUAGGACAGAAUAGCACAUCCUUCGUCAUUAAGAGGAUUAAAGCCUGUGUUUCCUGGAGUGAGUGCGUUGGAUCUUGUAUGUUAUGUUUUAUAUUGUUUUUUUUUUUUUUCAACAACGUUGUAAUGGGAACAGGGGUAACUGGUCCCCAGAACUGUCCUGCUGCACCUCACAUAAUCUAGCACAAGGGAUCACCAUCAUGAUUCCUUUUAGUGCCCCCUACCCAAUGGAAAGGUAGAUAUCACCUCCUCUGCCUUCUCCUUCCUCCAGGCAGGUAUAAACACAUCUGCUUAUUCCUAUUUCAUGGUAGGUGUUAUAUUCCCAAGUCUAGUUGAUGACAAAGAAGGGGUUAAGAUGAAAAACAAUUGGUAUUCUGUUGCUGGACUACUCCUGGCUAAACCAGUCCUGAAUAAGAAGUUUCAGGGAAAGUUUCAGCGCUAAAUAACAGGAUAAUAAGCAGCAACCCAAAAAAGGGAAUCCCUCAAAACCCUUAAUAAAACAAGCUAGAAGAUGUGAAGGGGGUAAGGGCUGCGCUAAGGGCUAGUAGCAGUAGUCUAUAACAAUAGAAACCAGACCAAAUGGUCUAAAUGGAUAAACAACAGCAAGUAGGCCUAUAUAGAUGAUAAAAAACAGUAGAGAGUAAAAGUCUCACUUAAGACAACAGAAUAAAAAUAAAGGUAGAUCUGUCCGGAUAAUAAAAUAUAUAAUGUGGAGGUUUCUAAAAAGUCAUAUAAAAGUUUCACUGAUGUAUCUGGAUAGGGUAGGGGUACAGUCCUCGGGAGUUGAACCGUCUGGAUUGUUAAAAUAUCCGUAUAUUUGAAGACAAAUGGAAAAUACGACAGGCAGCCGAUAGUGUGAUAAAGUUAAAAUCCAAUGUAAAAUACACUGCUCAAAAAAAUAAAGGGAACACUUAAACAACACAAUGUAACUCCAAGUCAAUCACACUUCUGUGAAAUCAAACUGUCCACUUAGGAAGCAACACUGAGUGACAAUCAAUUUCACAUGCUGUUGUGCAAAUGGGAUAGACAACAGAUGGGAAUUAUAGGCAAUUAACAAGACACCCCCAAUAAAGGAGUGGUUCUGCAGGUGGUGACCACAGACCACUUCUCAGUUUCUAUGCUUCCUGGCUGAUGUUUUGGUCACUUUUGAAUGCUGGCGGUGCUUUCACUCUAGUGGUAGCAUGAGACGGAGUCUACAACCCACACAGGUGGCUCAUGUAGUGCAGCUCAUCCAGGAUGGCUCAUCAAUGCGAGCUGUGGCAAGAAGGUUUGCGGUGUAUGUCAGCGUAGUGUCCAGAGCAUGGAGGCGCUACCAGGAGACAGGCCAGUACAUCAGGAGACGUGGAGGAGGCCGUAGGAGGGCAACAACCCAGUAGCAGGACCGCUACCUCCGCCUUUGUGCAAGGAGGAGCACUGCCAGAGCCCUGCAAAAUGACCUCCAGCAGGCCACAAAUGUGCAUGUGUCUGCUCAAAUGGUCAGAAACAGACUCCAUGAGAGUGGUAUGAGGGCCCGAUGUCCACAGGUGGGGGUUGUGCUUAGAGCCCAACACUAUGUAGGACGUUUGGCAUUUGCCAGAAAACACCAAGAUUGGCAAAUUUGCCCCUGGCACCCUGUGCUCUUCACAGAUGACAGCAGGUUCACACUGAGCACAUGUGACAGACGUGGCAGAGUCUGGAGACACCGUGGAGAACGUUCUGGCAGUGAGUCAGUAAUGGAACACAAAAUGCCGAAAGUGCCGAAACCGGAAGUACACAUACACGGAAGUAAAUAGACGAACAGGAGGCUUGAAUCGCAAGACAUCUCCGUUCCCAUGGAGAUUGCCCACGAAAAUUAAGAGCCUAAACAUGGAGAUACUACAAUCAAGAGGGUAUUUAAAGCAGGAAGGAGUCCUUAGAGAUCACACAGAAUUUUUCCAGCUGAGGAAGCCUAUUGGUGAAACGCGUCCUGGAGGAACAGUGAGCAUAUGGAACUACCUAUUGGACUAUAGCCGAAUAAGUGUUAUUUUUAUUGAUAUAUUUUUUUAUACUAUAUUGUAAAUAUAUAUAUAUAUACAUUUUUUUACUUACAAUAAAUUAUAUUUUACACUUACGGCUUUUAUUUCCACCUGCUAUAAAGAAGGAAUGUGGUCCUUAACCACAUACGUUUUAUGAAGUGAGCCGACUGACUGGCUCUGGGUUUGUGAGUACAUAAGUGCUACCUCAUAAUUUAUACCCAGUAUAUCAACUGUACUACACUAUAUAUUUCUUUUCCCUCCUAUACCUGCCAUCUAGGAGAAAUUCGGAUCCAAAGGAGGGUGAAGGUCGCCUUAACGGACCCUAAGGUGCAUAUACCUGAGCUAGUGUUUUAGCUCAGAAAAGUGUGAGUUAGAAAUUUAUAUUUUUUUCAUUCAUUAUAUAUCUAUAUACAGGUUACACUAUGUUCUGUAUAUUUGUGUUUUGUAUUUAAGGUUUAUUUGGAAGCAUUGGGACAUCAUAUUUAAGUAUACGAUCCCUUAAAGGUAUACCAUAAAUAUUUUCUUUAUAUACUUACAUAUCUACUAUAAGGAAUUAGAGCGCUUCACCUGAUAUUUCUUUUCUCCACAAUUUCUGAUAGAAAGAUAAGCACGGUGAUAUAGCAGCCCACGAAAAAUUGGUACAUACUAGGAUAUAAAAUUACAGAAACAAGCGCUUGUACUCUCCAUUCUGUACAUAUAUAUAAAAUAUACUCACAAGUAUAGAGCAGAAGGUAUCAUUGGUGGAAUGGUCCCCAGCUAGGAUUACUUGAGUCAGGAUACAAUAAAAAUGCCAGGGAGAAUAAAAAUAAAAAUCCAAUAAAAUGAAAAUUGGUCCAAAAAAAAAGGUAACCAAAAGACUUUUAUUGUUAAAAUACACAAUUUAAAACCAUUAACGCGUUUCACCUUUAAGGCUUUUUGAAAAUGGUAUAUAACAUUAUUCCUGGCACAGAGAGUUUAUAUAAGUAUAUGUAAAUUUAAAACUGGGAUCAUCCAAUGGAAAACAGAUUUUAAAAAACAUAUUCAAAACAAAUAAUACCUAUAUAAUAAUACCUAUAAGCUAUAUAGGUAUUAUUUGUUUUGAAUAUGUUUUUUACAGAUAUUUGAACAAUCCGGACGGAUCAACUCCCAAGGACUGUACCCCAACCCUAUCCAGAUGUAUCAGUGAGACUUUUAUAUUACUUUUUAUUAACCUCCACAUUAUAUAUUUUAUUGUCCGGACAGAUCUACCUUUAUGUUUAUGGAUUGGCUCUGCACUGACACAUACUUUGACACACACAUUGACAAAUAGAUACACGCACACAAGUUGACACACAUAUAGUAAGGUGCACACAUACAUGUCAAAAUGCUUAUAUUUGUAGCUACCCUGCUUUUAACAUAACUUUUGUGUGCAGGAGAGUGGCUUCCUUAUGGUCCUGCUGCUCGCUGAGGCUGUGGGGCUGGUGCUCCCCACUUCUGUGCUAUCUCCAAUGCCUCUUUACGUCUUUAUGUGGGAGAAACUGACCUUCUUUACCUACUCCCAUCGUUAAUAUCACAUGGGUCCAUGUUGUUAAAGGGUGAUUGCACCCAACGGCCUUCUGUUUAGCAAUACCAAUCUGGUGGCCCUAAGUGCAUUGGCCACCCGAUGGGCCCCCUGAGUGUGUGGGCCCCAGUGCAGGUGAGCAUUUACGCCUUUACACUCUGCAGUGGUCACGAACAGGGGAAUUGCCUGACAACUGAAGCAGUUCCUGAAGGUAAUCCUGCCCACCUGAUUCAUAUGAUUGUGAUAUAUAGAUAGAUAUAAAUUUGAUUCAAAAUGUAUUUUAUAUAUUAUUUAUAUAUAGUUAUAUUAUUUUAUUAAUUAUAUAUCAAGGGACCUGCCUGACACCCACGCAGAAAUACCAGAGAAUUUAAUUUUGAAAGUGCUAUAUCUGACACUGUAAUUUUCCAAAACACCAUAAAACCUUUACAUGAGGAGUAUUGUUGUAUGCUGAAUUCCAAAUAUGAGUGGUUUAGAGUAGUUAAAGAUAUAGUGAUAAUGAUAUCAGUGAGAGUGCAGUUUUGUGUGGGAAAAAACCCAAAGCAAAUAUGAACACUAACUUUGUGACUAAGUGGCUACUUAAAAAGACUGGACAUACCCCCAUCUUAAAGGACCACUAUAGUGCCAGGAAAACAUACUUGACGGUCUAGGGGGAGGAAGGGGUUAAACUUACCUCUUUCUCCAGCGCCGGGCGGGGGACUCUCCUCCUCCAUAGCGACGGCAUCUGCUGAAUGUACAUGCGCGGCAGGAGCCACACGCGCAUUCUGCCAGUCCAUAGGAAAGCAUUCUCAAUGCUUUCCUAUGGACGCUGGCGUCUUCUCACUGUGAAAAUCACAGUGAGAAGCGCCUCUAGCGGCUGUCAAUGAGACAGCCACUAGAGGCUGGAUUAACCCAUUUAUAAACAUAGCAGUUUCUCUGAAACUGCUAUGUUUAUAGAAAAAAAGGGUUAAACCUAGCUGGACCUGGCACCCAGACCACUUCAUUAAGUUGAAGUGGUCUGGGUGCCUUUAGUGGUCCUUUAAAAACCCUGGGUUGUCUACCCCAGCAAACAGUAUGCCAUGACGGGGCUAAUGCUCACUCCUGGGCUGGCAUACGGUCUCAACGGCAACAUACGCCCAUCAAACCAAUCUGGCAAAUCUCAAGGUGUUAAAACUUUCACAAUUAAAACAUUCACAGUUAAAAUGCUAUGCAGAACUUGGAAAACGAACUUAAUUUCUCACACUUUUUUAGAUGUUAUUCAUUUUAAAUUAUGUUUCCUAUAGCUGUGAAAUGAAAGCCAUGUUUCUCCUAAACAAAACUAUAUAUAAUACGUGUGGGUGCACUUAGUACGAAAGAGGUAAAUUAUGGUUGAACAGACAUAUAGUGCAAAUUCUAGCCUUUGUUUUGGUCAGAACAUGUACAAUUGCCUCCGUCCUUAAGGGGUUAAAGCUCAGCACAUUUUGGCAGGUACAUUGGCAUUGUGCCAGGCUUACGCAAGGUAUGAUCAUAUACUGCAACUAAAUCCCCAUUAUUUUUGCCUUGGCUAGGUGUUUUCAAAAAAACAAUUACAUUCUGGGCCAAAUGCUGGUUUUCUCUAAUCAGGACCUCCUCAUAGAUAGGACUGCUUUUUCUACAGCACUGACCCAGGAAUCACCUCCAGUGGCCAUCUAAGGAGUUCCUAGAGGCAAUGUAAACACUGCCUUUUCUCUGAAAAGGCAGUGUUUGCAUGAAAAAAAGCCUGAAGGGAACUAUUACACUCACCAGAACAACUACAAUAAGCUGUAGUUGUUCAGGUGACUAUAGUGUCCCUUUAAAUUAUAUGCAAAAAAGUGUACAUUUGUCAUAUUUGUUUAAAGAACCUGAUGCACAAAACAUAUACUUUAAAAAAUAUUAACAUUUAAUCUAUAAAUGGAAAUAUUACAUUUGAAUAUGUAUAAAUUAAUGGAUAUUUCUAAUCAAAGCUCCUCCCCUCUGCUUGUCAUCCAGUUUUUGGCAUAGAUAUUAGUACAGCUUCUGUGCCAAGGACCUUUGUGACAAGAGAGAAGCAGGACACACGUGGCAUACUGGAUGUUCUGAGGGAGGUCUCUCGGUCAGACUCUGAUAGGCUCCCAGUCGGUUUCAGUAAUCAGUUAGUCUCUGGCAGUCUUGUAGUGGGUCUUCCCGAUAUCAGACAAUCUAAGGCAGUCCCAUUUCAAAAUGGUAAAAAGAGGGACAAUUUAAUUUUAGGGAUGUGAGUGGAGAGGCAGUUUGAGAAAUCUCAGAGGACUUACCAAUAAUUUAUGUAACUACAAUGUAGAACAAGAACAAUGCAUCUUAUUAACACAGAUUGAUUUCUAUAUACAGUACAUGUAUUGUAGUUUAAAGACAUAUAAUGGGUUAUUCACUAAAUUACAAUUCAAAUUUAAUUUCUAAAUGCAGGCUAAAAUAGAAAAUUUACAAAAUUCUAUUCAAGUUAAUUUCAUAUUCAGUUUGGCUACUUUGGCCUGAAAUUUGAAAGUCACUUUGAAUUCUCUGAAAUUUUCUCUUUAGUGAAUAACUCUGAUUACCGGCAAUGUUAUUGAUGUGGAGCUCUGUUACACAUUCAGAAACAGCAACAAUAUGGAGCUCCUAGAAAAGAGAGACAGAGGGAUCUGGACCCAAAACAAGGACCACCCUUUCUAAAUAGGGACACUUGGGAGGUAUGCAGUUUGUCUCAGUCGGUCUUGGCGAUGUUCAUUCAGUCGGUCUGUGGCAGUCUCACAGUGAGUCUAGGUGAUCAUUCAGUGGGUCGUGGCAGUGGUUUAACUACUGCUGGUACAGCUGUACCUGGGUCUGCACGUUGAUGGGGCCAAUCGGGUGGCCCCCCUAAUGUCAGCAGCCAUCAUUGGGGAAAAGUGAAGGCAGGUCACUUCCCCCCCAGCUAACAUACAUGGAUCCGCGCGGGAAACAGAGGAGGAGGUGCGAACUGACUCCCAACAGCCCCAGCCAGAAGAAGCCACCCUUCUGCACCCAAAAGGUAAGAAACAGGGGAGUGCCCAGCAUGUGUGUCAGUUUUUUCAUUGUGUGUGUUUGUAUACCUGUAUGUUUGUGUGUUAGUGUGUGCAUGUGUAUCAGUAUGUGUAUUAGUGUAUCUGUAUGUGUUGGUGUGUGCAUCUUCGUGUCGGUGUAUAUAUGUGUGUUGGUGUGUGUAUCUGCAUGUCUGUAUGUGUGCUAGUGUGUGCUUCUGCGUGUCUUUGUAUCUGUAUGUGUGUUAGUGUGUGCAUUUGCAUGUGUUAAUAUGUGUAACUUUGUGUCUGUCUGUAUAUGUGUGUGUGUGUCUUUAUGUAUGUGUCUUAAUGUGUGUAUCAUUGUGUCUGUAUGUGAGUUAAUGUGUGUCUAUGUGUGUAUCUUUCUGGCUGUAUGUGUGUGUAUCUUUGUGGCUGUGUGUGUCUGUAUGUGAGUUAAUGUGUGUCUGUGUGUGUGUAUCUUUGUGGCUGUAUGUGUGUUAAUGUGUGUAUCUUUGUGGCUGUGUGUGAGUCUGUAUGUGAGUUAAUGUGUGUCUGGCUGUAUGUGUGUAUCUUUAUGGCUGUAUGUGUGUGUGUAUCUUUGUGGCUGUAUGUGUGUGUGUUACUGUGUGUGUAUCUAUGUGGCUGUGUGUGUGUUACUGUGUGUGUAUCUUUCUGGCUGUAUAUGUGUGUGUAUAUAUUUGUGGCUGUGUGUGUCUGUAUGUAUCUUUGUGUGUUAAUGUGUGUGGCUGUGUGUGUGUCUGUAUGUGAGUUAAUGUGUGUCUGUGUGUGUGUUACUGUGUGUGUAUCUUUGUGGCUGUAUGUGUGUGUGCUACUGUGUGUGUAUCUUUGUGGCUGUGUGUGUGUUUACUGUGUGUGUAUCAUUGUGGCUGUGUGUGUGUGUGUAUUACUGUGUGUGUAUCUUUGUGGCUGUGUGUGUGUGUUACUAUGUGUGUAUCUUUGUGGCUGUCUGUGUUACUGUGUGUGUAUCUUUGUGGCUGUGUGUGUUACUGUAUGUGUAUCUUGUGGCUGUGUGUGUAUCUUUGUGGCUGUGUGUGCUACUGUGUGUGUAUCUUUGUGGCUGUAUGUGUGUGUGUGUUACUUUGUGUGUAUCUUUGUGGCUGUGUGUGUUACUGUGUGUGUAUCUUUGUGGCUGUGUGUGUAUAUCUUUGUGUGUUAAUGUGUGUAUCUUUGUGGCUGUAUGUGUGUCUGUAUGUGAGUUAAUGUGUGUCUGUGUGUAUCUUUCUGGCUGUAUGUAUGUGUGUGUAUCUUUGUGGCUGUGUGUGUCUGCAUGUGUGUUAAUGUGUGUAUCUUUCUGGCUGUAUGUGUGUGUGUUAAUGUGUGUAUCUUUGUGUCUGUAUGUGAGUUAAUGUGUGUCUGUAUGUGUGUAUCUUUGUGGCUGUAUGUGUGUGUUACUGUGUGUGUAUCUUUGUGGCUGUGUGUGUGUUACUUUGUGUGUAUCUUUGUGGCUGUGUGUGUUACUGUGUGUGUAUCUUUGUGGCUGUGUGUGUGUUACUGUGUGUGUAUCUUUGUGGCUGUGUGUGUCUGUAUGUGUGUAUAUUUGUGUAUCUUUGUGGCUGUAUGUGUGUCUGUAUGUGAGUUAAUGUGUUAAUGUGUGUGUGUGUCUGUAUGUGUGUAUCUUUGUGGCUGUAUGUGUGUGUAUCUUUGUGGCUGUGUGUGUGUUACUGUGUGUGUUACCGUGUGUGUAUCUUUGUGGCUGUGUGUGUGUGUUACCAUGUGUGUAUGUUUGUGGCUGUGUGUGUGUGUACUGUGUAUCUUUGUGGCUGUGUGUUACUGUGUGUGUGUGUUACUGUGUGUAUAUCUUUGUGGCUGUGUGUUACUGUGUGUGUAUCUUUGGCUGUGUGUGUGUGUUAGUGUGUAUCUUUGUGGCUGUGUGUGUGUUACUGUUUGUGUAUCUUUGUGGCUAGGUGUGUGUGUGUUUUGUUUGGUAUCUUUGUGGCUGUGUGUGUGUGUUACUGUGUGUGUAUGUUUGUGGCUGUGUGUGUUACUGUGUGUGUAUGUUUGUGGCUGUGUGUGUUACUGUGUGUAUCUUUGUGGCUGUGUGUGUGUGUGUUGUGUGUGUGAAUCUUUGGCUGUGUGUGUUACUGUGUGUGUAUCUUUGUGUCUGUGUGUGUUUCUGUGUGUGUGUAUCUUUGUGGCUGUGUGUUACUGUGUGUGUAUCUUUGUGGCUGUGUGUGUAUCUUUGUGGCUCUGUGUUACUGUGUGUGUAUCUUUGUGGCUGUGUGUUACUGUGUGUUUAUCUUUGUGGCUGUAUGUGUUACUGUGUGUGUAUCUUUGUGUGUGUGUGUUACUGUGUGUGUAUCUUUGUGGCUGUGUGUGUUACUGUGUGUGUAACUUUGUGGCUGUGUGUGUGUGUGUGUGUUACUGUGUGUGUAUCUUUGUGGCUGUGUGUGUUACUGUGUGUGUGGCUGUGUGUGUGUGUGUGUGUUACUGUGUGUGUAUCUUUGUGGCUGUGUGUGUGUGUGUGUUACUGUGUGUGUUACUGUGUGUGUGUGUGUGUUACUGUGUGUGUAUCUUUGUGGGUGUGUGUGUGUGUGUGUUACUGUGUCAGUGUAUCUUUGUGGCUGUGUGUGUGUUACUGUGUCAGUGUAUCUGCAGUAAUAUUAUCAGUUGUUAGUUCCGUCACUAGGUCUCGGUGAUGGUCAUUCAGUCUGUCUGUGACAGUCUCGGUGUAGCGGUCUCAGUCUGUGUCCGCCAGUCGUUGUUGGCAGUCAGUCAGUCAGUGGGUGUCAGUCUCUCCCCUCCCCCGGUGCAUGCCGGGUAGUGGUGCCGGUGCUUGGCGCGGUGCAUGCCGGGUAGUGGUGCCGGUGCUUGGCGCGGUGCAUGCCGGGUAGUGGUGCCGGUGCUCGGGGCUCUGCCCGCCCGGGAGAUGCUGCGGGACGUCAGGAACUGAACCGCGCCCGACAGUGAGUGCAGGUACGGAGUGUGCACCCGGGGCCGGGGCUGGCAGGAGGGAAGGCCGGGCAGCCUCCUGGUAUAGUCCCCGGAUCACACCGAGGCCCAGGCUGCUAUAACCGGAAACCGGGCUGUUAUUACUGUACCGGGGGGGUAUGGCGGGCCUCGGUGUACUCACAGUCUAACCGCUGUACGGGGACAUUAUCAUUCCUUUAUAUUAUCACUGGGUGCAUGGCUUACUGUGUGUACAGCUCUUAUCCAUCUACUGAAUGUGUGUGUGUGUGUUACUGUAUGAAUGUAUGUAUGUAUGUGUGUGUGAUAGUGUUACUGUAUGUAUGUAUGUGUGUUACUGUAUGUAUGUGUGUGUGUGAUAGUGUUACUGUAUGUGUGUGUGUGUUACUGUAUGUAUGUGUGUGUGUCAUAGUGUUACUGUAUGUGUGAUAGUGUUACUGUAUGUGUGUGUGUCAUAGUGUUACUGUAUGUGUGAUAGUGUGUUACUGUAUGUAUGUGUGUGAUAGUGUUACUGUAUGUGUGAUAGUGUUACUGUAUGUGUGUGUGUCAUAGUGUUACUGUGUGUGUGUGUGAUAGUGUGUUACUGUAUGUGUGUGUGAUAGUGUGUUACUGUAUGUGUGUGUGUGAUAGUGUGUUACUGUAUGUGUGUGUGUGAUAGUGUGUUACCAUAUGUGUGUGUGUUACUGGGCAGUAUGUAAUAGUGUGUUACUGGGCAGUGCGUGUGUUACUAGGCAGUAUGUGAUAGUGUGUUACUGGGAAGUGCGUGUGUUACUAGGCAGUAUGUGAUAGUGUGUUACUGGGCAGUGCCUUUGUUACUGGGCAGUAUGUGAUAGUGUGUUACUGGGCAGUGCCUUUGUUACUGGGCAGUAUGUGAUAGUGUGUUACUGGGCAGUAUGUGAUAGUGUGUUACUGGGCAGUGCCUUUGUUACUGGGCAGUAUGUGAUAGUGUGUUACUGGGCAGUGCCUUUGUUACUGGGCAGUAUGUGAUAGUGUGUUACUGGGCAGUGCGUGUGUUACUGGGCUGUGUGUGAUAGUGUGUUACUGGGCAGUAUGUGUGUUACUGCGCUGUGUGUGAUAGUGUGUUACUGGGCAGCAUGUGAUAGUGUGUUAUUGGGCAGUGCGUGUGUUACUGGGCAGUGUGUGUGUUACUCGGCAGCGUGUGAUAGUGUGUUACUAUGUUACUGUAUGUGUGUUACUGGGCAGUAUGUGAUAGUGUGUUGCUGGGCAGUGUGUGAUAGUGUGUUACUGGGCAGUGUGUGAUAGUGUGUUACUGGGCAGUGUGUGAUAAUGUGUUAAUGGGCAGUAUGGGAUAAUGUGUUACUGGGCAGUAUGGGAUAAUGUGUUACUGGGCAGUAUGUGAUAGUGUGUUACUGGGCAGUAUGUGUGUUACUGGGCUGUGUAUGAUAGUGUGUUACUGGGCAGCGUGUGAUAGUGUGUUACUGGGCAGUGUGUGAUAGUGUGUUACUGGGCAGUAUGUGUGUUACUAGGCAGUACAUGUGUUAGCGUGUGUCACUGGGCAGUAUGUAUGGCUUUGCAUCAUCUAUCUCUACCUAUUUCUUUCCUGUUUGCUCUCUAUUGUUAUAUUAACUCCUUUAAGGGCUAAGGAUGUUAUUUUUGUUUUUUAAACGGUGGAUGACCACCUCCUACCUUUAUGCACACGCAGUAACCCUAAGAGAUACCCUCCCUUUUUUGAGCACUGUGAAGAACAUGAGUUGGUACUUACGCUUGUAACUUAGUACUAAAUGUAUCCUUUUUAAUAAAGGCUGAAUGAUAAAAUAACAAGUCAAACUGUUAGCGAUCAGGGGGCAAGGGCACUUCUGGCACCAUAACCUUUAUAAUGGUUAUGAUGCUCGGAAUGUUUCUUUAAGGUUCAGGUUUAGUAGCCAUUGCAAGUAACAACAUUUUGUAGUGGUAUGAUGUCAGGCAUACCCUGGCUUAGUUACUUGGUAACGGUGCCAAAAGUUUAGUAACAAUUUGCACUCUUACCUAGGUUCUCGUUGGCCUCCAAGGCUCCUUUUAUGUAUAGAGACUAGUUUCUGGUUUCUGUAGUGCUGGCUUAUGACACUGCUGGAGGUGGAGUUACAACUCUGGCAACUUAGGGGUUAAACUCCAUAUGUGAGUUUCAAAGUGAAAUGCUGCACAGACAGACUCCAGGCACCAUGAUCACUUCAAAUCACUGACACGGUUGUGGUGUUUGGAGUAACUCGUUAAAAGUUCCCAAGACUUUAUGUUGGUAUUAUGGUAUGUAAAUAGAAUGUUCUGUUCUCUUCUCUUUCUACGUUCUCACAUUCUCAGCUGUUGCAAUAAAUCAUUCUGGCUCUUCUCUCCAUGCUGCUGCACUGCUCUAACACAGAGCUUGUCCCUCCUCCUUAUUCCCCUUGCAGAUGGAUUUGCGGCAAAACACCUACGUUGCGUUAAUCGGCAUCUACUUUAAGAUAUGCUUUAAACCAAUGCAUCUCUAUGGGGAACAUUCAGCACCUCCAUGCAGUGUGUGGAGACGCUGAACUUAAGUGCGACUAGGAAUCACCUCUAGUGGCCGUCUAAGUGACUGCCACUAGAAGUCUUACUAGGCGGCAAUGUAAACACUGCAUCUCAAUGAAAAGGUUGUUUUUUACAUUGAAAAGUCUACAGGGACAGGCUAUAGAUACCAGAACAAAUACAGCAAAGGGACACUAUAGUCACUAAAAUAACUUUAGCUUAUUUGUGCAGUUUUUGUGUAUAGAUCAUGUCCCUGCAGCCUCGCUGUUCAAUUCAUUGCCAUUUAGGAGGUAAAUCACUUUGUGUAUGCAUCCCUAGUCACACCUCCCUGCACAUGACUUACACAGCCUUUCUAAACACUUCCUGUAAAGAGUCGUCUAAUGUUUAUACUUCCUUUAUUGCAAAUUAUGUUUAAUUUAGAAUGUUUUAUCUCUUGCUCUGUUAAUAGCUUGCUAGACCCAGCAGGAGCCUUCUGUAUGUAAUUAAUGUUCAAUUUGCAAAGCAGGUGAUAUAAACUUUUAAAGUAACAUCUGAAAAUGAAACCAAUUUUUUCAUGCAGACUGUGUGAGUCACAGCCAGGUGUGGCCAGGGAUGCAUGGACAGAAACAAAAGUGAAUUGAGCAGUGAGACUGCAGGGGCAUGAGGUAUACACAGAAACUGCAUCAUUAAGAUAAAGUUAUUUUGGUGAAAAUAGUGUCCCUCUAAUAAUUGUAUUUUCGUCCCUGAAAAUGAGCUUUGUUAGUUAAAAAACCUGACUCCUAACUUGAGUUGGCUUCUAGAUUCCAAGCAAAUUUGUCAAGCCCUGGCAUAGAUGGAAUUUAAUUCUCUAUCAUUUAAGAUUAAGAUUUAUUUGUCAUGACAGGUAGCCUUCAAAUUCUAGCCCAUGUGCAAGAGAUCAUAGGGAGAAACUCACACUUAAAACUAUGAAUAGAAUAGAAUAUAGAUGAAAAAUGACCGGUUUUCCAGGCAAGAGCAAAUCUAUACAUCCUAAUAGGAUGGCAAUGCUGGAACUAUAAAUUGGAUCUGUUACAUUUUCAAGGUCUUGUAUUGAAUACAACAACAAAAAAAAGCAUCUUUCAUUAUUUAUAUUUUAUAUUUAUCCAGAGAAUCUUUUUUUCUAUGAGGUCUGACCUUAUCCCAUAAUUUCCAUUCCAGCAGUCCUCAUCAUCUCAUACAAUGAUGAGAACUGUUAAGUAAAUUAGUAGCAGCUAUACUACAGCUGCUAUUAGUUCAUGGGCUGUCUUAUGUCUGCAGAGGUCUAUAGAAAGUACUAUCAUAAGCCACUCUACACAGUUGUACACAUUUCCUGUCUCCUGUCAAAGGUAAACUGUCUCAGGAAUUUCCUUAAGCAUGUCCUAUUGAUGCCAAUGGACUUCGCACUGGAAAACUAACUCCAGAGAUUGGUUCUAGGGGAAAUCAAGGGAAUGAGGUUUAUUCACUAAACACUAUAUUUUCUCUUAAUGGACAAAACUGUGCGAAAAUGAAGUAUUACACCUGGAUUUGUAAAGCCAAAUCUGGUCGAAAUUCAGUCUUCCUGACUGAAAUAGUGCGAUCCUGCCAUGAAGAAUAUACCGAUUAUCGGGAUUUAUUGCACUGUGAAUUUUAUUGAUUUUAUUUAUUUUUAUAUAUAUAUAUAUAUAUAUAUAUAUAUAUAUAUAUAUAUAUAUUCAAAUGUAUAUAGAUGUCAUUUAAAGUAAACAAAAUCUGAACAUUGUUAAUUAUUAAAAUCAAUGUAUUAUUUUUUUGCAGUCUGAUUUCCCUCUAGGCAGCCAAGUGAUUUUGUCCAAUUUGGUAUGGGUGCAUUUGAACUUUAGUGAAUAAUCCUUUAAUCUCCUGUCCAGCAGGAUUGUUAUGGGAUAAGUUGUUUGAACCCAAAAAGCAACUUGUUAUCUCUUCCAAUGGUUAGACCUGUUGAGUAAUGUUCUCUCCAAGUUGAUAGAGUUUGUCAGGAUAAUGAAAAUUAUGAGAAAAAUAAGGACAUCUGCAUAAAACAGAAUAUUCUGAAUAUCGAUUGAUUGUAUAGUGUAGAUUUUAGGUUCUCCAAAAUAAUCAGUAGUUUAAUUUUAACUUCAGAGUAAAUCACUUAUAACGUUGUAUGGUGGAAGUCAAACUGCUCGUGGCUUUAGUGUUCCUGGAAGCUUUAAGACGAGCAUCCCUGUUGGAGGUAAUAAGCACAUCUGCCUUGAUCUGUGUCUCAUCUACUUACAAGUUCAGUUUCUUUUGACUUUUAGUAUAGUAAUACAGGACACUGGUAUAAUACUAUAUCCAGACUUUGUCUGAUUACAGCAUAAACAGUUAGAGAGCUGUGCUGAUCCAUACCAUAACACUGCACUAGGCACCGGGCAUGUGAUAUGUUAAACAUAUGCAAAUGGGAGGAAGCGUCAUAAUAAAAUUUGGUGAGGAAGGGGCAAGGGAUAUUGGGAAGGAAUUGACAAGUAGUUAACGGAUGGAGAGACUACAUAGAGUACUCUGUAAAUCCAAACGAAACGGCUGUAUAUGUGUAUUCUUGUAAGGAGAGUACUUUUUUCUGCACAAAUAGUUCUAGGUAGGGCCCAUAAUUUCAACACCUAAACUGUCACUAGUGCCACUUAUUUUUAACCCACCUGAGCCAUUGUCCCUCAGCACAGGGGCGCGGCUCUGCCUCCUCUUCCGUCUUGCAGCGAGCAGGUGCUAAUGCGCAUUACACGUCCCCAUAAGAAAAAGAUUAAAUCAGUGCUUUCCUACGGGGAAAAAUCUGACGCUGGAUGUCCUCAUGCAGAGCGUGAGGACGUCCAACUUCAGUUACUGGACCAAAGAUCCAUUUCAAUCCAGGAAGCGCCUCCAGUGGCACAUGUAAACAUUGCAGCACUACAUGCAACAGGGACACUGCACCCAGACCACUUCAAUGAGCUGAAGUGGUCUGGGUGCUUAAAGUGUCCCUUUUUAAGUAAAUCUCCUUAUUGCCCUUAUCAUUUUAUGUCCGGUCUUUAGCUCCAAAUAAGUGUAUUUGCCAGGAGCUGCAUGUCAGGUAUGCCCUUAUAUAUUGUAUUAAAUAAAAAUGUGAAUCUAAAAAAUAAAAAAAACAAUGCCUUAUGGUAGUCCAGGAAUGUGAAUUAACCCCAUCAUGGCAUACCGUUUGCAAAUUUAGACAACAAAAUGGGAUAUGUCCAGUCUUUUGUAGUAGCCACUUAGUCACGAAUGCAGGCCAAAGUAAGCGUUUUUGUUUAUUUUAAUUUUUUAAAACAAAAACUGUUCUUUCACUGACGAUAUCAUUGUUGUGAUACGUUUUACUGUUUUGAAAAAACUCAUAUUUGUGUUCAGCGAAGUCUCCAGAGUAUAACCGUACCCCCCAUGUACUGGUUUUAUAGUGUUUUUGAAAGUUACAGGGUCAAAUAUAAGGCUUGCCCAUUUCAUUGAAAUUUGCCAAAUUGGUUAAGUUGCCUUUGAGACCAUAUGGUAGCCUAAGAAUAAGAAUUACCCCCAUGUUGGCAUACAAUUUGCAAAAGUAGACAACCCAAGGUGUUGCAAAUACGGUAUGUCCAGUUUUUUUCUAGUAGCCACUUAGUCACAAACACUGGCCAAAGUUAGCGUUCAUAUUCGUUUUUUGCAUAUUUCACACACAAACUAAUAUAAAUGUUAAAUUUGGUCAGUGUUUGUGACUAAGUGGCUACUACAAAAGACUGGACAAUACCCCAUUUCGAAUACCCUGGGCUGUCUACUUUUUCAAAUGGUAUGUCAUGGUGGGGAUUUAUUUUCAUUUAUGGGCUGCCAUACCGUCUCAAAGGCAACAUAGUCAAUCUGGCAAAUAGCAAUUUACAAAAACAGAAAUUGUCAAAUCUUAUGUUAGACCCUGUAACUGUAAAUCACAAUAAAACCUAUACUUAAGGGGUACUGUUGUACUUGUGGGACAUUACUCUACACAAAUAUGAGUGUUAUAGAGCAGUAGAAUGUAUUAUACUGAUAAUAUCAUUGGUGAAAUGGCGGUUUGUGUGAAAAAUGCAAAAAAACAAAUAUAAACACUAAUUUUGGCCAGGGUUUGUGACUAAGUGGCUACUAAAAAAGAGUGGACAUACCCCAUUUUGAAAACCGUGGGUUGUCUACUUUAAAAAUAUAUUUAUGGUUUGAUGGGGAUAAAUUACAUUGGCCAGCUUCAAAAAUGUCCAAACUAGGACAUGGGUGCAUGAUGACCAGCUGUGAAAAUUCCAAGUUGGAAAACUGGAAUGCGUACCCUCCAAAUAAGGUCUUUUAGCCCCCAUAGAAACCCGACACACCUAUUCAUGGGUGGUAUCACUGUACUCGGGAGAUGUUGCUGAACAAAUAUUGGGGUGUUCUUUGGCAGUUACCCUUAAAGUUCUCUUUACAUGUAUUCUUAAACUGCUACGUGUGUCAAAAAAAAUCACCACUUAUUAAAUUUUAUUUUAAAAUUUGGCAUAGAAUGGUGGUAAAAUGGUUGCAUGAAAAGAGUGAAAAUACCCCAAGUUUAAUACCAUAGGUUGUCUUCUUUUAAAAGAUAUAUACAUAUGAAGGGUUAUUCAGGGAUUCCUGACAGAUAUCAGUGUUACAAUGUAACUUGCGUUAAUUUUGAGAAAAAAAUGGUUUGGAAAUAGCAAAGUGCUACUUGUACUUAUUGCCCUAUAACUUGCAAAAAAAAAAAAAAAAAAGCUAAGAACGUGUUAACAUUGGGUAUUUCUAAACUCAGGAAAAAAUUUAUAAACUAUUUAGCACAGGUGUUUUUUGGGGGUUGUAGAUGCGUAACAGAUUUGGGGGGUCAAAGUUAGAAAAGGUGUGUUUUUUUUAAAUUUAUUUGUUUUACAUUUUUUUCAUCAUAUUUUAUAAUUUUGUUUAUAGUAAAUUAUAUGAUAUGAUGAAAAUAAUUGUAUCUUUAAAAAGACAAUUUAAUGGCAAGAAAAACUGUCUAUAAUAUGUGUGGGUACAGUAAAUGAGUAAGAGGAAAAUUUCAGCUAAACACAAAUACCAGAAUUAUAAAAACAGCCCUGAAAAGCACUCUUGUCACUAAGGGGUUAAAGGGUUAUUUAACCAUUUAUCCACUGGGGGUGGGGGCAGCAGAGGGAGAGGGAAACUAGUGUUAUAAAUACAGCUUUGUAUCCUUAACACUAUGGUGUUCCUUGAAAGCUAGAAGCUUCUAUUUGCAAUGAAUGAAAAACUGUGUGCAGUCCUCUUUCCAAAAAAGGCUUCUUUGUGGUUUAUUUGGAAACCUGUAGUUCUGGAAACCUUUUAAAGAUUUCUCUUUGAUGUCAUACUUUUUGUGAGUGGAGUUCCAGCUUUGGUAGUAUCAGUAUGUAGGAAAAUCUACACAUUAUUCCACUAUAACACAUGCAAAUUUGUGGUCUUUUGAUGUUUUUUUUUUUAAAAUGUAUUUAUUUAUUAUAAGUAGGUCUUGUCAUACCUAUAGACUGUAAGCUUGUUUGAGCAGGGCCCUCUUCAACCUAUAGUUCCUGUAAGUUUUUUGUAAUUGUCUCAUUUAUUGUUAAAUCUCCCCCUUUGAUAAUAUUGUAAAGUGCUACAGAAUAUGCUGGCGCUGUAUAACCACCAGUAGUAGUAGUAGUAAUAAUAAUAAUAAUAAUAAGGUACACCAGGGCUCGACAAAUCCCAGUCGCCAGGUUGCCGUGGCGACUAAGAAUUUUGCCCUGGAGCCUGGAAUUGGUCGGCCCAUUCACCCCUCCUCCCGCAUAGGGCAGCAUUUAAAGACUGCCAACUUGCCGCCCACCCACAUUGCGCAAAGCUGGUAUGCCCGCACCCAUUCCACAGAGUUGGCCCGGCCUCUCGUGUCCUACAGAGCCGGCCCUCCAGCCUGCCCCUUUAAGCAGAACCAGCUGCCCGCCCUUACCCCUGCGCACCGGGAGGAAGUAAUUACAGUUCCCUUCACUUCCUUCCGGCGCGCAGGGAUUCUCACGGGGCUUAGGGGACAGGAGGAGUGGGAGUCUGGAACAGCGGCAGCUGCUCACAUCAGCCGCAGCCAGCCCCCACUAGCCUAUUGCCAUUUGCUCCUGCCCAGUCCCAGUGGACCCCAGGGAAGCCACCCCCCGGAGGCCAAAAGGUAGGAAACAGGAGGGUGGCUAAAAAUAUGUAAUUUUUUUUUAUUUGCGUGUGUAUAUCUCUUAUGCCUGUUUGUCUGUGUGUAUUCAUUUGAGUGUAUCAAAUACUUUGUGGCUGUGUGAGAGUGUGUGUGUCAGCGUGUAUGUGUCUGCCUGUGACUGUGUCAGAGUGUGUGUCUGUCAGUGUAUGUAUUUCUGUCUGGGUGGGUGUGUGUCUAUCUGUCUGGUAUGUGUGCGUUUAAGUCACCAGCCCCAUCUGAUUGCAUGGGAAUGGUGUUCUGGCUCCCUUUUUUUCCAACGCUAUGCCGGUCUCCCUGCAACUGGCCAACCUCUAUAGCUAAGAUUAUCAACUACCAAUCAGCAUCUCCUCAUAGAGAUGCAAUAAAUCAUUGCAUCUCUAUGGGAAACGUUCAGUGUCCCCAUGCAGAGCGUGAAGACGCUGAAUGUAGGUAGGAGACACUUUAGUGGCCGUUUGCGUGACUGCCACUAGAGGUCUUACUAGGCAGCAAUGUAAACACUGCCUUUUCUCUGAAAAGGCAGAGUUUACUUUGAAAAGCAUGCAGGGACAAUCUAUAGACACCAGACAACUACAUUAAGCUGUAGUAAUUCUGGCGAGUAUAGUGUCCCUUUAGGAAUUGUAUUUUUGUCGAUGGAAAAAAGCUGGCUCCUAGAUUGAAAGCAAAUUUGUCAAGCCCUGUGGUACACCUUAGUGUUAUACUUUACUGUUUGAAAGGUUUAAACACAAAGUACUUUUUUUUUUUUUUUUUCUUCUCGCUUUUCUUUUUGAACAAACUAUCUUUUUUCAGAGGCAUUCAAAGAACUUAAUUUCAGAAAACUAUGUUCAGCAUUUGCGCUAAACCUGUUACAUUAUUAUUAGGCACUUAAAUGUGCCUGGAGUUUCGGAUUGUUAAAUAUAAAUAUUUAAAUAUUUCAGACUAUAGGAUUACAUUGGUGAAUUGACGUAAACGUAACACUACUCCUUAAUGCUUGAAGGCUUGCCGUUGUUCGGUUACAUGAAAGCCUUUUUGAUAAGAUUUCACUUACCCUUAACAUCUUUACUACUUUUGUUCAGUAUAUUUAGGAUUUAGGUUUGUCAUGAUGAUAAUGCUUAUUAUGUAUCCAUAAUCUCUUAGUUCAGUAAUAGCUAACCCUAGCUAUUAUGGAAACAGCACUUUUUAAUGGCUGCCAUCACUAGGAGGUGGGUUAUUCAGGUAGUCCUCACUUUGCAACUUACCUACAAAUCGACGGCUCUGACUUACGACCAGCUCUCUUGCACGGGUAUUCCAACUCUCACGUUAAAGAGCUGGUCUAUGUUCGGGGAAUUUCUCGGAACAUAGAUUCAAGAGAUUGCCUGCACUAGUGAGCUUGUCUAUAUUCGGGGGAAUUCCCCCAAACAUACAUCUGCUCUCUAGUGCAUCCUCACUUAAAUACCAAUUAUUUUUACAACCCAGUCGGUAAGUGAGGAUCAUCUGUAUCGAGCCCAUCUGUUAUAAAAAAAAAAAGUGGAUUUUCUCAGCUCAGUGCUCACAUACUUCUCAACUCUUGCCUCCAGUGUGGGCAUUUCAUAUUACUGAUGAUAUAUAUAUAUAUAUAUAUAUAUAUAAUAUGUAUAUAUAUAUUAUAUGAAAGUAGCUAUUAAUUGGAUUAAGCAUUAUGGCUUCAGAAUGGAGACAUUAAUAUUUUUUUUUUUUUUACAAAUCAUCUUAUUUUUCAAAAUAUGCUUUAUACAAUUUUAAAGUGCUUUACAAUGCAGCAUUGAUAAUGUCCGAAAGAAAUCGGAAUACAUUUUUUUUUACCUUGCUAGAAAUUAUGGUGGGCUAUAUUGAUUAAUGCUUAUUUCUAGACACCUACAUUUUAAAUCCAAAGUGUUAAUUAAUCAAUUAGGACUAUUCCACUUCUAAACCUGACCCCUCCGCUUCAGCUCAGCUAAUGUGCAAGUGGAAAUCCUCAUUAGCCCCUCUAACUUUAGGGCAGCAAUGGUAGGUUGAGAGCAGGGGGGCUGCUCUUUGCAGGCAUAGUGGGUGCACACUACUCCAUGGCCAUUUUUUUUCAAUUGCGCAGAGCUAUUUUGGUGCAGAGGAUAAUACUUUAAAAGGUCCCAAUAUCCCUUUUUCGCUAUAAGUUUUUUCCAUUUAUAAUGCCCUGGUGAGCACUAUAAAUUUCCAACCCCCCUUUUUUUUUUAUUGCAAGAACCUGUUAAAUAAGAAUAAACUGAGGCUGCUGGUUUUGGUAGGUUCCCUGAACGGACUACAAAUAACAAUAGUCUCACUAUAUGCCCCGAAUGAAGCGCAGAAACGAUUUCUAAACAGGGCGUUCCGCACAAUUGCACAACACAAACAAGGACACACCAUCAUAUGCGGGGACUUUAAUUGCUCCCCAGACCCAUCCCUAGAUAUCAGCAGAAUAAACAAUGAAUCACCAAAGCCAGCCUCUAUGGCCUUAGGACAACGGCUCAGUACCCUUAUGCAUGAGCAUGACUACUAUGACACGUGGAGGGCUCUGUAUCCAUGUGAGAGGGAUUACACGUUCUACUCCCAUGUACAUAUGACCUACACUAGAAUAGACUUAUGCCUCUUAGACACAAGAAUGUUACCCUUUGCAAAGAGCGUACAAAUAGGCUCAAUCACGUGGUCUGACCACGCUCCACAAAUUAUAACUUUAAAAACACCUUACCCAGCUAGGGGUCGAGGCACAUGGCGCCUCAACGAAGGCCUUUUGGACACACCGGGGAAUCUCCGUCAAAUACAGGCCAAAACGCAGGAAUACUUCGAGACCCAUGCGACCUGCCAGACAACAAUUAUCACCAAAUGGCUAGCUCAUAAGGCAGUCAUAAGGGGAGAUUUUAUCCAGAUGGGGGCGAGAGUAAAAAAGCAAUAUAACAAUGAAAGAUCACGCCUUGAACAAGAAAUAAUCACACAUGAAGAGGCACAUAAACAUAAACCCACCAAACGUACGCACGGCACACUGACAAAGCUCAAAACACAACUAAACUCUCUUCACUUAGUGGAAACUGAAAAAAGGAUGCGGAUUCUCAAACAGACAUAUUAUACCAUGGGCAACAAGGCAGGAAAAUUACUAGCCCAACGAGUCCGUCAAACCAAAUUGCAGUCGAAAAUACCCUAUAUCACCUCAGAGCAGGGAGCAAAACUAUAUAACCCCCAGGACAUAGUCAACGAGUUAGCUCGGUACUAUGCGUCCCUUUACCAGUUAGACAGGGAUCGAGGCAUUCACCAGCCGACUAAACAGGAAAUCACAUGUUUUCUAGAGCUGAUAGACUUACCGAGCCUCUCCCGAGAGCAAUGCUCCGCACUGGAGGCACCCUUCUCAGAACAGGAAAUUGAAGAGGCCAUUAAGUCCCUACCUAAGCAUAAAGCCCCGGGCCCAGACGGCUUAUCAAAUUAUUACUAUAUAAAAUUGUCGCCGCAUCUGAUCGCACCUCUCACCAAACUAUAUAACGCAAUUAAAGACUCAGGGGAAAUGCCCAAAGAAAUGCUAGAAGCUUUCAUUGUGACUCUGCCCAAACCAAACAAACCCCCCACAAUCUGCGCUAAUUUACGCCCAAUUUCCCUGCUAAACGCAGACACCAAACUCUACGCUAAACUGAUAGCAACUAGACUUAAGAAAAUACUCCCAGAUCUCAUCUCGGAGGAACAGGCGGGAUUUGUCCCAGGGAGACAGGUGGGAGACAACACCAGGCACUUUCUAAAUCUGAUAGAUUGGGCAAAUUUAUCGUCCCAGACUGGCCUAAUCUUGGCACUGGAUGCCGAAAAGGCCUUUGAUUGCCUACACUGGGAAUAUAUGUCGCAGACGCUCCUCAGAAUGGGAUUCUCCUCAAAAGUACUAUCGAGUAUUCUUGCAUUAUAUCGAAAUCCGACGGCCAGAGUGUUUAGCACGGGCUUUAUAUCUGAUCAAAUAGAGAUAAGAAAUGGUACCCGACAGGGAUGCCCCCUCUCGCCCCUUAUAUUUAUACUAAGCCUAGAACCUCUAAUUCGACUAGUAAACCGCGACCCAAUAGUACAGGGACUCCACACCCCAGGCGGUGUAAAAAAACUGGCACUUUUCGCGGACGAUGUUUUAGUAUUCCUAACGCGUCCAGAAUCCUCACUACCACAACUCAUACACAGGCUCGACACAUAUGGACGGGUAUCUUACUAUAGGAACAACACGACGAAGACGCAAGCAUUGCCUAUAAACCUACCGAGCACUACUGUCAAGACGUUACAAUCACGACACACAUUUGACUGGCGUAAAACCUCUUUAAAAUACCUGGGGAUUAACCUCACAAAGUCCUCUCAGACCACCAUACGGGAAAACCACUACCCGGUUAUACAAAAGAUAAGAACUAUGCUAGAAAAAUGGGAAGGUCUAGAAGUGUCCUGGUUAGGCCGCAUAAACCUUAUUAAGAUGAUGGUGUUGCCACACAUACUAUACCUGUUUAGAACCUUGCCCAUUGCCCUCCCCGCCAAACUGUUAAAACUCUUUCAAAGCACAAUAAAUGCACAUGUAUGGAAACGGAAGCCCCCGAGAGUGGCAAAGAGCGUGCUGGGGCUUCCAGGCACCAGUGGGGGGCUGGGUAUGCCGGACAUCAAGGCUUACUAUAAGGCAACCGUUUUAGCGCAGGGACUCAGGCUAUUACGCUCAGCGUCUGCCACCUGUAAACCAGUAUGGCUAGAAAUGGAAAGUGCCUGUCUGGCAACCCGCGAUUUGUCAAGAAACCUAUGGGCAGGGGGACAUUACCAAGAUGUAGGGGGGAAACAAUUGCAGAGCUCACGGUUUCUUUUAAGGGCAUGGAACAACUGGAGCUCCUGUAUAGUGAACUCCACAGAGCUCUUUUUAGCAGCACCCUUGGAAACACUAGAAGUACUAUCCCCAGACUUGCCGAUGGGCCGGUGGAAAGGGAGGGGUGAACUUCGGGUCCAGGACAUACUAGAGGGAGGAAAGAUUAAGCAAUUCCCCACCCUGCAAAGGGAACUACAGCUACCAGCAAGGGAUAUUUUCAAAUACCUCCGAAUAAAACACAUAGUGCACUCGCACAUGCAACUAUGCACUACUCAUUCCCUCAAACCCCACAUAACGCUCAAACAGGCACUUCUCCACAAACAAAUCAAACCGCUCUCAGCAUGUUACAACGCACUAAUCAAUUCGGCAGCCCCCGAAAAUCAUAAAACCACAUACAUGAAUCUGUGGGAGAGGGACCUGGGACUCCAAAUUCCCAAAACAGAGUGGCUAACGGCUUUGGAAAUCACGAAAAAAGCAUCGCAAAGCCUUACACUCUGGGAAGCGUAUUGCAAAGUGCUAAUGAGGUGGUACUUGGUACCACAGAGACUAGCAAGUAUGUACCCGGGUACGUCCGGGAAGUGUUGGAGGUGCAACAUAGGAGAGGGAACAAUGAUCCAUAUUUUUUGGACAUGCCCCUCACUGACAGAGUACUGGGAGGCGGUUCACCUGCUUCUACUAAGCAGGACGGGAAUCAAUCUCCCCAAGAAGCCGGAACACUAUAUACUCCACAUAAUACCCAGCAUAGCAACUCACCACCAUAGGAAAGUAGUGGUAAACAUUCUAACGGUAGCAAAAAUACUGCUAGCCAGCAAUUGGAAGAGCAACAAACUACCAGUAGUAGAGGCUAUAACAAAUAGAAUGGAUAUGAUUAGCGUAUAUGAAAAAAUGGCAAAUAGGGUAAAUGGUAGCAGUAUGAGAUACGACAGAGAAUGGAGUUGCUGGCCAGCGGAAAGUUAGGAGGUAGAACGGGAACCGUGAAAAGGCGAUGCCUACACUCACAUAGAACAAGGUCCAGAUGGGAGCAAGGCCAAAAUACAAAUGGAUGCAUAGGACUAAAUCACCACAUGUAUAAAAUGCUGUCUAGGGUACCCCCCCUCCCCCCCUCCCUUCUUCCUUUCUGUAUCCCCCCCCAACCCAAGUUUUGUUAUAAAAUGGAAGAAUAGGUAAAGCUUGUUGGACGUGCAUCAAAAGCAGUAAAUGUCAUGUGUACCGCACCAACACACAAAGACACUAGGCAAAUCACAGAACACAGUGCACCCGAACAAAGAGUUCCAUAGAGAGUGAACCUACUUGGGAAGCAUCAUAGGCUUCAAAAGCAUAAUCAAAUGUACAAACAGUAGAUAUUAGAGCGAUGCCAUGUGGGGCAAAUGGUUACACAGCUGCGACUGUGCGGGGUGUGAAUGCCAGAGUGCACUGCGAUGCACAAAGUCUGAUAAUAUGCUUGUACCAAUAAAAAGACAAAUGAGAAAAAUAAGAAUAAACUUACCUUAAACCCAGUGCUGGAUGUUGUUCCCCUCUCUUGUUUCCACACCCAGCCUGUCGUCAUACUUAAUCACUUUUUCCCCUGCUGAGGUCCAGUGAGAUGCUUCUCAUAGAGAAGCAUUUGAUUGGUCUGAUCUCAAGACUAAGAGGACAUGUGCAUGCUAUGAGCCAAGAAGGUGAGGGAGUGUGGGGUGGACUUUAAAUGUACAAAUAAAGAAACUGACAAAUGUAGAAUGAAUGUGGGGAGACAGGGAGGGUGCAGAGGGAUCACAGGAGUAAUGGAGGGGACCAACAUAGCAGCUUCCCCUUUUAGGUGCACUUACAGCUCUGUCUGCAAGGGUAUAUUUCGUCUUGCACCAGAAUUCCGGGGUGCAACAAGCCCCUGACACAAAAGUGCCGACAUCUCUGUAUUUGUAGUAUUUAAGAUGAAUCUGUGCACCUACAGAUUGCUUGCACCAUGACCUCUUCUAAAAGCAGAAGUGGUCAUGUAGGCUGGAUUAACCUUUUAAUGCUUUUUUUUGUUUGUUUCUCAUUUCUGUAUAAUGUAUUAAAAAGGAUGGGUCAGCUUAAUCCUAGCAUGUCCCUUUCAGACAGUAUUAUGUACUUUAUGUCCUUAUAAGUGAUCGCGAUUUCUGCCAUUUAGCUCAGUGGGUUUGCAAGCUGAAAAUUUCAUUGAAUAGAGACAUUUAUAUUGGGAAGUUGGCAAGAUUCUGUCAUUUUCUGCACUUCCAUGCCUUCAAUGGCUUUUCAGACUCAUAAAAUACUUGUUGCUGUUAACAAUGAAAAUGCUGGAGAAAACUACAAAAUCAUGCAGUCUGCAGUUUUAGGUACAGUAUAAUAACAAGCUACAUGAGGUAUCUUGGUGCUAAAUCCCUGGUGCAGUGAAUGCUGUAUACCUCGUGUGCUGGCGUGUAGUUUAUUUUGUGUUAGUGUCUUGUUCGUUUGACACGUUGGCUUUCAGAGUACAGAAUCUAGUUAUGCAGCUUGUUUGCUCAGCUCUGAAAGCUACCUACACCGCUCUGCCUUAUCCGUAUUUACUUUACUGUUUCAGCGUGUGCUUUCCAACUCUUAUUAUAUGAAAUAUAUUACUGAAGAAAAAUGUUAAUGGGUCAGUAUUGGUAAAAUAAAAUCUAACGACAUUUUCACUUUUCUGCAGAAUAUUUUUCCACAGCAAAUAAAUGUAGAGUUACACCUGUCUGGUUUUUCCCCAACAUACCUCAUUAAACCUACUAAGCAUUAUGGACAUUCAAUCAACAAUUAGGCCUGCGUUUCCUUAACUGUCAUCUCCAGGUAGAUCACUAAUCACAACUGUAUUUAAAAAAAUAAAACCAUAAAAUUGUAGUAUAUCAAACCAAAUUGCAAAAUUUAAAAUGUUUCAACCACAGAAGAAACCCCCUUUGUGUUUGCACUGUUUUCUCUGCACAAGACAUGAGAAGCUAGUGUGCAAUGCACAUAAUUUAUUUUAUUUUCUUAAUUCAGAUUCUUGUUUGUAUUUUAUAUUUCAAUCAUAGCCAGUCAUGUAAUAAAGAAUCCCUUUGUGUAAGCACCGAUUAUGUAAUCUCAAGGCAUACUUAAUGGUACUGGAAUAUGUAAUCAUCAUUGCAUUGUGCUUUUUGUUUUGUUUUUUGCAAGAUUUCCCUGUAGACUACUUGCUGAUUUUCUUUAUUUAUAAACCUCUUUUUGUAUACCUUCUAUCGUAGGAAUCUUUAUGGAGUAUACAUAUGUCACCCAUACAGCUAACAUGCAGAUGAUCUGUUGCAGUAGUUCCAGUAAAAGAAAUUGCCUUGGUGGAUUUGCAAUAGUUUUUUGUUAUGAGACCUACUAAAAUAUUGUGACGAUAGUGCUAUGUCAUCUACUUUGUGUUUAUUGUACAUUAUGCUUCUUCCACCUACAUUCUAGUAUUGAUUGAUAGCUAACCUUUUAAGAGUAAUCUUGAAAAGAAAGAUGGAUAUGGUGGGGGAAACGAAUAUCACUAGGCCAGUACAAACUAUAAUAAAAGGGACAAUCUAGUCAGAAUAUGUUGCCUUGAAUCUGUGGGCGCAAUUUAUGACCCGUUUUACAAACAUCAUGGUUUUACCUGGCACUUGUAGACUGCCUCUCCUCAGCCACGUUGUUAAUGCAGAAUUUACACAUCCACAUUAUCAGUAUCUGUGCUAUCACAUCGCACAGAAAGGUUUUUGUUAAAUCCUCUCCCAAACAACAACAUAAAACCAGGGGAUGGCAAGCAGAUACCCCUAGCAACACAGGCCCUUGUACUGGUAUUGUUAGUCACAUUGUUAUUUGCCAAUGUGAGAAUUUCCAGGAAUUCCGAGUGAAUUUCAAAAUGUAGUCCAAAAUAGCUGAAUAUAAAAAAAUAAAGUCAGUUCUGAUUUCAGUAUAACUAUUGUGCAAGUAAUGUAAAACAUGAACAUUUUAGAGUAAUGGCAAUUAUUUUUAUUUGCCCAUAAAUAUUCCUCUAAUCGCUAUUAGACUGGAACUCUGUCAGUCUAGAGGCACUUCCUCAUUGAAGACAUGCACAAUUCUUCUCAUUCUGAGUCAUUACAGAAUGCAUGUUGACACAGAAUGUGUCCAAUUCUUCUCACAUGAUUUUGAGUGCUUUUCUAGUGGAAGCAUCCAAUUGACUGAGACUGGAGACUGCUGAGCAUUGGAUUCUUCCUAGAUCAUCUGUCAGCAUGAUCUCACCAUAGACUAAGCAGCUGCCUAGAGGAGGCUGGCUCGUCUCUAGAUUGCGGGUGAAUUUAUUAUUAUUAUUAAAUUGUUAUUUAGACCUAUAGUGUCAGGAAUACACAUUUGUAUUCCUGACACUAUAGUGUUCCUUUAAUACCUUUCUUUAAAUGGACCUUUAUGUGUGAAGUGUGUGUACUCCCACCCCACUCCAUUUUAGAAAAAGUUCAAAUUUUAAGCUUUUUGCAUCACCCUGGCAGUGAAUCAAGCAACGGGUCCUGUUCAUUCCUGGUUUGAUUAGCUCAGUGGUGCUUAACUCAAGAAGCAGAAAUUGCCCAAAUCACCUUCCUUGCAAAGACUUCCCAUUGAGCUGCAUUGGGAAGUCUGUGACUUGACAGCCACAGAAAGUCAGGGCUGGGUAAAAAGGCGCACUGGAACCCAAGCUCAUCCUCCCUGAUCACUGCAAUAGCUGCAGUGAGAAUGGGUACCCAAGGACACAGCUUUGGAAUGAAACCUUUUGAAUUAUGAUAAGAUGGUACACAGAGAAUCAAGCCCCAUAAAGACUUGAAUUUAUGAGUGGAGAAUCCAUUUAACUGAAGAUCUCUUCCUCUAUAUGAAAGAUUUGUGCUAGAGGUAAAUGAGGUGGCUGUGUGUACAUUCGUCUUUCGGCAAAAUAAUGCACGUAGUACUCCUUAUUCCCAAUAUGCGUGUUGUGGAAUGUUGCAAUGUCACUUGGGUAUAGAGCAUCAGCAGUCAUCCUUGGAUACCAUUUAUUUAUUUUUUUAUAGUUUGUAUCCAUUGUGUUCACUGGACAGCUGUAUUGUACUUAAAACUAACGAUCGUUUUUUAAUGAUUUGGGAAGACAAUUGUAUAGAUUUAAAAAGUCCUCUUCUCGAUACCAGGUAUUUAUAUUUAUGAGAAGUACAUUUUAACAAGAAACUUUCUAUUAACAUUAAAAAUGGCACAGCCUGCACUUUGAAAGCCUGGUUCAGUACAGUUCUGUGACACAUGAAAAUCCAUUUGUUGUAUGGGUGUUUUCAUAGUUACAAUAUUUGCUAAAUCUUUUGUAGGUCACAAAGGACUGCUGUCUCAAACACUUUACUAUUGUGCUGUUUGACCUUUCCUAACACUGGCACAAAUGGACUGUGUGCACUCCAUCAGCUAGUGAAGAAUUGCAAUUUUAGAAUAUUUGCAGCAGUUUUGUUAAAUUAUGAGUCCACUUACUGUUCAAAUCUUUUUAACCUCUUUGUGGGCAUAGUGGAUGUACCCAUACUCAGAAUGACAAAUAGUUUGAAAUGGUUUUGAGCCAUAGCCAAAUGGUUUUGAGCCUAGAGGUACUUUACUACUUUUAUUUACAACAUGCUAAUGAGCCAUUUUAAGAUGUUCAAAGAUAAUGAAGGAUAUCUAUAAGCGGUUACUGUUGAAAGGCAGUCCAUAUUUAGUUUUGGGAAUAGCCUUGCAUUUCUGAUUUAAACAAUAUAUUGGUACAAGGGCAAUUAAUCUGUUUUCAUUAUGGUAAAAAAAUGACUUGUUGCAGCUCACGCUUGAGAUGUACAGUAUAUACUGCGUAUAAGUCGAGAAAUUUUAGUCGUAAACUUCAUUUUAAUGCAGAGUCGAAUUAUCCACAGGUCAGUGCUAGUUUCGAUAGAAUUUUGUACAUUGAAUGCAGGGCAAUGUCGACUCCCGAACGCCGUUCUCCUAGCUGGUAGGGAAGUCGAACGGGCAGGGGUACAAGUUUCAGUGGGGUUCGCGGGCUUGCGUAGCCGACUCAGAGAUCCAUGCCGUCGAUGACCAACGCUGCUUGCGUUCGGGAGACAAGAUGGCCAAGUGAAUGCUUGUUUGUGGUUAACAGCCAGGAGUGGUCAGUGAUUAUGGGGUGUUACAAGGGGGACCACACAGAGUCUGUUCGGUAACCGAACAGAAGGGGAACAAUUACAUUUGAAUACAGGGGGAUAUCAGACGAAACAAGGUACAAAUAAGGGAACUCGUACCCUCAACUUAUCCACGAGUCAUAGUAUAUUUCACAAUUGUUGGUCAAAACUGCACUCGACUUAUAGACGAGUAUAUACUGUAGUUAACUUCCAUAUGAUUCUUUUUUUAUUUUUAUUUUUAUUGUAUGCAAGGAUUGACAUGCUUUCCAUUUGAUUGUUAUUGUAGUAUCACUAAAUAAACCAUACGUUAUUAAAAGAUAUCCAUCAGAAAAGCUUCGCCAUAUGAAUAAUUUAGUUCUUGGUGUAACAUUUCAUUUAGUUUUGUGUUGACUUUACUGCAAGUUCUUAUGUGUAUACAGCCAUUCUGCAUUGUGUACAGAUAUAUUCUCAGUUUUAUGUUAUAUUUCAUCAGCAGUUUCUUAUCAAGCAUUACAUUUUGAAAUAUUCAGAGGUGGUACUUUUUUAAACAUAUGUGAUAUAUAUGUAUUUAUUAUAUAUAUUUCUAAGAUGCUUAUAAUAUAAAUACAUCUUUAGAAAUAAUGUCAAUCAAGUUCAAGAAGUCAGAUUUUAUGUGCAUAUAUACAUUAAUAAAUAUCCCUUCUUUUGUCAUUUACACAGCUUCCCUUGAUGUAUGCAAUGGCUUCCAGCCACAGUUCUUCACCAGUGCCUCACUCCAACAACAGCAAAGCUUUCUAUAAAAAAGGUCUUGAAACUGCUCAGCAAGUUGGAUUGGUGAGAUCACUCCCUGAUGUUUGUCCCAAGGAGCCAAUGGGUAAUUAUGCAAAGAAACAUUACUGUAAAGACAAACAGCAACGUAGACUUUUAUAAUUUUCCUGUUGUUGUUUUUGUCUAGUAUUACAAUCCUAUCUUUGGGAACAAUAUAGUAUAGUGAAACAUUCUGUAACAAAUGGUUUUUGUUCACAUUUUUUUUUUUAUGUUGCAAUAAAUACCUUACUGCGGCAUUUAUUUUUUAUAAUGUUUGCAUGAUGUAUGUCACUUAUAGGGAGUGUAGGUCAUAAAAAAUAUUUCUCAUGUCCUAAAUUCUUUAGUUCUGCCAUGUUCCAUACUUCCUGCUUUCACUGCUGUCUUAUGACACAGACUUUAAUCAAGUGUCAGACUAUGCUGUUUUUCUAUUUCAGGGUGCUUUCAUGUGCAUAAAUAAAUGUAGAUUAAACGUUGGCUAAUAUUGUUGUGGUAUUUGUUUAAGUAAGUCUGAAUUUGACAAGAUUGUGUUGCUUUCUUUAUACAGAAUAUUAACCUGUGUAUUUCCUCCUCUGUAGGUGAUUCUAACAGUUUGUGUGACGAACCGUCUGUAGUUGCUGAUCAGCACAAGUGGACAAUUUACCAUUCCAAAGUUAACCUCCCCGCAGCAUUAAAUGACCCUCGGUUAGCAAAGAGGGAGUCUGACUUCUUCACUAAGACUUGGGGCCAAGACUUCGUAGAAACAGAAGUCAUGCCCUCCCCCUACCUCUUGCCCAUUACAAAGGAUCACUUUUCACUGUAUAAGGAGCAAAUUGCACUGGUGAGCUGCUCUUAUGUAGAAUGGGACUGUGUUUAAAGGGACACUAUAGUCACCAGAACAACUACAGCUUAUUGAAUUUGUUCUGGUGUGUAGGAUCAUUACCUUCAGGCUUUUUGAUGUAAACACUGUCUUUUCAGAGAAAAAGCAGUGUUUACAUUACAGUCUAGUGAUAACUUCACUGGCCACUUCUCGUGGCUGCCUAAAUUGCAUCCAAACAUUCAGUAUCUCCUCCCUCUGCAUGCAGACACUGAACUUUCCUCAUAAAGCUUCAUUGAUUCAAUUCAUCUCUAUGAGGAGAUGCUGAUUGGCCAGGGCUGUGUUUGAAUCAUGCUGGCUCUGCCCCGAUCUGCCUCUUUGUCAGUCUCAGCCAAUCCUAUGGGGAAGCUUUGUGAUUGGAUCAGGUCACCACCUCUGAUGAUGUCUGCAGACUGCAUGUUUUUUUUUUUAAGGCAAACAGCAUGCAGAUCUACAGCUUCUGGCUUGAAUACAGUAAUAUUUUGCUAUAUUUAUGGAGGCAUGAGGGGCCCAGGAGGGUUAGAUGGUGGUGUUAACACUAUAGGUCAGGAAUACAUGUUUGUGUUCCUGACCCUAUAGUGAUCCUUUAAAUUAACCUUGGUGUGUUCAUUUAGUGGACUUAAUGGUCUUAUGUUUCAACCUAGCUUGUAAUGUUACUGUGACCAGGAAGUGACUGAGGUUUUUCAGCCAAGCCUGACGUUAUCCCAAGCAUGUGAUAUUAAAUGGAUACCAAAACAACUUUACCCUAAUGAAGCAGUUUUGGUGUAUAUCUCAUGCCCCUUCUCAAUAUUUUCUGCCAUUUAGGAGUUAAGUCACUUUUGUUUCUGUUUACGCAGCCCUUUGCUGUGACUAACAAAGCCACAAUGAAAAAAGUGUUUAAUUUUCAAUCAGAGCUAACAGGAAGUGUGUAGGGAGUUGUAAGUCACAGUCAGGGAAGCGGUGACUAGGGCUACAUUAAUAAAGUGAUUCAACUGCUAACUGGUUGGAAACUGAGCAGUGAGACCUCAGGAGCAUGAUCUAUACACCAAAACAACAUCCUUAAAGAAAGUUGUUUUGGUGUUUAGACUGUCCAUUUAAACAAUUAUAUAUUUCAGGUUGCAGCAGUAACAUUUUUCAAGAUGAAAGAAUAAAACAUACUACCAGUCACUGACCCUGUAUAUGACUUUAUAUUUUGCACCCCUAAAUGGAAAUAUGUGAUGUUAUAUUGCAUUUUUUUCUGUUGUACAAUAUAUAGGCAUGGUUUGGUGCCAGGAACUAGCCAGAUAUGUGGGGUUUUUUUUUUGGGGGUUUACUCUAGGAAAAAAAUUAAAAACCUAUUUUCUUUGUUUUUGAAAUAAUUUUAGUAACAUAGUUUAAUUUUCUUUCAGAGAGAAAAAAGCCACGAGAAAUGGAAGACAAUAUGCCCUCCUAAAGACAAUUUUGACAGGACAGCUUUUACACAAUCACUUGGUAUGGCGUGCUAACAGAAUAUUUUUUUUUAUAGUAACUGCAGUAUAAAUUUAAGUAUUGUUAUUAAUGUAACCACGCGUAUCAGUCCUUUUUUGUAAGGCAUAAUGGGAAAAUUAUUGUUUCAGCAGAGAAAGAACUGUCAGAACCUCUACUAUAAUAGCAUGGGCUGAAGUGGUCUGGGUGCCUGCAGUGCCCCUUUAAGCAUUUUACUGUCCACAGUACUAAUUAUCAAGACUGAGAAGAAAAUGUCUGAAGCUGUUUUUUGUUUGUUUGUUUUUUAUUUUUAUUGAAACCCUUAUUCAGAAACGGGAAAAACAUAAUUAUCUAAAUAGGUAUUCUAUUCCUCUAAUCAAGUAAUCUGGACGUUCAGUGCUGCAUAAUGUGCGAGUAGUGGAUCAGCGCAGACUGUUUAUCUGAUAGAAACCUGAGCCCAGAGGGUUUGACAAGCUAGUUAUCUGUUCUCCAUGUAGAUAGAAUGCGCUAAGGUCCACAUUUGUAACCAAACAAAUCUGCCAAUUGCAUGCUAUUUAUUAAGCUUCAGGGAGCUUGAGUUUAACUGGACACUAGAUUUUACAUUUUAUUAUCAAUUAAUCAGAUUAUAAUAGAGAGACCAUUUUACCCCUGGUUAGAUGAGUUUGGUAUUAUAACCUAAUCUCCUUUAUUCUUCCUCUGCCAUAGCCAGUUAAGUUUUGAUAAGGGAAAAAGACAAUAAACCCCCAGGUCUGAGCAUUAAAAUGAUCAAAUAAAAAAAUAAAUAAAAAACAGGUGUUUCUAGUAAAGGCAGUAACCCAAAUAAAAAUAAAUAAAAGCUGGACAAUAGCACAGUCUCGAGCUUCCCUCUGUUCUGAUGUAAUGAAGACACAGGGACCCUGAUCUUUUCACCUGGUUUCAAUGGUGGAGUGGGAAAAAAGGGACAAUAUUUGAGACAUCCCAGGAGCAGCCAGCUGUAAUCUGUUCUUCUUGGUUGACUUUCCCCUGUCCUUACCGUUUUUGGUGUCAAUGCAGCGUGCUCGGGGGGGUUACUAUAGUGUGAUUAUAGCCAGUAAAAUAAGUUUGCAGAGACCGAUACAUACUGAAGUACUUCUCUUAAAAUACAACUACUGGUAUAUCAUGAUUUUUUAAAUGGACUAGUCAGAAAAUUUCAGUGAGAGGUAAAAAAAAAACCCAACUAUUUUAUUAUUAGUAUAUUUUUUAAUAACUAUAGCGUGAAGAACAAAUCUAAAAUGUCCUAAUUAAUACAAUCAUUCUACCAGGUCAGGCCCUGGGCAUUCUUCCUUUCAAUAAUAUUUGAGGGAUCAUGCUGUGCUUAUUGAUAAUAUCCCAAAAUGCUUCAGAUGCUACAAUGUCUGGGUCUUCCAUAUAGCUCUGUAAUAAGUGAUACAGUACUUCAUACUAAUACUUAGAAAUUAGAAGAAUAUAAGGAUCAUUUUGGCAUGAGUUCCUGUCGGAAUGUUAAAGUUUAAGUGGAACAAGUAAAACGUAAAUGUGUGCUUAUGAAAGAGGGGAAAAGGUUAAAAUAAUGACCUAAUCGAAGAAUACAUUUGACAAUUCAGAAUGCUAAUUGCCAAGUAUUCAGUUUCUUUCUAUAAAUUAUUCACACAAUUCUCACUGAGCUUCCAGCAAAUUAACAGCAUAUUAUUAAAAUUGGCUGAUAUCUUGAAUAAAGGGUUUGUAGUGCCGAGUAAACACAUCCCAAUUGUUAAUGCCUCACUCUCGUAUCUGUAUGAUUUCUCUGUUUUUAAUUGUGUUCUUAUGGAGCAAAUUUGUUUUUGUGUUUUCCAGCACACAAAUCCAGGGGAGAUCUGGAACAAGUACCUAAGGUGAUUUACUUUUACUAUUUCUGUGCAUGGGACCAAAUAAUCUUUUUUUUUUCUAACAACCCAUUUUCCUGGAAAAGUCUAUUUUGAUUGCUAAUUUGUUCAAGAUUUGGUGCAUGAAGAGCUUCUCAACACAGAUUACAACGUAUCUGUAGAAAUGUCUCCACAUUCUAUACAAUCCAUACAUCUAAAUAUUAAGUAACAUAUUACUGCCAGAGAUAAAAUAUUUUCUUAAAUGGAAUGUUUCUCUUCACAUUGCCAGGGUUUUAUUUGAAAUGUCAAAGAUUCCCAAACCCUUGUUCUAAUGUAUCUUGACAGGCAACACAACCUCUUUUGGCAGUGAGUAUAAGGACUUUACUGACCUACAUGUCAGUAACCCUUUGUUUCAAUCCUAAAAUCUACAUCCCUUGAGCUGAAAAGUUUCAACUGUAUUUACGGUUUUGAAUCUGAAUAUUUCUUUUUAGGCAUCAUUUUUGCUCAUGUUAACAGAAAAGGCUUUUGAUUCUCCUCAAAAUUAAAUGUGUCAGCAUUUCAUUAUUACACAAAUAAGAUCAGUAGCAAAAUAGCCAUCUAUACAUUUAUAUAAAUGUAGUAUGCGUAGUAUGCCUGCAUUGGUUAGUGCUACUAUUUGAGUUGAAUUUUAGGUUAAUAAUUCCAUAAUAAAAAAAAAAAAGAAUACACAUAUACACACAAUCGCGGCAUACAAUUUCAAGCCCAGUGGGUAGUGGCGAGUGGAAAUUUUUAGCUGUCUAUAUAUUCUAUUGCACAUUUUCAUAGGUACAAGCUGAUUCAUACAUAUAUACAUGUGCAGCUAAUACUGUCAUGUCUCUCCCUCUUCUCCCCUGCUGCAGACCUCUGUCAGUGAAGAGGAGGGAGAGAUCGGGAGGUUACUGGGGAGCUUGAUGCAAUAGCAGAGAUGGCUCACUUUACACUUCUGAGAGCUUCAUUCAGGCAUUGCAGCAGAAUGACUUUUUAUCCCUUCUCUCUGGCCACUGUCUAUCAGUUAGGAUGCUAGAUAGCAGUGAGACAGCAUUUGGGAAAUGUUUAAGGAGAACUUUUGAUCUCCCAUGACUGACAGUGAGGCAAAUUCUAACUGCCAGGUUCCACAUCUCAGUUGCCAUGGUAACCCAGUGCCCAGAAUCUGUCAAAACUUAAAUCUAAGAAACAUUAUUAAAAUAGAAGUUAUUUUCCUUGUGCAUUAGAAACAUUUUUUGCCAUCUUUUAACUGUACUUUUGGCUUUAUUCACAUUUUUUAAAUAAAUAUUAUAUAUUUUUUUCAACAGUGUAGUUUCAGACAUAUUAAAAGGGAACAUAGAAGUACUGUUGGCAAUAUUCACAAUCUUGAAUCACCACUGGUUGCAGUAGUACAUAAUUCAUAUUGGCUAAAAUGCUUGUUUUUUUUGUGGGUUUUUUUUAAAGUUAAAUUCAAAUAUAGAUAUCAGUUUAUUGCUUUACCUGGUGAACCUGUUAUCACUUUGAAUUUAGUUUAUAUUUGGAAUCAUAAUCUAGAUCUCCAAAAUAGGUGAUCAGUUGGCACUAAUUUGAAGUACAGUGUAUGUAAAUAAAUCUGUGUUUAAAAGCACAACCACAAAUAAUCUUAUUCGGUGCAAUAAACUUCUAAGCGUGGCAUCCACGUAGAAAGCAAAUUAUCAUAAAAUCAUCUUUUAGCUCUUGAAACAUCUACUUUUGCACUUUUAAUGUGUUUAAUGUUCUUUUCGGUGAAUUAUAUGAAAAUAGCGUUUGUAUAUGUAACGGACCGUUUCAGCACACAAGGGGUUAAAACCGUUUAGGCGAUCGUCCCCUUUCAGAGAUGCAAGCGCAGCUACUGUAGAACGCAAAACUCAUGAACCGCGUGUUAAGGGAAUGCUCCAAACUCCCGAACGGCAUACAAUAUAACACUCCAAACUCACGAACUGGCCAUAUGAAUCGCUGCUAGAAGACGAAUAGGAAAAGCAUCCAAGCGGCUUACACUCAGACAAGGCUCCAUGUUGAGGGUCAAGCAGUGGUCUGUUUAAUGAGGGCCCAGUAUUUAUGCAGGUCUCCCACCUGGUGGACACUCCCCUAGAGGACCAAAUGGGAGACUGUGACAAAAGACAGACAAUCAGCCAAACAGGACACACAGUCACAUUAUAUUACCAAAAUGCACCCUGGCUUCCUCCCCUCUGCCCUGGAGAUAAUUGAGAAGUAAUUCAGUUAUCUCCCAGGACAAAGGCAAAUCGCCAUUAUGCACGUGGGGAUACUAAAAUAAGAAUUACUAUUAAAAUACCUUACAUGACAUAAGUUACAGUAAAACUAUACAUUUAACAUAUCCCCAGGUAGCUCAGGUCUGAGCCCACAUUAUUAAGCGAAUAGCCUUCCAGCUGAAGUGGUAGAGGUUAACACAGUAAAGGAGUUUAAGCAUGCGUGGGAUAGGCAUAAGGCUAUCCUAACUAUAAGAUAAGGCUAGGGACUAAUGAAAGUAUUUAGAAAACUGGGCAGACUAGAUAGGCCAAAUGGUUCUUAUCUGCCGUCACAUUCUAUGUUUCUAUGAAUGGCGCUCAGACCACAUGAAUACAGUUUAAUCGCCAUGGAGCCAAAGUCUUUACAAAGUCAGUUCUCAUAUGAAUGAGCUCCAUGGGAUUCCUAUCUGGGGUAUAGUGCAGUCAGGUACAACUACCGAACACCGGGCCGUUCGUGAACUUUCACCGAACAAGAAGGGAGGUCGGCGGCUUCAGCGGUGUUCGCGCCAAACUAUGUCCGUUUUUAGUUCCAUGAGUUAGGCGUCGAACACCACUGUGCGUUCACGUGUUUAAAAUGGCCGCGACCUCGUGUUCGUUAUACGAAUGGCGGCCACCCAGUAUUCGUCAAUUAAGCUGCGGUUAACCGCAGCUUCUGGGAUGCUAAUUGCCGGCACACUCCAGCUCCCAGGUGGUCUAGUCAUUCGUGCGGUUGUUCGGUAGAUUGAAUCUACCGAACACCGGGCAGAAAAGCACGAAUAAGUCUUUUCUGCAGGGGAAACAAAGUCUUUUAACAUGGGACCAUAAUCCAAAGGCAGCAGGCGAGCAACCAGGCUUCUCCAAUGCAAUGUGGCGAGAUUGCUCUCGUCACAGUAUAUAUAAGUAUGUAUAUGUCACACACCUUAUUUACACGUUUUUUUAAAUAAAAAAAAUAAUAAUUAUUGUGUGUGUUUUUCUAACUUUAUCUAACUUUCCUAAAGUUCUGUGUUAAAUCUUUGGUCACAGUCUGUUACAAAGUGGCAACUUUCUAUUGUUUUAAAUAAACAAUCCAGCUGUAUAACGUUAUAUUAUUAUCACUGUGAAGCAUAGUUUAUGAAAAUGCGUCUUUUGCUCUAUAUAUCUAUACUUGGUUGACCUCUCUCAUGGCAUACAUGUGAAUAGUUCAUAUAACAAGCCUGGCUUUUUUGUAUUUUCCAGAUUUUUUUGAAACCAGACUUUGCCUUGGAGGAUUCAUUAACGUUUAAUGCGGUUUUACCAUGGUCUCAUUUUAGCACGGCUGGGGGAAAAGGGAACAGAGAUGCAGCCUCCUCCAAAUUGCUUCAAGAAAAGGUAUAUAAUUUUUAGAAAUGUUUCCUUAAAUGUGUUAAGAAAAAUGGAUGCUAACAUGCAAGUUUUAAACCUAGGUUCAGUGUAUUUUAACAAAUUUGCCAGUUUCUGCUUUUUAUAGCCCAUCAUUGCCUCUUUGCCUGAGGCUGACAAAUUUGACAAUCUCAGCCAAUACAAUGCUUUCCCAACACAAUGCAUGCACGGCAAAAUGGCACACUGCAACAAUCAGCAUCUCCUCACAGCGAUGCAUUGAAUCAAUGCAUCUCUAUGGGGAUCGUUCAGCGUCUCUGUGCAGAGCAUCGUAAAGCCAAACGACAGUGCACUGAACCCAGGAAGCACCUCUAGUGACUGUCUGAGUGACUGUCACUGAAGGUGUCCCUAGGCAGUAAUGUAAACACUACAAUCUGAUCUGCAGAGAGAGAGCAGGUCUGGGCUGAGCAGCACCAAACAAAGUGCUAAAGAAUAAGGAGUCCCCUGCUUCCAUCUGACCUGACAUUGAAGGAGUCAGACUCUAAGGACUCGAAAAAACAUCUUUGCAGCAAAUAGAAAGAGAGUGGACCAAAGCUCUGGCAGAGUGACUACAGCAGCUUCUCAUGAACUGAACUGUCUCCUUGCCCUCUACACGUUACAGGGACAUGGAUCUCUUUGAGACAACUGUCUCAUUCAAAAGCUUUAACUGUGAAUGAAAUGGUUGCAUUACUCUGCAGGCUGAAAAAAGAAGGGAAUUGUUAAAGAACAUUAUCCUGUUUAAAAUUACACUUGGAAGAAUUCCUAUUUAUAUACUCCACCUUAUACUGUAUGUAUAUCUUUGUGUUUUUGUGGGGAUAAAGGGAAUACCCACAUAAGGUGUCUAGAGUAUUAUUGAUGUUUUGGUUUCACUCAUUGGGAUAUUGAACACUAUUCACAUUUUCACACUGUGAACACUGCAUUUUCUAUGAAAAGAUAAAAAUGUAUCUAUAGACUAUAGUGUCCCUUUAAUGUCAUCCAAUAUAAGUUAGUUUUUUUUGUUUGUUUUUUUUAUUUUUUUAUUUACUUAUAAUUAAUUAUGUUAGUCAUCAGUAUUCUAGUUGUGUUUAUCAGUGAAUACCCUGGUGUGUGGUUGUUGAAUUGUCAACAAUUGUCUUCCCAAAUGUAAGAUUGGUAUUUUUCACCAUUAAUCCUACUCUUUCAAGAUUAUUCAGUAAAGAGAGAAUUCGGGGGCUGGCUAUCUUGCGGUACAGAAAUGCUGUAUGAGAGCUCCACACAAAUAGACUAAAAAUCGUGACUUUUUUUUUAAUGGAAAUCUCACCUCAAGAUAUCCUAAACCAAAUACUCAUCAGUUCCAGUGUGUUGGAGAGCUCCAAUGAAUCCUCAGAUCUCAGGAUGUGACCCGGAAUAGCCUAAGGCCUGAGGUGCUCUACAGUAGGGAGAGGUGGCCGAUCUCCUGGCCUGGAGUUGCUGGCGCCAGCAACAACUGCAGCCACUGCCCUGUCCCCCCCCCCACCCCACCCACCAUCUGGACCAGUGGGGGAUAUCCUGGUCCCCACCAGGCAUAGCUACUGUACUUUCAUAGGCGCAGAGGUUAUCUAGCCUGACACAUCAAGUAUAUGUGGCAUAAUCAAGAUGGCCAUCAUACCGACCCUCAAUAGGAAAGCUGGUUUCUGGCAGCCUUUGAUGCAGUGUGCACUGCCUUCUGGAGACUGAUUGAUUCCCGGCAGGAACAACAACUUACCUUACCCGUGAUCGAGGUGGUUCCAGGCAGUCAUGAAGAGCCGCUCAUAUUCCGGGCGCAAAGACAAGAUGGAUGUCAUACUCAUCAAUCAUCCAGAGCCUUGGGAGACAGCUAGCGCAGUGGAAGUCCCGCGGGAUGAUGAACAUACACCAGGACCGGGAAGGUAUUGGGGUUCCCAGGCACUGGCGGCAGAGCAGGCCUCAACUCGGAGAGCGGAGAGGCUGACACAACUGCUCACCGGGGCCAGGGGAGCCCCCCCAGAAUGACUGAGAGGCAGUGAAAGCGCCAUUUAGCAAUUCCUAGCACAAAGUGAAUCCCGUUUCCUACUGAAGCCUGGAAGAUAAUUAGAUAUUCAGAAUAUUGCUCUCAAUCAGAUAAGCGUUCUAGUUUCACUGUUGUUUUUACCUCAGCCUGAUCAUAUUAAAUUUGACCUCUAGACAUACUAAAUUUCAUGCCUUGCUAGUAGCUAGCCUAGUACUGUUCAUGCAGAUAUUGUUUGUGCCUGAUGGAUAAUCUCAGCUUGUUUAAAUUAGCUUAAAAUUUGCCUAAAAUUAGCCAUUCUACCCUAUUGUUGAACCAUGUCGAAUGUAUAUCUAUCCUGAUAAUUUCACACUACAUACUGCUUUAGACAUGUACAACCUCUCUUGUUUAUAUAGUACAACAAAUGUGCUGUAUACAGGAAUGCCAGGAAAAUCUCUCCUUUUAUGUUCUUUUAUGUACUUGAUAACGCUGUUGUGGCGUUAAACAAUUGCUUGUAUUUCCUGGCACAACAAAAAGAGAGAAUUCAGAGUGAAUUCAAGGUGGACUUCAAGCCAAGCUGGUAGCAUAACUGAUUUUUUCCAGAUUUGCUAUUUUUACCUUAAAAGGACACUAUAGGCACCAAAAUAACUUUAGUUUAACAAAGCAGUUUUAGUGUAUAGAUCAUGCCCCUGCAGUCUCACUGCUCAAUUCUCUGCCAUUUAGGAGUUAAAUCAGUUUGUUUAUGCAGCUCUAGCCACACUUCCGUGCAUGUGACUUGCACAGACUUCCUAAACAUUUCUUGAAAAAUAAUCUAUAUAGAUAUUUUAGGUUCCUUUAUUUAUAGCCUUCCUUUAUUAACAACUCCUGUAUGGUCUAGAAGGCUAUUAACAGAGCAAGAGGUAAGAAAUUCUAAAUUAAAUAGACUGUGCAAUAAAGAAAGUUUCACCCCUUAAGGACCGGACUGUUUUUGCGAAGUUGUACAUUUGCGACCAGGCAUCUUUUUACACUUUUGUGGUGUUUGUGUUUAGCUGUAAUUUUCCGCUCUCUCAUUUACUGUUCCCAUACAAAUUAUAUAUUGGUUUUUUUCAGGACAAAAGGGGCUUUCUUUACAUACCAUUAUUUAUAUAAUCUCAUGUAAUUUAAUUUUAAAAAAAUUGAAAAAAAUACAUGUUUUUUUACUUUUAAUUAAAAAAUUUUUUUACUCAUCUACAAAAGCGAGUGAAAAAAAUAGAUUCAAAAUUUUGUCCUGAGUUUAAAAAUACCCAGUGUUUACAUGCUUUUUUGCAUGUUAUAGGGCUAUAAGUACAAGUAGGAUAUUGCGGUUUCAAAGCAUACAUUUUUAAAAUGUAUCAAUAGUGACAUUGUAACACUAUUAUCUGUCAUAAAUUUCUGAAUAACACCCCACAUGUACAUAUUUUUUUUAAAGUAGACAACCCAGGGUAUUCAGUAUGGGGUAUGUCCAGACUUUUUUAGUAGCCACUUAGUCGCAAACACUGGCCAAAGUUAGCAUUCAUAUUUGUUUGUGUAUGAAAAAAAGUAAAAAACUGAAUUGAACACUAAUUUUGGCCAGUGUUUGUGACUAAGUGGUUACUAAAAAAGACUGGACAUACCCCAUUUGCAAUACCUUGGGUUGUCUUCUUUUGCAAAUGGUAUGUCAUCAUGGGGGUAAUUCUCAUUCCUGGGCUACCAUACGCUCUCAUAGGAAAUGUAACCAACCUGGCCAUUUUCAAUGUAAAAAUAUUUGACCCUGUAACUUUCAAACGCUAUAAAACCUGUACAUGGGGGGUGCUGUUAUACUCAGGAGAAUUUGCUGAACACAAAUAUUAGUGUUUCAAAACUGGAAAACGUAUCACAACAAUUAUAUCAUCAGUAAAAGCUGUUUGUGUAUGAAAAAUGCAAAAAAAAGUCACUUUCACUGACAAUAUCAUCGCUGUGAUAUGUUUUACUGUUUUGAAUCACUAAUAUUUGUGUUCAGCAAAGUCUCCCGAGUAAAACAGUACCCCUCAUGUACAGGUUUUAGGGUGUCGUAGAACGUUACAGGUUUUUAAUGAUUUUACACUAACAGGAAGACUGCCUGUCAGCACAGGCAGUCCCCCUGCAGGCAGACACAUGGACACCUAUUGUGACCAUGUGAUCGCUCUGUUGAGUGAUCACAUGGCCCCAGGGGUCCUAAUCCGCCAUCGGGAGACUGUCUGGGCUGCAGGCAGUCUCCCCACACCGGGAGCACCGCCGGGGGAACGACGGCGAUCGGGUAAGUACCUAAGACCUUUAGGACGGUUCAGGACCGUCACCGGUCGGCAAUGGAAAAAUGCUGAUGACGGUCCUGAACCGCCCUCGGUCCUUAAGGGGUUAAACAUUAGAUCUCUCUUUACAGGAAGUGUUUAUGAAGACUGUGUAAUUCACAUGCAGAGAGAUGUGGCUGGAGCUGCAUAAAAAAAGUGAUUAGUGAUGGCAGAAAAUUGAGCAGUGAGACGCCAGGAGUAUGCUCUAUAAACCAAAACUGCUGAACUAAGCUAAAGUUGUUUUGGUGCCUGUAAUAUACAUUUGAUUUUGAGCAACUAGUCCUUUUAUUACAUCUUUAAAUAUUCUAUUAUUACAGUCUGUGAAAAACAUUCUGAAUUGUAUAAUAUUUCUUUUUGUAGUUGAGCCACUAUUUGGAUAUUAUCGAAGUGAACAUCGCUCACCAGAUCUCUUUACGGUCUGAUGCAUUUUUUCAUGCAAUGUCCUCCCAGCACGAACUGCAGGACUACCUCAGAAAAACCUCCCAGGCUGUGACAUUGCUGCGAGAUAAGAUAUCGCAGAUAGACAGAAUCAUGUGCGAAGGGUCAUUGCGAAUUCUGAGGCAAGCUCUGACUAGGAAUAACUGCACCAAGGUAUACAAGAAGCUCAAGCUAAUGGCUACGGUGCAUCAAACUCAGCCUACUGUACAACUACUGCUCGCAACCUCAGAAUAUGUUGGUGCAUUGGACUUAAUUGCAACAACACAAGAAGUUUUGCAACAAGAGUUACAGGGCAUUCAUAGCUUUCGGUGAGUACAGUCACAUCAAUUCUACGUGUUCUGAUUCCCGACAUGUCAUGAUGGAAAACGUGUUAUGCUGCACUUAAUAUUUAGAGGUCUGAACACCUCUUUGUGUAUAAAUGCCUUUUAUUAUUAUAUUACAAAGAUGUGAAUUUUAGAUCACCUAGCGCCCGGAACAUGCAGUUCUGGGUGCCGGUGUUCUGUCACAUUGUUUCCUAUCAAAAUGUGUUUCUCCUUACACAGGUAAUUAUCGGAACUCCUCCUCCCCAGGGUUCCUGUGUCUAAAAAAGGCUGCUCUGCAGAAUCCUGCAAGGUAGGUAACGUUCCUGUCACACUCUGCUUAUAGUUAGGGGCUUCUCUACAGCACUGGGACAUGAGACAUUUGGGGUUAAAGUGAGGGUUAGAUUUAGGGAGUAUUUUUUUUAUUUACAGGAUACUGUGACCUAGAAAAAAAUAAUUCAAUUUACAAUUAUGGUUCAUUUUAUUCUUACUGUUAGGGUUAGAAUAAGAAUUGUGAGAUUCUAAAUUGGUUCUUAACCCUAAUUUUAACUCUUACCUUAACCCUAAAUGUUCCAUAUCACAGAGCUGCUGUGAAGCCCCUAACUGUUCGCUGAAUGUGACAGUAACUUUACUUACCUUGCAGGGAUCCUGAGGGAGGAGAAGUUCCCUUGAUUGCUGAGCUGUGAGGGGAAAACACAUUCUGAUACUAAACAGAAUUUGACAGAACACCGAGCAAGAAAAUGUUUUAUUAGUUUUAGCCAGGGCUCAGGGCUGCCUGAGAGGGACUUGGUGCGAGGCAGGGAGUGUAUCUCCGGCAGGCCUAUGGGACGCCAUAACAGGUGCAAGCUGCAGUUCAGAGGAAGGUGUUAGGAGCGGUAGCAGCCAACCGCUUCUCACAAUGCUCAGGACUCAUGGCCGCUGUGGUUCAGAGUGAUGUCAUAGCCUGUAAAGAGCAGAGACCAUAUGGGACAGGCUGCUGCUGGUAAUCUGUGCUGUGUAUGUGUGAGUGUCAGAGAAUGUUUAGUUUGUGUGUGCAUGGGUCAGUGUAAGGUACUGGCUAUAUAUGGGUCGGUGUGUGCGUAUAUGUCGUGUGUAUGGGUUAAUGUGUGUUUGGCAGUGUGUUUGUGUAUGGGUCAUUGUGUGUGUGUAUACGGGUCAGUGUUUGUUUGUGUAUGGGUUAUUGUGUAACUGUUUGUGUGUUUAUGUAAUACAGCCAUAUACAGCCAGCUCACACACAUCUUAUACACAUCACAAACAGCCAGUGCAUAUACAUCACAUACAGCCCGUAUACACCAUACCUGCACCAAGAAGUCAGUAUUCUCUGUACGCACAGUCAGCACCGACUGCACAGUCACAUGACAUACAUCAAGCACUCGCCACACGCUGUGAAAUAGGGGGAGAUUACGGGAGGGCCAGAGAUUAAAAUUUGCUAGAAAAUUUUGCAAACAAAAUCCAAACAGCAAAACUGAGGCAAAAAUUGUUGUGACCAUGCUGUCACUAUACCAGAGUUCGAGAAUGUUACCACAUUAGCUAUUUUUGCCUCCAUUUUUGCAUUCAGAUUUAGUUUGUGAAAAUUCCAGCAAGUAGCCCAGUCAAUUUCCAAAGCUCAAUCUUUUUCAAUGAAAUUAUUUUGUCGGAAGAAGUAGAUUAGCAUGAUGGACAAAUAUAUUGGGCUACCAAUUUAGUUGUUUGACAAGUGGAUUUUUUUUUUUUUUUUUAUUCUACACCCCUGACCUAAGAGAAUUUCAAAUUUGUGCAUCAGAGCUCUAACAGAUUAAGAAACCGUUUCCUCCAACUUUCUGUGCCAAAAGCCUGCUUAGGUUGGGCAGAACAAAUAAGAUUUAGGAGUGUGGUCACUGUAGAGAAAAACUGCUAUGGUCCAACCAGCAUAAAUACCAAUUGCAAAACAAGGGAUAACUCAACAUACAGCUUAGUAGACAGGGCUCACUAGUGAAACCCACGUUUAUUGAAGAACAUAUAAAUCAAAAGAUGUUUUGGGGCUCCUGUCCCUUUUUCAAUGUAUAAAUAUCCUUAAAAGAGAUUGUGGUAAGCAAUCUUGGUUUUUCCCUCAGUAUGCAAGCAGUGCCUUGUAGAAGGCUGAAUAACUGGUUUUGCAACUGAUGCAGUGCCUUAAGCAAGGGCUUAACAUUUCAAGUCCUGUGCUAAAAGUUGAGCCUUAAUAAUUACUCAUCAUUGGAUGCACACUCACCAGGGGUGAUUAUUAAUCAUCAGGCUAAAAUCUUAUGGCUAGUUGUGAUUGCAAAAUGUGAGCUCUGCCCUAGGCAAAAUGUGAGCUCUGCCCUAGGCACAGCAGUGGAAUGGAGGCCUGAGCUGACAUUUACUGUAACAGGCUAGAGCAAUAGAUCAAAUCUGGAUCAAUCAUGUGAUGCUAAAAUCAACGAAGGCCAUAUACAUAUACACAGGAGGAGUAACAAUAUAACGAAUAUAUUAUGCUUAGCCUGCUACACCAAAGUGCCUUAUUUUACUCUGUUCCUAACUUUACUGCAUUACUUUGAAGAGACGGUCUAAGCACCAAAACAACUUCAGCUUAAUGAAGUGGUUUUGGUGUAUCGAUCAUUAUCCUACAGUCUCACUUCUCAGUUCUCUGCCAUUUAGGAGUGGAAUCACUUUAUUUUUGUAUCUCUAGCCUCAGCUCCCCUGACUGAGUCUUACACAGCUUCUCUACACACUUCCUCUAAAGAGUCUAAAUAGUUUUUAGCUUUCUUAUUGCACAGUAUGUUUAAUUUAGAAUGUAUCUCCUGCUUUUUUAAAAGCAUGCAGAAGCAUCCAUGUAUGUUGAUAAAUUUAAGUUAACAGAGUUGGCGAUAAGAACUUAAUUUAAACGCACAGUUGCUGAAAGAUCUGAGUUGCUUUGGUGUUUAGAGUGUCUCUGUAAAUACAUAUGCAGCAUUCAACAACACAAGGUACAGUUUACAACCUCAUCGAAAGAAAAAGUAAACAGAUCUCAUAAUUAGUCUACUAGAAUUAGUGGGUAAAAUGAAAAUCACAAGAACCAGCAUAAUACAGAAAAAAAGUGAGAAGCAGUCAAACCCUAAGGUGAUAAAACACCACCAUAAGUGUGAAUAAGGUAAUUAAAGUUGUUUUUCUUUUUUUGACAAGAGACCCAUGCCAAAACACACUGAAUGACCAUGAAAGUCAUUUCACUGGAGUGCCUGUGUCCCAAGUAGGGGGCUGCCAUGACAAAAGAAGUGGUCCUCAAUAGAUUCUUCCCUAUUGAUACGAGACAAGAUAUUAGGUAGUCUGGUUGGGAGUUUCUACUGUCAUAGUAUAGAGUCUAUGUCAAACAUGCCUUUAACCCUUCUGUUUCUACUAGUCAAGUGUGUCCCCGUAGCAUGGGUUUAGUUGGAUAAGAGUAGCUUGUGUGUGAGUAUAGAGCUCUCAGCCAAGCUUUAGUAUUGUCAGACAAGACUAGGAAAAAAGGAAAUGUCCUAACUUUGAACCUGAAAGGUGACUUGUCUUUUACUGCUGCUAGAAAUGCAGUCCUAUUUUGACUACUUUGGAAUUUCAGCUAACGCUGGGACUCCGGCUGGUUUAGGUAGUGGAAAUUAAAACUACCAAGAGUCUGAAGAUAAUAUCAUUCUAUCGUUUCAAUUUCAUCGGCAAGGCUUUGAAUCUUCACUUUCUUAGAUUUAACCUCCUUAGCAUCAAUGCAUUUUGAAGAUCUUGAACAAUCCAUUAUGUUCCAUCUCUGUUGCUUUAUCUGCACCUAUUUUUAGGCUAUGGCCCCUAAGUGUUCUUUCUAGAACACAGAGAUGCCUGGGAAGUGAUUGUGCAAAGUUUGGCUAGUAAGAUUUUAAUUUAUUCUCUGGGAGCAGGUGAGUCUCCUUUCUAAUGUCCAAAAAAUAGCUACUAGGUGGAUAGAGACUAUUUUUUAGAGUCAGCCUGACUUCAGUUUUUGAGUUCAUUGGGUGAGCGGUUUGAUGAGGGCUGACCAGCAUAGGUGAUGGCUCAAGCAAAAAUCCCUUUUCGAUAUCUGGGUUCAAUCGCCCUAUCUGUCAGUAAUACUAUUGGAUUGUGCAAAUUCAGUAUGUUCUUUAUCAGCCUAGCACUAUGAAGACUAUUAGUGCAAUCUAUAUAACAUGCAUUGCCAGUGCUUCUGAUAUAAAACUUUAAAGCCAUUUUACAUCAUACCUUUUAAUAUGAAGUUAUUUUUCUAGAUGUUGGAAUAACGAUCUCAGUACUUUCUCUAAUAUAAAUAAUAUGUCACAGUGACCUAUGGUUACAUCCAUCUCACAGUUUGGUAAUAUUAUAACUAUUUUACCUGUUUCUAACUGUGUAUUUUUUAUUUAUUUUUAUUUUAGGCACCUCGGCUCCCAGCUUUGUGAAUUGGAAAAGCUGAUUGACAAAAUGAUCAUCGCAGAAUUUACAUCUUAUGUUCGUAAUGAUCUAAACAGACCAUUGGACGAUGACUACCACGUAAUAGAAGAGGUAGAUAACUCACACAUCCUGUGUUUUUUAUUCGUAAAUAAGCCAUAACAUAAGGAAAACUGCAUUCAUUGAAAAAAAGAUAUAUUUCUUGCUGCAAAAUUAUUGAUACAGUAUAAUAGCAUGCAACCUUGAUGAGGUUGACAUGUCGGGCACUGAAGGUUAAAGGAACACUCAAAGCACCAUAACCAGUACAGCCCACAGUUGUGGAUGGUGCUGGAAGUGCCCUGCACCAUCCCAUUUAAGAAUGAUUUGACAAUUUGACUGUGGUCUGCUGGUGCCCAGUGCCACAUGCUCUGAGAACUAACUGAGAACAUUCAGCUGAUGCUCUCAGCCAAUAUGCUAGUAGAACUUCGCUCAAUGGAGCUAACAGAAGCUCCUUCUACAACAUCUACCUUUAAUUACCUGAAACUCUUUUAUUUUACCACCAUUGUGUGUCUGGAAGCUGACUGCUGCCAUUCACCUGCAUUCACUGUGUAAUAUCCCGCACUUGUUCAGGUACAUGCUGGAGUUCUGAGAUACCACUGUAUCACUUUGUGGUGAUUAUGCUAUUUGUAUUUAAUAUUCCUGUGCCAUUUCUUUAGCAGCUAAAAAGGACAAGUUCAUAUAUUGUGAGACUAUGUAUGAAUAAUGCAUAAUGGAUUCCCUAAAUUGAAAGGGUAAUCCAGAAGUGGACCCAUGCUCACUGUGCUUAGAGGGGUAUCAGCUACACCUUAUUGAUGAGGCGCAGAGAGAACUUGCCAGCAUUUCGGUUCUGGACUGCCCUUACAGUUGGGAUAAGUCUGAUAUGCUUUGGAAUAUGUUCUCUCUGUGAAGGGCCAGCUACUGAGUUUCUUUAAUCCUUUUUCCGUUCUCAGAGUUCUCAUAUUCUUUGUUUUUGUAACACGAUGGAAAAUGAAAUGUUAGUCCCAAUAAUGUGACACCGAACCAUCAUGCUUUUCAUGAUACAGGGGCCAUAAGAAAGGACUCCAAAACAUUGUGUUUGUAUGCUGUGGAUUUAUGCUCCUUUUCAAGUUUGUGAAUGUGCCAAAUUUUAGACUAAACAUGGGUGAGAAUUUAUUUAUCUAUUUAUUGUGCCAUUUUAGAGAUACACGUUGUUGCUACACAAAUUUGACAAAACUUUUUGGCAAAAUAAGAAGCACAAGAUCUUAAAACUGUCCAUGGGUCUGGUUCUUUAAAAAUGUCCAGUUCUUAUUGACCGUUACUGUAAUAUCCGUUGUCUAGUCUGCAAUACUCUCGAAUGAUAUAUAUGUUUUUUAAUUGAUAAUGCUCAGCUUGUUAGAGCACAUAACUUACUCAUGCAAGAUGCUCUUUUACCCUUAAGACAAUUAGCCUGUAAUGAUUUCCAGGCUUGUUCUAAGCGAUAGCACUUCAUCAUUUCCAACAUUUUGUAGUCCACGUUCCAAAGUCACUUAUUGUGGCAUGCAUUGACAUUUUUUUAGGAUUUAUGUUUAUUCCAAAAUCAACCCUUCUUUUUGGUGUUCACAUUUUAUUUUGCCAUCAUUUCUCCCCUCUGAUACUACCCUCCAAUAUUUCACAAAACUGUGGAAACAAUCAUGUUUUCCAUUGCUUUGCAAAACUUGGUCAUAAAGGGAAUAACAGCACAGUACCCGUACACCAAUGCAUAACGCCCACAUUAUCUGUUUAUAUUCUAACUGUGUCUGCUUUCAACAGGAGAGACUUGUAUCUUUGGUGUUUGGGUUGUUAAAGCAGCGGAAGCUAAAUUUCUAUGAAAUCUACUAUGGUGAAAUGAUAACUACAGCAAAGAACAUAAUUAAGCAGGUAUCAAAUACUUAAUUCUACACAUAUGUGCUUGAAAGUGAUUUUAAACGGAUGCAAUCAUUGAUAGUACCACACCGCUCCUCUGCAGUGGGGGAGCAGACUUAUCACAGCAGUGACUGCUUUAUUAUUAUUAUUAUUUAUAUAGCAAAUUCUGUAGCGCUGUACAAUGGGUGGACUAACAGACACGUAAUUGUAACCAGACAAAUGAAUGCAAAGGAACAGAGGGGUUGAAAGCCCUGCUCAAUGAGCUUACAUGCUAGAGGGAGUGGAGUGUAACGUAAUCACUGAGAACUUAGUAGGUUAUUUUUGACAGUUGCAGGAGAGGAGUCAUGGGGGAUGGGGGGGAGGAGAAAACCCGCUAACAGUUUAAAUGAUAUGCUUUCCUGAAGAAGUGUGUUUUCAAAGAUUUUUUGAAGGAGUGGAGACUGGGUGAAAGUCUAACGGAGAAGGGAAGGAAGUUCCACAGAGGAGGUGCAGCACUGGAGAAAUCUUGGAGGCGAACAUCAGAUAUGGGAGUACGGACAGAGAAUAUACGUAGGUCUUCAGCAGAGCGCAGGGGCCUCGACAGGACAUAUUUGUGUAUUAGGAAGGAUAGGUAGGUUGGAGCAGCAUUAUGUAGGGACUUGUAAGCAAGCACCAGAAUCUUAAAUUGAGCCCUAUAUCUAACUGGAAGCCAAUGUAGGGACUGACAGAGGGGAGAAGAGUGGGAGGUGCGGGCGGAGAAGAAAAGGAGCCUCGCCGUCGCAUUCAUUAUAGAUUGCAGCGGUGCAAUCUGGAAACACGUAAGACCACUGAGAAGGGGAUUGCAGUAGUCAAGGCGAGAAAGUUCAAUGGCAUGGACCAGCACCUUAGCUGUGUCUGGUGUUAAAUAAGGGCGGAUGCAAGCUAUGUUUUUGAGAUGGAAGUGGCAGGAUUUGACGAUCGACUGGACAUGAGUGACUACCUUAUUUUUAUGUUGAUUCUUCAUGAAUGUGACAAGUUAUUUUGUUGCCAUUUUUUGUAGUUAAAGUGAACCUAAUAUGCAUCUUGAUAACCCUUCAAAUUAUUCAGUAUUGAUCACUGCUUUUAGUGUUUAGUGUUCUUCCCAUCUAUUUUCCCUAAAAAAACAAGAAGAUGUUUAGUAGCGAAUUAAAGUGUCCCAUAAGUUCAGCUUGGUGGAUGAAAUAUUUGCCUAAAGUAUGAGGCAGACAUUACAGCCCAGUUAUUGCAUCCCUGAUAUGGAUACAGAAUUUAGUAUUUUAACAUAAGGCAUUUGUGACAUUUCUUGUAACUCUGGGCUCAAAAUUUCCACUCUCCACUAGUCCAUGGUGAGUUAAAAUUCAGCACUGGUGAGUAGAAAUUUACCCCUGAGGAGUAUGCUAGGGCUUGCUGUGAUAAGUAACUUUUAUGGCUUACAAAUUUUGAGCCUUGUUUAACUUGCUGGAAGUUUUUUUUAGCCCUUAAGCCCCGUUUUCUCCUUGCCUUACUGCAAACUGUAAAAUGUAAUGAUACACCAAAUAUUACAAUUAUUAAAAAUCCUAAAAUGUUUUUGUGUUAAUCAUUUAUAAGAUCUAUAAAACCUAUCUAAAAAGCAACUUAUUUAUCCUAUUUUUUUUUCUUCCAGUGUGUGGUGAGCACCAUAUCACAGAUUGAUGAAAUUGAUCCUGAAGUUGUAACUAAGUAUGUAUAAUAGCUAUGGUAAAUCCUAAAAACUGUCACACAUAAAGUACUACUAUUGCAGACAAAUGACUAUUUGUACAUGCUUAAAUACUAGUGAUUUUUUUUUUUAUUAUUGGUAGUUCUAAUCUUCAUGUUGAUAUAGUUGAGUUACCAUGUGCAACGUUUAAAAAGUUGUAAAUAUUUCUGGCAUAUGAAAUCGCAGUCAAUCAGCAUUUUGUGUGUCCUUUUAUCUCUUGACCAUUGAAAAGACAUUGCUCUCCAACUGGUACGAAAACAUUGUGAUUUCAUGUUUUAGGUCAAACUAGCUUAAUUAAAAACAGUCAGCUAUAUUUUCAAUUUUGCUACUUUGAACUAAAAUGUGAAAUUACCUUUAAAUUCAUGACUAUUCACACUUUAGCCAAUAGUGUUCUAUGGCUCCAAGCAAAAUGGUGAUUCUUUAAAUAGCUGAUUGCCUUAUAAGAUAGAAUUUGGAGAGGGGGCGGGGCCGGACCGCCGAGCUGGAUGGCAGCAUGCACGCUGAGCUCCUGCAAGCCAUCAAACUCUAAGCUUUGAAACUAUGAUUUCCAGCAGCGGUCCACGGAGCUAAAGGGACACUGGAUCCAGGGUGAGGCUGGCUUAUCGAGCUACAGUCCCCUGGAGGAGAGGGCACCGAUGCCCCAAUCGAGGCCUACUCCAGCGGUGAGGGGGGCAGACGGCCGCUGCCCCACUAACCUGCCUAACAGAACCCAGCCUGGGGCCCAAACUAGUGUGGACCUCUGGACCGGUGGGGGUGAUCCCGGUCCUCACCCCAAGGCCCUGACGAAGACAUGGCGGCUGAAGCUAGGAGACCUAACAGCCAUGCCCAAGAUGGCGGACACCAUGUGCACAGGAGACAUGGGGAGAAACAGCUCACUCCCCGCGCUCACAGCCGACACUGCAACACCUGCCUCCAGACCCUGCCAUACAGGGAAGCGGGAUUACCAUUACCCACUAACACAGCCACUCAAGUCAGCGAUGUCAGCGGCUACCCUGGGGGGAUGGGGCUACACAACAGACCGGCCGUUGCCGUAUGGAGGGACCGAGUCUACCACCAAGCGUGUCACCUCAGCGGCGAGACAGACCUCCUACUCGCCUCCCACUCGGCCUGCAACAGCAUGACCCCUGCAGCGGCAGCCAUGUGUGGAUCCGAGCAGGUAUCGGAUAGCAGCGGAACUUCCCCUGUAUUUGAGGUCUCAGCAACACCACAACAACGGCUCCUCACUGAGGCAGCACUGGUAGUUCCUAACGGAGAAAACGGCAUUAAAGCGACAUCACAAGACCUAGCCUAAUACCAAUUAUAACCAAACUACACUAGUCUGUUUGUAAAGCUACUGCUAUAUAUAUGCAUCAAACCACUUUUCAUAUCUAGCAAGUAUUUUGUGCAUAAACUUAAUCUUGGUAAAGCGAAUAGAUAUGUAUGCUUAGAUUAAUCAGUUAUGCAAAUCAUCACUAUCAUUUUCUUGUCUUCCUCAUAUCUCAAACUUGUUUUAAAAAAAAAAAAAAAAAAAAGUGCAGCAUCUCUUGACUACCCAUACCAACUGUUUAUGAUGAUCUCAUGUGUUGAACAAGUCAGUGUUUAUGCCUGUAAUUUACUCUGCACUCAAAAAAUAAAUACAUAAAUUUAAAAAAGAUAGCAUUUGGAACAAAUAGUAUAUUACAUCAUAUUAUAAAGCUGUGUGAGAAGCAUUUUCUCAGAACUUUACUUGUGGCGGAUUUAACAUGUUGUUUUAUCUGAUUAACUGUCACAAAUAUGUUCUUACAUUGUCAACAUCUUCCACACUUUACAACUGCCGGAAACUGGGUCUUUAUUUAAAAACUAGGACAUCUGGUGGUAAAAAUUCAAUACAAAAGGAUGAAAUAAUUUCAAGUGAAGAUUAGUUAAAGAGACGUGUAUAAAUUUUAAUUUGAUUGUCUCAUUUCAAAGCUUUUACUUUGAAUGAGACAGUUGCCUCACUCUACAAGCAGUAAAAAAAACCAGAUAAAUAUAAAAAAAAAUAUUCCCCCCCCCCCCCCCCCCCCCCCUUCAUAUUUACCUGCUUCCAUCUUAUGCUUUCCACAACCAAUUCAGUGGGGCACUGAUCUAACCAAUCCGUGUGCUAUCCCUCGGAAUGCGGGAAAAGUGCGUUGGGCAUUUUUACAGAUUUACACAUGAGCAGUUGGAAGAUCUAUAACAGGCGUAGGAAACCUUCAGUACUCCAGAUGGUUUGGACUACACCUCCCAUGAUGCUUUGUCAGCAUUAAGGGUCUAAGAGCAUUAUGGGGGAUGUAGUCCACAACAUCUGGAGUGCCGAAGGUUGCCUAUCCCUGAUCUAUAAUUUAUUUGGGACAUCCUGACUGGGGAAGAAGAGAGAGAGAAUGAUCAGUGUGAUCAUACAGAGCAAACUCUGGUGUUUGGUUUCCCUCUCCUCUUUCUGUCAUUAGUGCAGUGGUCUGACAUUGAGAUGGGUGGGAGGGAGGUUGAAGAAACUUCACUAGCUGAGAAGCGUGCACAACAAGGCAAUCUAAUCAAUUUUAUAUUAAAUGUUUUUUCUUGUUUUAUUUUGGUUUAUAUAUUUGAUUAAAAGUGUUUGCAUCCUGGUUUAAAAAAAUAAUUGUCUAGUGAUGCAUGCCCAUUUUAAAGGGGCACUAUAGUCACUCAGACUACUUCAUCUCAUUUAAGUGGUCUAGGUGCAAUGCCCCUUUAUGAGAAACUGCAAUACAAUUACAUUGCAGGACUAAGACUGCCUCUAGGGGCAUGAGGACAUCCAACAUCAGUGAAAUCUCCUAUGGGGAGGGCCUAAUUUGCUUGCAAUGCAUGCACAUUAGUCCACCACUGAUGAAGGAGGCGGAGUGCCGACCCAGUCCAGAGGGAAAGUGGUGCUGGUAUCGGGUAAGCAACAAAGGAUUUCUUUAACCUUUUAGCUCCUGUGGAGGAUGGAGGGUGGGACCAGAGGGCUCCAUAUUGUUAGGAAUAAAGAUUUGGAUUCCUAAAACCAUAGAAUCCCUUUACGCUAUGCUAAACCAGCUGCGCAAUAUUACCUUUCUUAACUUCCAAAACUGCUACACAUUAUUUUACAGACCUUGUGUUCCUUUUAAUGGAUACUGAAUUUUGGGAAUAUUUACAUCUGUAAAAUAUUUCUCACUGCAAAUUUGUAGUUUAUGACUGAUUUAUUUAAAUUAUCCCAAGGUUAAGCAUUAUCAUAUAUAACAUGUUAAUUACAUUGUAAAUGGGCAUUGGUGUUAAAUUACAGCAAUUUAAAUGUGCUUGAUGUGACCAUUGAGCUUUAUUUGUUUUGUAGGCUUCCUGAUCAGAUGCGAAGGCUGAAUUUUUCUCACUGGUUUGAUUUGCUGAAGAAUAUAUUCUCUAAGUUUACAAUUUUCCUUCAAAGAGUCAAGGUAAGCUUGUAUGUAUUAUCAAAUCGUAUUCAAAAACCACAGUGAAGACCUUUCUAAGCUGGAGAUAAAAUAAUCUUAAAUUGAAAGAGUAUGCCAAGCUUUGAAAUGUGGAGCCAGCACAAGUUACCAAUUCACUAUAAUCCGUUGCCAUAGAUAUACAGCUAUUAUAAAUUCCAUCCUUAACCCAGGUGAGACCUUACCAAACUUUAAGUAGCACUGUCUCCCAAUUAUUUACUCACAGAAAAUUGUACCUCAAGAAAUAUGACUUUUGUCAUAGAGGUGGCCCUUUUGAAUCUGCAUCAGAGUUUUGUUAUCCUUCUACACCAUACCUGAGGUAAGCUGCUCAGAGCUAGUAAUUAAUAAUAAAACCAUGUGAGCACUGCAUUUUCCUCUAGUUUAGGGCAGUUUGAACACAUUAUUUGUAUAGGACUAGUAUGGCUUUCUUUCAUGCAUGUUAUCUUUGUGUGACAUUGUUUCAUGCUUGUUUAUGUUUAUCUUCUUUAUUUUUCGUCACUGUCCCCCUUUCCCUACAGGCAACAUUAACUGUAAUCCGAUGCGUUGUUCUGAUGGUCUUAGAUAAGAAUCAACGGAUCAGAGAAUUGGAGGUAAUGACAGCUCAGAAAAACAUUGGGAGAGAAAGCAAUAUGGACAAUGAACUGGGUUACUUGACUCACGAAGGCUUGUUUAUAAGUGAUGCAUACAGUGAAGGUGAUCUUCCCCACGUGGCUACCAACACUAACUUUCAAAGGAAUGCUUCACCCAGCAGUAGCGAGCCUUCUGGCAGCGAUUCGGUAUCAGAUCCUGAAUGCACUACAGACUCCUCUUCCAGCAAAGAACACACACUGCCUUCAAUUACCCCAGGGGGAGUAGAGAUAAUGUGAGUAAAUUGGACUUUCUAGAACUAACUUUGCAAAUCCACAUCUUAUAGACAAUGGUGAUCAUUCAAGUUGAUCCUGUGCAAAUGUAACGUACAGUGCCUUGCAAAAGUAUUCCCCCCCCCCCCCCUUGACUUUUUACCUAUUUUGUUACAUUACAGCCUUAAGUUCAAUGUUUUAUUAAUCUGAAUUUUAUGUGAUGGAUCAGAACACAAUAGUCUAAGUUGGUGACAUGAAAUGAGAAAAAUAUAUACAUAAAACUAUUUUUUUAGAAAUAGAAAACAGAAAAUUGGCAUGUGCAAAUGUAUUCAACCCCUUUGUUAUGAAGCCCAUAAAAAGCUCUGGUGCAACCAAUUGCCUUCAGAAGUCACAUAAUUAGUGAAAUUAUGUCCACCUGUGUGCAAUCGAAGUGUCACAUGAUCUGUCAUUACAUAUACACACCUUUCUUGAAAGGCCCCAGAGGCUGCAACACCUAAGCAAGAGGCACCACUAACCACACACUGCCAUGAACACCAAGGAAUUCUCCAAACAAGUAAGGGACAAUGUUGUUGAGAAGUGCAAGUCAGGGUUAGGUUAUAAAAAAAAUAUCCAAAUAUUUGAUGAUCCCCAGGAGCACCAUCAAAUUUAUCAUAACCAAAUAGAAAGAACAUGGCACAACAGCAAACCUGCCAGGAGACAGCCACCCACCAAAACUCACGGACCGGACAAGGAGGGCAUUAAUCAGAGAGCCAGCACAGAGACCUAAGGUAACCCUGGAGGAGCUGCAGAGUUCCACAGCAGAGACUGGAGUAUCUGUACAUAGGACGACAAUAAGCCGUACGCUCCAUAGAGUUGGGCUUUAUGGCAGAGUGGCCAGAAGAAAGCCAUUACUUUCAGCAAAAAACAAAAUGGCACUCCCAAAAUGUAUGGAGGAAGGUGCUCUGGUCUGAUGAGACUAAAAUUGAACUUUUCAGCUAUCAAAGAAAUUGCUAUAUCUGGCGCAAACCCAACACAUCACAUCACCCAAAGAACACCAUCCCCACAGUGAAACAUGGUGGUGGCAGCAUCAUGCUGUGGGGGUGUUUUUCAGCAGCCGGGACUGGGAAACUGGUCAGAGUUGAGGGAAAGAUGGUGCUAAAUACAGGGAUAUUCUUGAGCAAAACCUGUUCCACUCUGUGCGUGAUUUGAGGCUAGGACGGAGGUUCGCCUUCCAACAGGACAAUGACCCAAACACGCUGCUGAAGCAACACUUGAGUGGUUUAAGGGGAAACAUGUAAAUGUGUUAGAAUGGCCUAGUCAAAGCCCAGACCUCAGUCCAAUAGAAAAUCUGUGGUCAGACUUUAAGAUUGCUGUUCACAAGCGCAAACCAUCCAACUUGAAGGAGCUGGAGCAGUUUUGCAAGGAGGAAUGGGCAAAAAUCCCAGUGGUAAGAUGUGGCAAGCUCAUAGAGACUUAUCCAAAGCGACUUGGAGCUGUGAUUGCCGCAAAAAGGUGGCUCUACAAAGUAUUGACUUUAGGGGGGUGAAUAGUUAUGACCUUUUCUGUUACUUAGUCCUAUUCGUUGUUUGCUUUACAAUAAAAAAAAAAAUCUUCAAAGUUUUGGGCAUGUUCUGUAAAUGAAAUGAUGCAAAUCCUAAAAACAGUGCAUGUAAAUUCCAGGUUGUAAGGCAACAAAACACGAAAAAUGCUGGGUAGGAGAAGGGGCAGGAGGAGAGAGGGAUGAGGGGUGAAUACUUUUGCAAGGCACUGUACAUGGAACUGCCAGUGUUUACUGAUUAAGUAAUUUCUGUCUCUUGAGAUUUCCAAGAAAGAAUUGUUUUCGAUGUCAGUCCUUGCUAAUAGAGCUGAUAUUGUUCUUGGACUUCCAUCUCUAACACAAUCAUGGCAUGGUGUGAAUUACUCUAAAUACCACUUUAGUGAACAGACAUAAUUUGUUACAAAAAGGCUUAAAGGGACAUUCCUGGCUAGAGCUGGCCUCUUCGUUAAUUUGAGCAUAUAUGAUAUGACAUUUUUUAUGUAUUUAGAUGUGGUUUUCCACUCUGAGAGUUUGAGUAUGUUUCUUGAUUUCAGAAAGCAACAUUAUCAUAUUAGUUCUGAAUGUUUUAUGUCAUAUUUUAAUGAUUUGUUUUUUUUUUUGUUUUUUUUUUCCAAGAAUGAACGAAGAUAUGAAAUUAACAGACUUAGAACUUGGGAAAAUUGCUAACAACAUACAGGAACUUAUAUACAAUGCAUCUGACAUUUGCCAUGACCGCUGUGUCAAGUUCCUGCUGUCAAGAGCUAAGGUAUAUGACUAAUCUCUGCAUUUUAGGAACACUUUAAAUAAUCCAAUGUUCUUUUGUAAAUUAACAUGAUUGCUUCAGUUGUUCUGUUAUAUUACUCAUUCGAUCAUGUUGAGUGGGUCUUGACAUUUCAAAUUAAAGGCUGUUGACUUGACAUGCUGUUUGAGGUUUAUUGUGUUGUGGGCUUGAUAGUUCUAGUAAAUUACCUUUUACCUCAGAGCUUUUAAAGCAUAUCCUGGAGAAUUUAUGUUCUAGAAUAAGCUGAAACCUGGUUACAUAUUUUGUUUAUCUGCUAAAAGAUCAGAUUCUUCUUGACACUCUGGAGCACAGCACCUCACCAAAAGAAAGAACACACACAGAUGCUUGUGCUUGAAAGCGUCCGAACCUCUGCUUUCUCAUGUCACCAGAAAGAUGAGAAUAAAAUAAAGUUGAGGAAGGGGAAAAUGUUAAAAUACUAAGAAGGGGAUGACGUUGAAAUACAGGGCUGAGAGCUCGAUGUGUCGUUUUUAUUACCAGCUUACUAUGCAAUUAUUUCCAGAUGUGGUUUUAUUGCCAUUGCAACCAGGAAAUCCAGUGUUGUUAAAAUAAAAUAAAUAUGCUGUAUUAUCACAUCCUUUAUUCAGAGUUUCUGAUUUUGUUCCCUUUAUUUUCACUCACAAGGAAGGAUUUCUCGAAAAACUUAACUCCAGUGAGUUUGUGUCUUUGUCACGAACGGUCGAAGCCUUUGUGUUGGAAACCGAGAAGAUCUGCGGUAGAAGAAGCAUGUCCCUUCGAGGAGCCCUUCAAAGCCAAGCAAAUAAAUUCGUAAAUCGAUUCCACGAAGAAAGGAAAACAAAACUGAGGUAAAACACUUAAUUGUUGUUGUUAUCCUUCAGCUAUUGCAGUGCUCGUCUGUACGAGGUAACUUUGCAUUACCCCGAGAUUCACAAGCACGAGAAGAGUAGAAGUUUACAAAGGGGCACUACAUGAGGAGAGGAGACGUUUAUAAAGGGGCACAACAUGAGGAGAGUAGACGUUUAUAAAGGGGCACUACAUGAGGAGAGUAGACGUUUAUAAAGGGGCACUACAUGAGGAGAGUAGACGUUUAUAAAGGGGCACUACAUGAGGAGAGUAGACGUUUAUAAAGGGGCACUACAUGAGGAGAGUAGACGUUUAUAAAGGGGCACUACAUGAGGAGAGGAGACGUUUAUAAAGGGGCACUACAUGAGGAGAGUAGACGUUUAUAAAGGGGCACUACAUGAGGAGAGUAGACGUUUAGAAAGGGGCACUAGACGUUUAUAAAGGGAGCACUAUGAGAGUAGAGCGUUUAUAAAGGGGCACUACAUGAGGAGAGUAGACGUUUAUAAAGGGGCACUACAUGAGGAGAGUAGACGUUUAUAAAGGGGCACAACAUGAGGAGAGUAGACGUUUAUAAAGGGGCACUACAUGAGGAGAGUAGACGUUUAUAAAGGGGCACUACAUGAGGAGAGUAGACGUUUAUAAAGGGGCACUACAUGAGGAGAGUAGACGUUUAUAAAGGGGCACUACAUGAGGAGAGGAGACGUUUAUAAAGGGGCACUACAUGAGGAGAGGAGACGUUUAUAAAGGGGCACUACAUGAGGAGAGGAGACGUUUAUAAAGGGGCACUACAUGAGGAGAGGAGACGUUUAUAAAGGGGCACUACAUGAGGAGAGGAGACGUUUAUAAAGGGGCACUACAUGAGGAGAGGAGACGUUUAUAAAGGGGCACUACAUGAGGAGAGGAGACGUUUAUAAAGGGGCACUACAUGAGGAGAGGAGACGUUUAUAAAGGGGCACUACAUGAGGAGAGUAAACAUUUAUAAAGGGGCACUACAUGAUGAGGAGAGUAGAAGUUUAUAAAGGGACACUACAUGAGGAGCGUAGACGUGAAGAGAGUAGAAGUUUAUAAAGGGGCACUACAUGAGGAGAGGAGACGUUUAUAAAGGGGCACUACAUGAGGAGAGGAGACGUUUAUAAAGGGGCACUACAUGAGGAGAGUAGACGUUUAUAAAGGGGCACUACAUGAGGAGAGGAGACGUUUAUAAAGGGGCACUACAUGAGGAGAGGAGACGUUUAUAAAGGGGCACUACAUGAGGAGAGGAGACGUUUAUAAAGGGGCACUACAUGAGGAGAGGAGACGUUUAUAAAGGGGCACUACAUGAGGAGAGGAGACGUUUAUAAAGGCACCUGGCAUGGUGAGAGGAGACGCUUAUAAAGGGGCACAUGAGGAGAGGAGACGCUUAUAAAGGGCACUACAUGAGGAGAGGAGACGCGAUAAAGGGCACUACAUGAGGAGAGGAGACGCGAGUAAGGCACUACAUGAGGAGAGUGAGACGCUAUAAAGGCAAUUACAUGAGGAGAGUAAACAUUUAUAAGGCACUACAUGAGGAGAGUAGAAGCUUAUAAAGGACACUACAUGAGGAGCGACGGAAGAGAGUAGAAGCUUAUAAAGGGGCACUACAUGAGGAGAGGAGACGUUUAUAAAGGGGCACUACAUGAGGAGAGAGGAGACGUUUAUAAAGGGGCACUACAUGAGGAGAGACGUUUAUAAAGGGGGCACUACAUGAGGAGAGGAGACGCUAUAAAGGCACCACAUGAGGAGAGGAGACGCUUAUAAAGGCACUCAUGAGAGGAGACGUUUAUAAAGGGGCACUACAUGAGGAGAGGAGACGUUUAUAAAGGGGCACUACAUGAGGAGAGUAGACGUUUAUAAAGGGGCACUACAUGAGGAGAGGAGACGUUUAUAAAGGGGCACUACAUGAGGAGAGGAGACGUUUAUAAAGGGGCACUACAUGAGGAGAGGAGACGUUUAUAAAGGGGCACUACAUGAUGAGAGUAAACAUUUAUAAAGGGGCACUACAUGAGGAGAGUAGAAGUUUAUAAAGGGACACUACAUGAGGAGCGUAGACGUGAAGAGAGUAGAAGUUUAUAAAGGGGCACUACAUGAGGAGAGGAGACGUUUAUAAAGGGGCACUACAUGAGGAGAGGAGACGUUUAUAAAGGGGCACUACAUGAGGAGAGUAGACGUUUAUAAAGGGGCACUACAUGAGGAGAGGAGACGUUUAUAAAGGGGCACUACAUGAGGAGAGGAGACGUUUAUAAAGGGGCACUACAUGAGGAGAGUAGACGUUUAUAAAGGGGCACUACAUGAUGAGAGUAAACAUUUAUAAAGGGGCACUACAUGAGGAGAGUAGAAGUUUAUAAAGGGACACUACAUGAGGAGAGUAGAAGUUUAUAAAGGGACACUACAUGAGGAGCGUAGACGUGAAGAGAGUAGAAGUUUAUAAAGGGGCACUACAUGAGGAGAGGAGACGUUUAUAAAGGGGCACUACAUGAGGAGAGGAGACGUUUAUAAAGGGGCACUACAUGAGGAGAGGAGACAUUUAUAAAGGGGCACUACAUGAGGAGAGGAGACGUUUAUAAAGGGGCACUAUAUGAGGAGAGUAGAAGUUUAUAAAGGGGCACUACAUGAGGAGAGUAGAAGUUUAUAAAGGGGCACUACAUGAGGAGAAGAGACGUUUAUAAAGGGGCACUACAUGAGGAGAGGAGUAGUUUAUAAAGGGGCACUACAUGAGGAGAGGAGACGUUUAUAAAGGGGCACUACAUGAAGAGAGUAGAUGUCUUGCAUUUAAUUAUGUCAACUAGAGGGACCAUGAAAGUUUCAUGCAUACAUUAGAGUUUGUAAGAUUGUAUAGUUAAAGUGUUACUCCAGUGUUACACCAUGACCACUUGUGCUUUUUAAAGUGGUCAUUAUGGUGGGAGUAGGAUGUGCAUUGUGUCUCAGUGUAAAGCAUUCAACAUCCAUAGGUAUGUGUGCUGGGGGCAAGUUACACCCUCCCUGCACACGAGACUGGGGCAGACACAGACAGAGUUCUAAGCUGCCUAAUGUCAAUUCUGGCGACAGAUGUUCACUGCUUUUCACCUGCAAGGGGGAGUUCUGGCCUCUUAUCCCUCCCACACUGAAUGUAGCCCUUCCUCCUCACUAUACCAUCUGCUAAUAUUUUAUUACCGAUGCCCUCAUUCUCUCCCUACACCGCGUUGCUGGCUCAGAAUGCAUGCAUGCUCAUAGAGAAGCCUUUAAUUGGAUCUCCUUACGGCUCCUGAAAGUCAGACGGGGGCAUGCCAGUAGCCUUUGCCCAUAACUGGGUAAAGGUAACUAAAUUCUAUUUCAAAAUAUUUUUUAUAGAUUUUUUUGGGGAGGUGGGGGGGAACCUAAGUAAUAAUGCCCAAUAUAUCACUUUUCAAAGAAGAACAAAAAGAGUUGGAGAAACCCUUUAAUGUGUUUUGAUCUAUAAAAUACAUUUUUUUUAAACAUUUUAUUUUAGCCUUCUCCUGGAUACCGAGCGCUGGAAACCAGCAGACGUCCCUGCGGAAUUUCAGGACCUGGUAGAUUCUAUAACAGAUGGAAAAAUUAUUUUACCAGAAAAGAAAUCUCCAUGUAAGUUUAGGCUCUAUGCUUUCAUAAUGUGCUCCCGCUUCAAUGUUGUUUUAAUGAAUAUCGGAAACAGAAGAGAUCCCUUUUUGAUUCAUAAGUGAACUUCUCAAGAGAUUUACUCAAAGAGAAUUUGUAAUGAAAUAUGUCCGUAUGUCUCUCCUUCAUUUACUUGCUGCCUGAUAAUAUCCUUUAACCUAAUACAUUGUGUGAUUUCAGGCAGGUUAUUAAUGUCAAACUAUAACUCUAUAAUAUGUCAGGCCUAGUACUCCCCACCUCCUAGAGACUGUAAGCUCGUUUGAGCAGGAUCCUCUUCAACCUAUUGUUCCUGUAAGUUUUUGUAAUUGUCUCAUUUAUUGUUAAAACCCCCCUCUUAUAAUAUUGUAAAGCGCUACAAAAUAUGUUGGCGAUAUAUAUAAAUACCAGUAAUAAUAAUUAUUAUAUUGUUCUUUGAUACAAAAAUUUUAUAUAAAAGGAGAGUUUUAAUAUGGAGAGCUGCACUUUUCACCAAACUAAAGGCAUGGGACAAACUCCUAAAUCACUCUUGCUCGCUGAAUUACUUUAAAAGGUAUCAGAGUUCCCCCUUCUUACUUUGUAAAAGUGACGAUUUUAAUAUUUCAGUCAGACAGCCGCUAGGUGCUCUUCGUGAAUGAUUUGUGCUGGGCGGGGAAUGUUAAGCAAAGCGUAUCAUAGCGAUGCAUUGGUUUCAAUGCUUCUCUUCAAUGAGAUGCAUCUCUGGCAGAAAUUGCUGUGCAUCCCUAUGAGAAGCUUUCUGUUUGGCCGAGAGAUCAUCGGUACUGAUAAUCUCCAAGCGGGCUGGCCGGAGCUGCUGCAGCUUUUUUAUUUACAAAAUAAAAAAAACAUAUCAUCAGUACAUUUUGCACAUUUCUACAUAUACAUUGCAUCAGUCCAAUGUUAACUAACCAUAAACUUUUACUUAAAUAAAGCUCCAACGAGUUAACGAUCCGUCACUUUUAUAUUUUCUGGCUUAGACUUAGAGUACUGAACAUGUGGGUUACACUUGCAUGCAUACAAUACAGCUAUUCUUUUCUACACAAAGGAAAUUAAUUACACUAUAGAGCCCAGAGUUAUUUCUGAAACCUUCAGUAGACUGACAUACCAUUUUAAAGUAUCCCAAAUUGGCCAUGCAUGUAAUAUUGUAAGAUGUAGAUUCUGUGUGAAGUACAGUUUAACUGUCAGUCUACUUUAAUAUGGUUAAUGCAUGUAACCUUCAGCACUAUUACGUAACUUUACGUAUGAUUGAUGUUAAGCUCUUGAGUUGGGUGCUCUGUUUCUUUUGUACCAGUUUGUGUAUAUUCUAUGUCUGCGUUCCCUUAAACUUUAUACCCCAGCGGUACAUUAGCAAAGUAUGUAACAGAACUGCAGUAAUUAACCUUUCAAGAAUUGGCAUCUGUGAAUUCAUCAAGUUGCAUGAUCUGUGCCCAAUUAAAUGAUUCUCAUAGAGUAUGACUAUCAACACAAUAUGCCAAUAACAUGUUUCUCAAUGAGAAGCAUUAAGCAAUCAGCCAAUGUUCAACCAUUGUCAACAUACUUCACAUGCUGAUAGCAAGUGCAAAACACAUUAAAUUAUUGAAUCUAUGUUGGUCCACAGUCCCUAUUGGAUUUCUGCCUGACAGCCACUAGAAGCUUGGGGAUUGCAAAUUACACGCAAUGCUAUUCCUAAGAAACUGCACAGUUUUGUCCCUGCUAGGUGGCCAGGGACAUGAUCUGUGCCACUAAAUCACUUUAUGCUUAGAUUGUCUUUUAACCCCUUAAGGACCCUGGACGGAAAAUUGCGGCAAUCGUGGGGUUAAUGUUCUUGCAGUGUGCCUCCGUGCUUUCUGCUUUCACAGCCUAUGUGAUUGCUCUGAAGGGAGUCAGAGGGAUCACAUGUGCUGCAGUGAAACCCGAUCUGUCUCCCUCCAGCUCCUUAUGAGCUGUGAAGUGCAGACACAGAUCAGUGCUGAUCUGUCUCUCCCUGUAAAAAAAAAAAAAAAGUGUUAGAAAAUCCCACCUCUCCUCAUCUCUUUCAAAUAAAAUUUAAACCCUUUCCUGCCCUUUGAUCACUGUCUGCAAAAACAAGUUUUUAAAAGUUCAAAAAAACUUUUAAAAAGUAAAAAAAAAAAAUUUUUAAAAAAGAGAAAAAAUGUGCAUUACCUCUACACUUGAUGCGUAUUACCUCUACAAAGAUACCACGCUAAGGUUUAAAAUAUGCCUUUUAAAAUAAUAACUAGUAAAAUAACUAACUCAAAGCGCUUUUCAGCGCAUGCUCUCGGAAUUAACUAAAUCGGCAAUUGAAUAGUAAUAGAUGUUAUUAUUACCCAAUUGAUGGUACUCAUUUUAUCGACCUCGGAAGCACGAAGUACUGAGUUUACCCUGCCAGGCUUUGAACCCGUGUUCUUGCAUUUUUGAACAUGCUUUGUAGUUAUGGAAUUUACUAACUGGCGUGAAACAUCCUGGGGUGUCUUCUUUAGAAAAUGGUAUGCCUUUGUGAAUUAAUUGGAAAACAUAACCUACUAAAAAAAUUCCAAAGUGGGGCAUGGACCCAGCAUAAAAAUUCAAACUGAAAUGGCUGUGUCUCAAAUGUGCCCCUUCAACAUUGUCAUAUACCUGGUAAAGGUACAUACGAGGGUAUUUCUGUACUCCGAUGACAUAGCUGAGAAACAUUUGAUGUAUUAUACUGCCAUUGCACACAAAAGGUUUGCAAAAUAUAUAUUACAAACUCAUUGUGUGUGUCAAAAAGGCAUAAAAAAUGCUUAUUACCACUACAUUUGGUACAAGGUUCAAAAUAUGCCUUUUGAAAUACCCUCGGGUGUCUUCUUUAAGAAAUGGUAUUCCUUUAUGGGGUAGUUGGAAUAAUCAACCUACUAAAAAAAACUCCAAAGUGGGGUAUGGACACAGCGUAAAAAUUCAAAGUUUGCAAAAACCUAAAUGGCUGUGUCUCAAAUGUGCCCCUUCACCGUCCACAUAUACCUAGCAAAGGUACAUAUGGGGGUAUUGCUGUGCUCAGGCGACAUAGCUGAGCAAGAUAGGAAACAUUAAAGAGCCAUAGCACACAUAAGGUUUGCAAAAUAUACAGUACAAACUCACUAUGUGUGUCAAAAAGGCAGAAAAAAUGCUUAUUACCACUAUGCUUGGUACAAGCUAGCAGAAAAAUGAUUUCACGCUAAUGUUCAAAAUAUGCCUUUUGAAAUACCCUUGGGUGUCUUCUUUAAGAAAUGGUAUGCUUUUAUGGGGUAGUUAGAAUAAUCAACCUACUAUUCUGUACAGGAAUAGCACACACCAGCUUUUACGAAAUACACAUUACAAAAACCUUGUUGCAUGUGUAUAUGCCAAAAUAGAGAAAAGACACAAUUUUACUCCAAUAUUUAGCAGAGAUUGGCGAUGAAAUGGCUACGUAAAAAUUGUCAUAAUAACCUUAGGUAAAUAGCCUGUGAUGUCUACUUUAUAUAAAUAUAUACUUUUCUGUGGCAAUUUUGUUUUCUGUGAUGGGUAUUAAACUUCAAAGACAAACAUACUAACUUCUAAAAUUGUUUCACAUUGAAAUUUUAUUUUAGACCUUGUAAUUUGUGACCUGUAACUUUCAAAAUAAACUCAAAUCCGACACAAACUAUGUACUCUGUAAAUCAAGACACAUAUAUUAAUUGAUUUUGAGUUACUUUUCCUAAACUGGACAUAUUAUGCACACGUUGUUAUUAUUGCCAAAACUUGGGGGGGGGGGGAAUCUUUUUUUUUUUUUUUUUUGUUUUUGUUUACACCUCCCCCCCCCCCAUUAUUUUGCAUUUUUUGGUAAUAAAUGAGAAUUUAUAUGUAUAUGUCACAUCAAAUAAAAGCACUUUUUGACGUCUGAGAAAAGGUUUAUAAUAAGUGUUGGUACAAUAAAUGAGAAAGAUGUUAAGUGCAGUUGAACACAAACAGCAAAAAAAGCAAACAUUGCUUGUGUCCUUAGGGGUAUGUCCAGCUUCUGAAGCUGUGUCCUUAAGGGUUAAGAAAUAUUCUUAAUUUCCUCUGUUAUUGUUUUCCAUACGUAGAUGCUGAAGAAAGGAAGCCCACGGAUUUCCUUACAGUUGAUGGUCAGAAAUAUGCAGUAGUUGGGUAAGUAUGUCUUCCAAAUCAGUACUCAAAGCACUAAAAUGAUUAAUAAAUACUUCUAACAUCAACACAUCUCUUUAUUUCUUGUAGCACAGUGCUCAUCUUGAUCAGGAUAAUUCUGGAAUAUUGCAGCUGCAUAGAUGACAUCCCUUCUAUAACAACAGACAUGCUUACUCGUCUGUCAGAGCUAUUAAAGGUACAAUUUAAUAUGCAAAUGAUAUAGGUCCCCUCUGUAAUGGCACAAUUGAAUAAAAACUAUUUUUAGACCUGAGCGUGAUUUACUGAAGUACAAGCAGGUUGAGUUUCUCUAAGCUUUUGCCCAUUCUCAUAUUCUCGUUUUGUUAUAUUUUAUAUUGUGUUUUGUCUCACAUUUUACUGUCAAGCCCUGCAAAUAACCGGUUUGUUUCUGUACCUCAGUACUUCAAUUCUCGGAGCUGCCAGUUAGUUCUCGGAGCUGGAGCAUUGCAAGUUGUUGGGUUGAAGACUAUCAGCACAAAAACCUUAGGUAUGCAAAUAGCCAGUGCUAAUUUACACAUUUCACUCACUUCGAGACCACUUACACAUAUUUACAGCCUAAGACGUGUUCUUUUCAAUCUUUCCUUUGCUGUCAUGACUAAGAAGCUACAUAGCUACACACUAGGACAUAUUUUAGACCUUUCGAUAGAUUAUUGCAAGUUUGAUCAUAUUCUCUUGGAGCAUUAGCCAUAGUACUAAUCCUGUUUUUUUUUUUUUUUUUUUUCAGGUCUCUCAUCUCGUUGUCUGCAACUGAUCGUACACUACAUUCCUGUCAUUAGGACCCAUUUUGAAGCUCGAAUGCAGCCUAAGCAAUAUAGCAUGCUUCGACAGUUUGACCACAUUACAAAGGUAAAUUUACUUUGCUGUCUCCCAGAUGUGUUUCAUCACCGUGUCCCCCACAUUAUAUGCAUAGACAAAAAUGGGAAUGGGCUGCGUGUGACGAACCAUUUUGCAAGGCAAUAGAAGAUACAUUGUAGCUUCUAUUAACUUAUGUAAUAGUUGCUUUAUUUAUUUUGCAGGAUGAUCUAGUUGCGACCUCACAGAUACUCCCAGUUGUUAGUGGUUUUAUUUGUCUACGUGUAUUUUAACUACAUAAAAUAUGUUCAUAUUUGCCAAUUUAUGUUGGGAGUGUACUAUAGAUUUCUUUUUGAUUAGUGCUGUAUAUUGCUGUUGAGGGAUCUCACUGUGUUUUUUAUACAUUCCGUAUAUACUCGAGUAUAACCCGAAUUUUUCAGCACAUUUUUUGUGCUGAAAAACCCCCACUCGGCUUAUACUCGAGUCAAUGUCUGUAUUAUGGCAACUUACAUUGCCAUAAACAGACCAGGACCGCCGGGCUCAUUAGAAGCCCAGCGGUCCUGUUGGGGGCUGACAACGAGCUGUUACUUACCUUCCUGCAGCUCCUGUCAGCUUCCAGCUCCUCUGUCAGCUCCGUUCUGCUCGCGAGACUUACACUGUAAGCAGAACGGAGCUGACAGAGGAGCUGCAUGGAGGAGAAGGAAGCUGACAGGAGCUGCAGGAAGGUAAGUAACAGCUCACUGCCAGCCCUCCCACUGAACAGCCAAUGCCACUGGACCACCAGGGAUUCAAUAUUAAUAUUAUUUUAAUAUUAUUUUAUUUUAAUAAUAUUAUUUUAUUAUUAUAUUAUUAUUAUUUUAAUAUUUGCAUUAUUUUUUUUUAAAUGUUUUUUUGUCCCCCCUCCCUGCUUGUUGCCUGGCCAGGGAGGGGGGACAAAAAAAACUUUUUUUUAAAUAAUGCAAAUAUUAAAAUAAUAAUAAUAUAAUAAUAAAAUAAUAUUAAAAUAAUAUAUUAAAAUAAAAAAUUUAAAUAAAAAUGCCCUGCCCUCACCCAGUUUACACACACUGCACAAACACACACACUGCAUUCAUUAUAUACACACACAAACACACACUGCAUUCAUUACAUACACACACAAACACACACUGCAUUCAUUAUAUACACACACAAACACACACUGCAUUCAUUAUAUACACACACAAACACACACUGCAUUCAUUAUAUACACACACAAACACACACUCUGCAUUCAUUCUAUACACAUACUGUAAAUAAAUAUUCAAUUAAUGUAAUUUUAUUGGGAUCUAAUUUUAUUUAGAAAUUUACCAGUAACUGCUGCAUUUCCCACCCUAGGCUUAUCCUCGAGUCAAUACGUUUUCCCAGUUUUUUGUGGUAAAUUUAGGGGCCUCGGCUUCUAUUCGGGUCGGCUUAUACUAGAGUAUAUACGGUAUAUAAUUAUUCAGGUAAAUGUAGUGUACUUUAUAUAAAUGUAUUUAUUUAUUUUCAACAGGACUACAAUGACCACAUAGCAGAGAUCUCUGCAAAACUGGUUUCAAUAAUGGAUGGCUUGUUUGACAAGCUUCUCUCAAAGGUAAUCACGUCUCCGAAAUUCCAUUUAAGUGCUUUUCAAAAUUAAUUGUUUAGAAUAAAAACAAACCAAUAAUAAUUAAUAACAUUUUGCAAAACAUUAACAUGUGAUGUAUCAAAUUAUAUGUCAAACUGCUGCCUUGUGACUUAUAUUUUAAUAUUAUACUAUAUACGGUAUGGUUUACCAUUUCGAUCAAUGGCUUUUUUUUCAGUUGCUUAGUGAGGCAAUCACUUGAUCUCUGUUUUUAGUAUUCAGGUUCUCCAUAUUCUCUGGUUUAUUCCAAACUUUAUCAUAAACACUACUUUGGAAUUAUAUACCAGUACAUUUAAAACUUUGUUUGUGACAUAGAAGAGCAACCUAUGAUGUUCGUAGCCGUAAGAACCAUAUUUACGUUUACAUUAACAAGAAUGUGAUCAGAAAAUAUGCCUAAACAUAAACACAUUUAAAAAAACUAGGGUCAGGAAUGCAAACAUGUAUUCCUGACCCUAUAGUGUUAAUUACACUAUUUCGGUUCCUUGUCCCCCUUAAAUAAGUAGUUUAUUGCCUUUAUUCCAGCUCUGUGUGGAACUGCCGAUGCUGGUCACUCCCCCAAUCCGCCUUCUUGGCUGAGAUCAUCAGAAUUUAAAAUCUCAGUAAAUCCAAUGCUUUCCUAUAGGGAUUUACCCAAACACGCACCCAUGUCAAUCAGCUCCUCCUCAUAGAGAUGCAUUGCAUUAAUUCAUCUCUAUGAGGAAAGUUCUGCGUUUCCAUGCAGAGCGUGGAGACGCUGAACGUCUGUGAUGCACUGACUCAGGAAGAACCUGUAGUGGCCAUUUGAGUGACAGCCACUGGAGGUUUUCCCAAGCAGCAAUGUAAAGGAAGUGUUUACAUGAAAAUGUCUGCAGACACAGACUAUAUUCACCAGAACAACUACAUUAAUACUGUUCUGGCCUUAGCAACUGUUGAUUGACAUUGCACCUUGUUGCGAAUGCCUAGUUUGUUGUCUAUAACAGUUUCCAAAUCCUUCAUGUGUGUUGUUUUCACUUACUCACUAUAAUUUAAGGUUUGGUUGCUUGAUAAUUCCUCACCCUGAAGUGCAUAACUUUGCAUUUAUCAUGCGGCCUCGCUGAGGGAACAGUCGAACACAUAUAGUGGAGCUGCACCAAGAUAACCCCAUAUUGGGAGAUGAUCCAGACCACAAUGACUGAGAUCUUUGGAGAACCACAAUAAUUAACCGCGGAACUAGCCUUACUGCACCUAUCCCCAUCACCAAUCUUGAAAUACCGAAAGUCAAUCACCAGACACCUCCUUAACGCAGCAAAAUCACUAAUACCAGCCAUGUGGAAGCAGGUAGACAUCCCCACAAAAGAAAAUUGGCUACAGCGAGUUGAUGAAAUACAAACGGCAGAAUCGAACCAGGCAGCACUACUGGGUACCAGCACUAAACACUCCGAAUGCUGGAUGCUAUGGUUUGCAUACAUAUCUGAGGGCGAGGACCGCAUCACAUCCCAACGGAAUGCAGGUGGCUUAGGGGACUGGGGGUGCGCGUCGCGUCGGGGGGGGCAUCGACUCCCUUUCUCCCAUUACCUCUCCACCCCACGCUUUUUCACCUCUCCUCUAUCUCCCAUGCUUCCUCUUGAUACCCUUCCCACACCUUCUCCUAUUGACCGUCAAUAUGCUCACAACUGCGAACUACUGAUGCCAAAGCAAGAUCAGUCCUGGAGCACACAUGAACAUAAGAUGGGAAUGACAACCCGCUCGGUAGUAACUUCACCAAGCGGUAAGGUGAGCAUUGUGAUAGAUACUUUUGCCAAGGGGACUGAUGUAACCCUCUAAUACAGCUCCUCAUCUCCAGGGAACGGAGUAUCACAUACCAUAUAAUCUCACACUACUCUGAUGGUUGAACCCAAGGUCUAGCGCAAAAGUCCGACAACACAGACACACGAAGCGACUGACUUCAAACCAGAACUGCACCGUUACUACUGCUAAAUGCGACUCAGGACACUAACCAACGAUGAUAUAAAGGUCUCAGAACUACAAUAGGGCUGAUACCCGACUUCACAAUAAUACUAUUCCCUACGGCCACUAAAAUACCCCUUUCAGCACCUUUUGCUUCGCAGGCCAUACAGUUGUUCCGUAACGAUCCACAUGCCUACAUUCUUCUUACCUUCAAAAUGAAUCUAUAGAAUAACACUAACAGCUUAGACACAAAUAUUAUCACCUGGACUUAGUGCACCUAUAUCUAACGCUUAGGUGUAGCAUAGUCUCGGCACUCCAACAACCCAUGGGAUGACUACCAACCCAGAACUCUAGAUUUAAUACGCCGGUAAACGUAUUUGCGCAUGUCAUUAUUAAAGCUGGUCGCCACGGAUCAUACUAUAUUUUACGAUUGCUUUCUCACUUACAUUGCGACCUGCGUUUCACACCACUCAUUGUUCAGCUGGAGAUCUGCGCAUCUCUCUGUGUCAGACGAUAUGAUACCUAACUGAGACCUGCGUGUCUUGCCAUACCUGACUCCUACCUAUUCUACUCUCCUUAUAUCUAACUUACUUUGAAUAAAAAGAUAUUUACAAAAAAAACACCUUUGCAUUUAUCUCAUAGAAACAUAGCAUGUGACGGCAGAUAAGAAUCAUUCGGCCCAUCUAGUCUGCCCAAUUUUCUAAAUACUUUCAUUAGUCCCUAGUCUUAUCUUAUAGUUAGGAUAGCCUUAUGCCUAUCCCACGCAUGCUUAAACUCCUUUACUGUGUUAACCUCUACCACUUCAGCUGGAAGUCUAUUCCAUGCAUCCACUACCCUCUCAGUAAAGUAAUACUUCCUGAUAUUAUUUUUAAACCUUUGUCCCUCUAAUUUAAGACUAUGUCCUCUUGUUGUGGUAGUUUUUCUUCUUUUAAAUAUAGUCUCCUCCUUUACUGUGUUGAUUCCCUUUAUAUAUUUAAAUGUUUCUAUCAUAUCCCCCCUGUCUCGUCUUUCCUCCAAGCUAUACAUGUUAAGAUCCUUUAACCUUUCCUGGUAAGUUUUAUCCCGCAAUCCAUGAACCAGUUUAGUAGCCCUUCUCUGAACCCUCUCUAAGGUAUCAAUAUCCUUCUGAAGAUACGGUCUCCAGUACUGUGUACAAUACUCCAAGUGAGGUCUCACCAGUGUUCUGUACAAUGGCAUGAGCACUUCCCUCUUUCUACUGCUAAUACCUCUCCCUAUACAACCAAGCAUUCUGCUAGCAUUGUCUGCCUACCUUUAAGUCAUCAGAAAUAAUCACCCCUAAAUCCCUUUCCUCAUAUGUUGAGGUUAGGACUCUAUCAAAUAUUCUGUACUCUGCCCUUGGGUUUUUACGUCCAAGAUGCAUUAUCUUGCACUUAUCCACAUUAAAUGUCAGUUGCCACAAUUCUGACCAUUUUUCUAGUUUACCUAAAUCAUUUGUCAUUUGGCUUAUCCCUCCUGGAACAUCAACCCUGUUACAUAUCUUAGUAUCAUCAGCAAAAAAGACAUACCUUACCAUCAAGACCUUCUGCAAUAUCACUAAUAAAAAUAUUAAAGAGAAUGGGUCCAAGUACAGAUCCCUGAGGUACCCCACUGGUGACAAGUCCAAGCUUCGAAUAUAUUCCAUUAACUACAACCCUCUGUUGCCUGUCACUCAGCCACUGCCCUACCCAUUCAACAAUAUUUGAAUCCAAACUUAAAGAUUGCAGUUUAUUGAUAAGCAUUCUAUGUGCAACAGUGUCAAAAGCCUUACUGAAAUCUAUGUCUACUGCACCACCCUGAUCUAUAAUUUUAGUUACCCAAUCAAAAAAAUCAAUAAGAUUAGUUUGGCAUGAUCUCCCUGAAGUAAACCCAUGUUGUCUCUGAUAUUGAAAUCCAUGUGUUUUUAGAUGUUCAUCAAUCCUAUCCUUUAACAUGGUUUCCAUCACUUUCCCCACUACUGAAGUAAGGCUUACUGGCCUAUAGUUGCCCGACUCCUCCCUAUUACCUUUCUUGUAAAUGGGCACAACAUUCGCUAACUUCCAAUCUUCUGGGACUACUCCUGUUAACAAUGAUUGGUUAAAUAAAUCUGUUAAUGGUUUUGCUAGUACACCACUAAGCUCUUUUAAUAGCUUUGGGUGUAUUCCAUCAGGUCCCAUUGACUUAUUUGUCUUUACUUUUGACAGUUGAAAUAGAACCUCUUCCUCUGUAAACUCACGUGUAAUAAAUGACUCAUUUAUCCUUUUUCUCAACUGAGGUCCCUUUCCUUCAUUUUCUUCUGUAAAUACAGAACAAAAAUAUUCAUUGAGGCAGUCAGCCUGACCUUUAUCCUCUUCUACAUACCUUCCUUCUUUUGUUUUUAAUCUAACUAAUCCUUAUUUUACUUUUCUUUUCUCAUUUAUGUAUCUAAAAAAUGUUUUGUCCCCCUUUUUUACUGACUGUGCUAUUUUCUCUUCUGUGUGUGAUUUGGAAGCUCUUAUAACUUGCUUAGCCUCUUUCUGCCUAAUCUUAUAGAUCAUUUGUCUUCCUCACUCUGGGUUUUUUUAUAAUUCCUAAAUGCUAACUUUUUGUUUUUAACUAUUUUGGCCACAUCUGCGGAGUACCACAGUGGUUUCUUGAAUUUUUUGCUUUUACUGACAAGCCUAAUGCAAUUUUCUGUUGCCUUCAAUAGUGCAACUUUUAAAUAAUCCCAUUUUCUUGGACUCCAUUUAAAUUGCUCCAGUCUGAUAAUGACUCCUCUACACAUAUUCUAAUUUUAGAAAAGUCUGUUUUUCUAAAGUCUAAAACUUUUGUUUUUGUGUGGUGUGACUCAGUCACUGUUCUUAUAUUAAACCACACUGACUGAUGAUCACUGGAUCCUAAACUUUCACCUACAGUAACAUCUGAUACCAAAUCUCCAUUUGUUAACACUAAAUCUAGUAUGGCCUCUUUACGAGUUGGCUCCUCAACAACUUGUUUUAGAGACAAUCCCAGUAGGGAGUUUAGAAUAUGUGUGCUCCUGGCACAAGUAGCUACCGUAUUUAUCGGCGUAUAACACGCACUUUUUCUCCCUGAAAAUAGGGGAGAAAUCGUGGGUGCGUGUUAUACGCCGGCCCUUUAAAUUCUGCAGCCGCCUGAGCGCUCUGUCAAGAGCGCUCAGGCGUCUGCAGUUGGUACUCACCUUCCCUGUAGCGUGGCUGAGCCGCUCUGCAGUCCGCGGUGGCCGGCCGGAGUGAUAGGAAGGUGCAGGCUCAGUGUGCACCUUCCUGUCAGUCCGACCGGGUACAGGAAACAAACUCCUGUUCCGCGCGGAACAGGAGUUUCUGUUUCCUGUACCCGGUCGGACUGACAGGAAGGUGCACACUGAGCCUGCACCUUCCUAUCACUCCGGCCGGCCACCGCGGACGGCAGAGCGGCUCGGCCACGCUACAGGGAGGUGAGGGGGAGUAAGAAGGGGGGUGCAAAAAGGGGGGAGGGGGUAAGAAGAGGGGGGGGAGUAAGUAAGUUGAGCAAGAAGAGGGGAGGGGGGUAAGAGGAGGGGGAGUAAGAAGAGGGGGGAGGGGGGAGUAAGCAAGGGGGUAAGAGGGAGGGGAAGUAAGAAGAGGGGGAGUAAGAAAGGCAAGAAGAGGGGAGGGGGGGGAGGGAGAAGUAAGAAAAGGGGUAAGAAGAGGGGGAGAGGGAGUAAGAAGGGGGUAAGAGGGGGAGGGAGAAGUAAGAAGAGGGGGAGGGAGGAGUAAGAAAGGGGGGUAAGAAGUUCUUUAUUUGAAAUUUAAAGGACCACUCUAGGCACCCAGACCACUUCAGCUUAAUGAAGUGGUCUGGGUGCCAGGUCCCUCUAGGAUUAACCUUUUUUUUAUAAACAUAGCAGUUUCAGAGAAACUGCUAUGUUUAUACUGAGGGUUAAUCCAGCCUCCAGAGCCUCUAGUGGCUGUCUCAUUGACGGCCGCUAGAGGCGCUUGCGUGCUUCUCACUGUGAAAAUCACAGUGAGAGCACGCAAGCGUCCAUAGGAAAGCAUUGUAAAUGCUUUCCUAUGCGACCGGCUGAAUGCACGCGCGGCUCAUUCAGCCGAUGACGUCGCGAGCAAGGAGGAGAGGAGGAGUAAAGCUCCCCGCCCGGCGCUGGAGAAAGGGAAGUGUUUAACCCCUUCCUCUCUCCAGAGCCCGGCGGGAGGGGGUCCCUGAGGGUGUAUAACAUGCACCUCAUUUUAAGAAGGAAAUUUCAGGGGGGAAAAACUUAAAGGACCACUAUAGUGCCAGGAAACCAUACUCGUUUUCCUGGCACUAUAGUGGUCCUUUAAGUUUUUUUUCCCUGAAAUUUCCUUCUUAAAAUGAGGUGCGUGUUAUACGCCGGUGCGUGUUAUACGCCGAUAAAUACGGUAAUUUUGUUUUCCAAUUUACAUCAGGAAGAUUAAAGUCACCCAUGAUGAUAACUUCCCCCUUCAUUGUCAUUUUAGCUAUUUCCUCAACUAGUAGAUUAUCUAACUCUUCAAUUUGUCCUGGGGGCCUAUAAAUCACACCUACACGAGUUACUGUGUGAUUACCAAAUUCUAACGUAACCCAAACGGACUCUAUGUUUGCCUCACUAACUUUUAUUAGGCUAGAUUUUAUGCUAUCCUUCACAUACAAGGCCACCCCUCCCCCUUUCUUGCCUUCCCUAUCUUUCCUAUAUAAAGAGUACCCUGGUAUUGCUAUGUCCCAGUCAUUUUUCUCAUUGUACCAUGUCUCAGUAACAGCGACUAAAUCUACACUAUCAGUUGCCAUUAUUGCCACAAGUUCAUGGAUCUUAUUCCCUAAACUGCGAGCAUUUGUAGACAUGACUCUAAGCUUAUCAUUUUUAACACACUUGCUACAGGCACUUUCUGUCCUUGUUUUGGGGGACAAUUGGAUUGAUGUUUUAUCACCCUUUUGCCCCCCCUCCUAGUUUAAAUACAUCCUAGCAAAACCUCUGAACUGCUCACUGAGAACAUUUGUUCCCUUUUGAGAAAGAUGCAAACCAUCUUUUUUGUACAGCUUAUAUCCAUUUCAAACAGAGCUACCAUGAAAAAUAAAGCCAAAUCCUUGCUCCGACACCAUUCACCAAGCCACAAAUUAAAGUCCCUAAUACGCAUCCGCCUGUCGUUCUGAGUGUUAUGCACAGGCAGAACUUCAGAGAAUGACAGUGUGGAAGCAACCUGCCGUAUAUCAUUGGCAAAAACACUAAAAACUUCCUUAAAAUCUGAAACCUCAUUGCAAGCCAAGUCAUUUGUCUCUAGAUGGACAAGUACAUCCAAUUCCCCUUCCUGCUUUGCUUGCUUAACAAUAAUACAUAUACGUCUCCUGUCUCUAUGAGCAGUAGCUCCAGGAAGACACCUCACAAGACCACCAUUGUCCAUCUCCACACCUCUUAUAAUGGAAUCCCCCAACAACAACUGCUUUCUAUUAUGCCUCACCAUAGUCUCCAAACCGGUCUCCACAACACCACAAGUCUCAGUGCCUCUCUCCACAACACCACAAGUCUCAGUGCCUCUCUCCACAACACCACUAGCCUCAGUGCCUCUCUCCACAACACCACUAGCCUCAGUGCCUCUCUCCACAACACCACUAGCCUCAGUGCCUCUCUCCACAACACCAUUACACUCUGAAAGUGCAGAAAAUGAAUUAUGAAGAGCAACAGACUGUGCAAAAUGCCUUUUAUCCACAACUCUAAGUCUACCAGAUCCCACAGUAAUCCACCUGCCUUUCCUAGCAUGUCUCUGUGGCAGUGGCUUUGCAGCAGUUCCAGUCUGAGUUUCUUCACCAGAUAAUUUACAAAUCUCAGACUUCAAAAAUACAAUCUCCUGCCGCAAGAUAGAGAACUAUCUACAGAUUAGACAACAACCAAACCUCCAAAAAGUGGAACGUGAAACAAAUGCAUAGCAAUUGUUACACUGAACUAAGUCUGCCAUUCCAAUUAUGAGAAUAAUUUAAAUCUAACAAAUCUUAACUUUUUUCUUUAUCCUCCUGAAUAUCUCAGGUUACCUCCAGGUUCUCUCCAGAAUAUCUCCAACUACACACUUAGAAACAGCACUUAGAAGUAGCACCAAGCUAUAUUAGACAAGCUAAUGAGACCAAGCCUUAUAUAACUCCUUAAAUCACCGCCCACUAGGAAUGUUUAACACCUGGGUAGGCCUCUGCUUAUUUGCAAACAAUAGCUAAUUAACCAGCAAUCAACAGCAAGUAACUAGCUUAAUCAAAUCAAAUGCUUUAUAAUUACCAACAGGAAUUCAAACCUUGGGCAAUCAGUAACCUUUUCCUACAGAUGAAUCUUACCUGUAACAGUAGAAAAGAAAGCUCUUAGCACAACUCUUAGACAGUUGAAGCUUCUGUAAAACUCUCCAGAAUAUCUCCAACUACACACUUAGAAACAGCACUUAGAAGUAGCACCAAGCUAUAUUAGACAAGCUAAUGAGACCAAGCCUUAUAUAACUCCUUAAAUCACCGCCCACUAGGAAUGUUUAACACCUGGGUAGGCCUCUGCUUAUUUGCAAACAAUAGCUAAUUAACCAGCAAUCAACAGCAAGUAACUAGCUUAAUCAAAUCAAAUGCCUUAUAAUUACCAACAGAAUUCAAACCUUGGGCAAUCAGUAACCUUUUCCUACAGAUGAAUCUUACCUGUAACAGUAGAAAAGAAAGCUCUUAGCACAACUCUUAGACAGUUGAAGCUUCUGUAAAACUCUCCAGAAUAUCUCCAACUAGACACUUAGAAACAGCACUUGGAAGUAGCACCAAGCUAAUAAGACCAAGCCUUAUAUAACUCCUUAAAUCACCGCCCACUAGGAAUGUUUAACACCUGGGUAGGCCUCUGCUUAUUUGCAAACAAUAGCUAAUUAACCAGCAAUCAACAGCAAGUAACUAGCUUAAUCAAAUCAAAUGCCUUAUAAUUACCAACAGGAAUUCAAACCUUGUGCAAUCAGUAACCUUUUCCUACAGAUGAAUCUUACCUGUAACAGUAGAAAAGAAAGCUCUUAGCACAACUCUUAGACAGUUGAAGCUUCUGUAAAACUCUCCAGAAUAUCUCCAACUACACACUUAGAAACAGCACUUAGAAGUAGCACCAAGCUAUUAUCACUUAGAAGUAGCACCAAGCUAAAUGUAAUCAACCAUUUGAAUACCCAGUUCCCUAAUCGAUCUAAAUCCCACUGCAGCAAAGUAAUAUCCUGCUCACCUUACAUAGUUUUGUGUUAUCUGCAAUGCUUAUUUCAUUUAUAAGUGGGAACACCACUUACUACUUUUGUCAAGCUCAAACAUUAACCUGGGUUGAAGACCUGUGAAUUAAAAUGUACAAUGUUUUCGUGCGAAAUUAUACAAAUUGUACAUUAUGUGUAAUGGAUCAUUUCAGGAAAUUCAUAAUGAAAUACAGUUCCUACUACAUCAAUAGUUUUGUAUCAAACCGAUAUAAUUUUUUUCCCAGCAUGUUUAAUAUACAUGCAUUUUAGAAACCGAUUUGAAAGUAUUUUUAAUGUGAUCAUACAUUUGUAUUUUGUUAAAUUGCAGUAUGAGGUAAAGGCCCCAGUUCCUUCGAUGUGCUUUAGAACUAUCUGCAAGCAAAUGGCAAAAAUGCACGAAGCUAUUUAUGAUGUUCUCCCGGAAGAACAAACUCGUGUAAGUUUCUUUAUAGUUUUGUUGUAGUGAAUGCAUCUGGUGUUAUGUUUAAUAUCUCUGUGGCACUAAGUUUCAGGCAAUAACAUAGUCCAAAAAACAUUUUUUUCGACUAAAUACAAUGUGAUCAUGACUGUACAUCCAUUGCUUUCCCAUAAAACAGGCUCUAUUCCUAAGAAUAAACUCAAGCUGUAGACUUCAUUUAAAGAGUCAGCUGUGCCAUUUAAAUGUCACAAACGACGGAGGACCACAGCAUGGGUACGUAAUCCAAAUAUGAUUGCUAUUUCUUCAGAGCUAUACUCUUUGUCAUGCUGCUUAAUUGUGACACAUGGCCAUUGUCUCAGUUGUGAUGUUUGAACCUUGUUGUGUGGGUUUCCUUCCCAUUAGAGAGGUCAGGCACUCCUUCUCUGUUAACAUCCCACUUAACCACAUGGGUGUUUAUUGGUCUCGUCAUUGUGAAUGCCAGCCAACUUCCACCAUAGCAUCUCAACAAAUAAUGUUUUUUACAUUGUCGUGCCGAACAUGGAAAGGGCCAUCUCAAAACUAUUCCCAUAAAGGUGCACUCAAUCAUUUUAUGAUGUAAAUAUUUGCGUUUAAGUUAAUCCACAGGAACUAAAAGCCUAUCCCAAACUAUGAAAAACUACUUAUCAGUUUGCACUGUGCAGUGAAACCGGUGUCUGCCAAAUACAGUGGCAGUGACUUUAUCCUCACUCCAGCCAACACUAGGUCAUUAUAUACUUAUGUAUAGCUGAUCCACAAGAAAAACCCAUUUUAUGAUGCUUCCGACAUUGCAACCAGAGCCAAUUUUAAACUCUUUAUUUUUUUCCCAUAUUUACCUGUAUCAUAUUAUUUACGUUUUCCACGCUUACCCUAGGGGGGUACUGAUCUAACCAGUGUCCUAGGGUUGGCAAUAAAUGGAGUUGCACGUGGGCGACUUAGUCGCACAUGCACAAUUAAACACGUGACAUCAUCAGUGAUGUCGAUACUAGGAUGCACACCUGCCAUGAAUGCGCAUUAUGCAUGUUCACCCUAGUCAUCAAGCAUUUCCUAGACGGGUAUCGCAGCCCACAGGACAGCCAGGAAAUAAAGAAUUAGAGCCCCUCUCACCUAAUAAGUGCCAAUUUAAAAAAUGAUGAGCUGUACACACACAGUCCUUAACAUUUUGUCAGUAACGCAUCUCCCCCACUCCGCCUCUCACACUCACCUCCACCUCCCUGCCUCUCUCACUCACCUCCACCACUCUGCCUCUCUCACUCACCUCCACCACUCUGCCUCCACCCCUCACCUUUACCACUCUGCUUCUCACACUCACCUUUACCACUCUGCUUCUCACACUCACCUUCACAACUCUGCCUCUACCCCUCACCUUCACCAUUCUGCCUCUCACACUCACCUACACCUCCCUGCCUCUCUCGCUCACCUCCACCACUCUGCCUCUCACACUCACCUUCACCACUCUGCCUCCACCCCUCACCUUUACCACUCUGCUUCUCACACUCACCUUCACCACUCUGCCUCUACCCCUCACCUUCACCAUUCUGCCUCUCACACUCACCUCCACCACUCUGCCUCUCACAUUUACCCCCCAUUCUGCCUCUCCCACUUACCCCCCAUUCUGCCUGUCAAAGUUUAGUGUACAGUGUAAUUUGAGCCUUUUAAGUGUUUGGUUUAUCUUAUCAUAUUGUUAAUUAAAAAUGUUAAAAGCUGUUUUAUUCUAUUUUACAGAAUGGUGGCAGCAGACAUUGCAUUUUACACUGGAAAUGUGCAGGCUUUGAAAGGUCUUAAAGAUCUGGAUCUGGGCAUGGCCGAAAUUUGGGAGCAGAAGAGGUGA